AUGACGAACCGGAAGCACAAGAAAGAACCGAAUAAACCGCAGAAAGCGAUCCUCAUAAUGAGAAAGGUACGUAAAAAAAAAAAUAAUAAUAAUAAUAAUAAUAAUAGUAAUAAUUAUAAUAAUUACGGAAAAUUCGGGUUGGUUUUUUUUUUUUUUUUGUUCGUUCUCGUCAGCGUAAAUUAUCAUAGGCCACUACAACGCUGGUUGUAGUUCCGAUUUUUCGGCGAAUAUAUUUUUUAUCGUUACAUACACCGCGGCGCGCGAGCGUACGAUUUAGACGUUCGGCCGCCUUGUUUUUUUUCGUCCUCCCGAACGCGGCGAUUAUGUUUUUAACAGAAAAAUAAUCGCGCGUCUUUUCCCUUUUUCCCGUUUCGUUUUCGUCCCGGUAAAAUCGCCGUCGACGCCGCGUCCGCCGACGGCAAUCGCGUCGCCGGCGUGUAAUGCGAUAGUCGCCGGGCACCUACGUCGACUCUACUACACGCCGGCGGACGACGGAAAUCGCAAUUGUCACUGUUACGUGGUCGCGCCUGAGUGUGCGCGCCGUCCGUGCACGGUCCGGUUUCGAAAAGAAGAAGAAAACGGAAAGAAAAAAAAAUAUUAACAAAACGACCGGAAUUUAAUAUUCGGAACGGUUUAAAACCGCGGCACGGCCGCCGCGCGUCGUCGCGGUCUCGGCGCGGAAAACGCCGGCGGUCCUGGCUCCGUCGGCCGCGCGCGACAUCGCCACACGAUUUGGGCGCCGCGAUUGCGGCAAUGGCGUUUUACGUGGCGACGCGGCGUGCGCGGCUCGGUAGUCGGAAUCCGUUCGGAAUCACGCCGUCGCGACACGAAAUCGCGUUGUUAAUCGUUUCGGUACGCCGCGCGGCCUUUGUCUCGUUUUGCUCAUUUCGCCGCGCCCCUCAACCCCGGCCGCCGUUAAAUGGAGUCGGGAAAUCCGUCCGCGCGUCUAAUUGAAAUACCGUUGUCGCGGCGGCGGGCGGGAAAUUAAUAAACAGAAAAAAAAAACUUACAAUUUAUUUGUAAUAUCAAUUAAGUAAUUCUCGGCGUGGCAACGGCAACAGUAAUUACUGUUCCGCGCGGAAAUCGCGUACGGACGCGUCUCCGGUAUUUGUGUUUCUGUUAGGCGUUGCGGCGUCGAGUCGGCGGCGUUUCGCGCGCGUAAAAACCGCCAACGUUGAGUCGGGGUCGUCGUCGCCGUCGACGAACGGGUAACCGCGCGGCUCGUCCGUCCGAUGGACGAAAUGCCACCGAACGGCACCGCGUCGCGUCGCACCGCAAUCGUGCGGACGCGAGUGCCGUUGGGGUAUGGACGAACAGUCAUUUAUGUGUUUUGAUUGUUUUUGAUUGUGUUUUUGAUUGCCGCGUACUCGCGGGUUCUCGUUUUACCGACGGGACGGCAUUGCCGCGUGCGCGUGCCGCCGGCACAGCGAUCCGCACCCGUUCCGACGGAUAUUGUCCCGGUGGCGCCGUAAACGCCGAUACGCGAUAAACUGCGCCUGGACGGCGGUUCGGACGGUUUCGAUAUCGCUCGGAAACGAUUCGCGGUUUUAUUCGCCGCGCGGUAUUUAUUGCGAUCGUCGAAGAAAAAAAAAAAAAAAGAGAAAAAGGUAAAAAUUAAAAUUCUCGUCGAUUAUUACGAUGGUAACAGAGUGAGACAGAGUGAGAGAGAGAGAGAGAGAGACCCGUGCGGCCGUUUAUCGUCUCGGUCCGAUCGGCGGCGAAAUAUUACGCGGUUUUACUUUUUACUUUUUUACGGAGAUCGCGUACCGCUCAGAAUCGCGGAGCGCGCGGAAUAACGGCGGGAAGAGUACGUUUCCGGGAGCCGCGUGGGUUUCCGGGAGAAAAAAAAAACUAUAAAAAAUUAUCCGUAACGAAAAAAAAAACACAAAACGAAAAACAACGAACACGGGUAUAACUUUUUUGUACGGCGAUUUUUUUUUUUUUCUGCUGGGGGGCAGGGGGAAACUCGCACGGAAAUAUUCCCGGUUUUGUCGUUGGCGUUUGCAUUCCGAAUACCCGGGGACGCGUCCCGAGUGUAAACCGUUCGUUACGAUUUCGGCGGCGAUUGCGAUGAGAUCAGAGGCGUCGUUUCGGCCCGGGUCCAGCGCGGACGCGCCGCGAACGAACAGCCGCCCGCUGCGGCGUGUACGGCGCGCCGUUUUCAUCCGUCCGUUUUCUAUUAUCUGCAAAAUUAUUAUUAAGAAGCGAGGCGAUUUCUCGGGCCAGUUAUACAGGUAUCCGAAAUUCUACCGCACGGAUGUUCUCGUGGUUUAUUUUUGUUUUUGUUUUUUUUUUUAACGCGAGUGUUCGGCGUUUAUAGACGAGCCGUCUAAUGGGAAAAGUUCGACUCGCCAAGUAGCCGCUCGCCGUGUGUGUUAGCACGCCAUUCAAUUGCGUACAGCUGUACGGAGGACCGCGGGGCGGGACCGACCGAAAAAAACGCCUCAACAAAGUACCUUAAUACACUUUUGUUUGUCAAAUAAAGACCCCCCCCCACCACCAUUUUCAAACACGCAUUCGAACGGAGAGUAUUUUGAUAUGCGCGGCGCGAACGGCAGAUUUACCGUGCAUGGGUCAUAACCGUUUAAAGUUUAGACCGGAGCAGUAGGUGAAUGUUAUAAAUGCAUCGUCGGAAAAUAGAUAUUACGCUAUUUAUUAUACUAACUUUCCCUAUACACUCAUCCGGUCUAAACUCUGAACGGUUGUAACGCACGCACGGCAAAUCUGGUCUGGGUGUUGUACAUGUCGAAAAUUCUAGGCAAAUAUUCUCUCCUCGAAUCUGUGUUUAAAAUAGGGGGGGGGCCCGUUUGGAAAAAAAAGAGUACAUACUUAUUUGAAGUGGUGGGUGUAUGGAGAGAGGGCGAACAAUUAAAAAUGGGGCCGGCAACUAAAGCUUAAACGAUUCCACAAAGAUUAAAACAAUUUCAAUAAAAGGAAACAAAUUCACUUCAAAUCUUCCAAGAAAAUUGCUGGUUCAUGACAAAAAAAAAAAAAUCUCCCCGUAUACUACGUCUAUAUAUUUGAUAUAUAUUCGGUUUCGUCCCGAAGGAUAUUUUGUGCGGAAUUGUUGAUUAUAUCAACACUAUAUUAUAUUGAUAAAAAAGAAAACGGUUUGCGAACGCAAACCAAUCUUCUUCUCCUUCACCUUUACCCCUACUAUUUGGGGUCGGCUACCCUCGUCUUAAACUUACAUUUUACAAGAUCUCGCAUACACACCGACCGUCCUAAUAUCAUUCUCAAUCUCAUCCAGCGACCUCUCUUUCGGUCUCCCCUCUUUCCUCAUAAAUUUAUUUAAUUACAAUUUUUAUUGCGUUAGGUUCUUCUCUCCUCGUGUCACGCCCAAACCAUUACAGUCUAUUUUAUCUCAUUUUGUCUAUUAUGGAAACCACGCCUAAGAUACCUCUCAUUCUUUUCUCGUCACACCACGUAUAUCCACCUGGCCAAUCUCAAUCUCAUUUCUGCUACACUCAUUCUCCGUUCUAUUUUUCCGUCCACCGCCUAACACCCCGGACCAUACAACAUGGGCGUUCUCACCACACUUCUAUCGCCUUUUUUUUUUUUAUUUUCAAAAUGUGUACAUGUUGAAAUCGUAAUUCGCUUCAAAGUCUUCGCCGUCAAAUAAAAAUUCAAACGCAAACUUUUUAUGCUCAGGAAUGAAAAUAUAAAUCUAAAUCAAAUGAUUGCCUGCACCCGCAAAAUAAUAGCGCGGGAUAAGCAAAAUCGGUUUUGUCCCCGUAUCAGUAACGACGGCGCACUUAUAAUGCGGGGGGCUGAAAACACUAUUAAAAAAAAAAAUCGGAGCUGCCAAAUUAUAGUCUGAGCCUGAAUCCGUCGAAACGACGUCCCUGUGUAAAAUGUCGACAACAAUAUUCCGAUACGUCUCGAUAAAUACGUCGCGGCGUUGGAAAUAAUUCAAUAUAGUUGCAGUAGCAGUAUAAUAAACGUCGAAUAAUCGCGAAUGAAAAGUCCGCGUGCGUGCACAGAGAAAGUGUUUAUGAUGAAAUGAUUUUUAUUUGUGUUUAUAGUGCGCGUUUAAAGUAGAUACUUAUAUAUGUUUUCAAACUGAAAAAAAUGCGAAUAAAACCGUACGGUUUUUUCGUCGUUUUGCAAUUAUUUUGAUGGAAGAGAGAAAAAAGUUUUUUUUUUUUUUUUUUUUUACUUUUAUUAUUAUCAUAUUUGAAAGGGGAAGAACUCGCGUACGUCUCGCCGGACGGGGCCGCGGAACAGCGGAUUAUUGACGUUGUUAUAAAAAUAUUAAACGCGAUUUCCGAUGUUUAACGCAAUCGGCAGUGAGAGAACGUUUUCGGAAAACCGGUGUUUCGGGCGGUUCUCGCCGAUUCCCGGCACCGUAUGCCCGUCGCGGGCACUCUCCCGGUUGAACAUCCCGCGGGCGUGCUCUCGCUACAGCGUGCGAACUGUCCGCGGGUACGCUCGGGCGUUUGCUGUACGCCGCGAACACACGCCGACUGGUAUUCGGACAGGACCGCCGUCGACCCAAUGUCCGUGGUGCAGAGCACAAUUGUCGGGGCCGUAAACGCGGCCGCGUUCAGAACCGACGCGGCGUGCCGACGUUAUCCGGAUUCCCGCGGGCCACAAUCGCUGUGCUCCGACGCUGGCCCUGUCAACAAUUUUGUUGAAAAUUACAACCGUAGACCGUAUUGCCCGUCGUGGUUCGCUGAAUUUCGUCGCCAUUCGACGUGUCGCGUUCAUUUACGUUUACCGCGACCGUUGCGUUUUCUCGGGUAUUCAACAACAACAACCAAUAGUGACGGCGGCAACGCUCCCGCGGGCAGCUUCGUCUCGUGUGAACAACAUUCCGCGGCAAGCGUAAUUUUCCCCCGCGAAACCCGCCGAUAAUCGCCGGCGCUGCAGCGGGUUUACGGCGUCCGAACAGGACCGUCCGGACAACGGCUUAUUAACGAACACGGUUCUGUCGCAAAAGCCUCAAAUAACGGCAACCGUCGCGCGCAGGGCCGACCGCGCGUGUAACACGGCUAAUAUCGCUGCGAAAAGCGACGGCGCGUCCGGCGAAAAACGGCCGUGCAUAACGGCCGGCUGUCACUACCGAGCGGUCGGUUCCGUUGUCGUUCGAAACGCUCGCCGUCUCGGAAAGUAUUGACUCUGCGCGGAAUCCGUUUCGCACAGACCCCGGGGUACAAGCAGCUCGCUGCAGCGUCACCGCGUUCGCACUGUUCAUCGUCACUCUGAUUUUCGGAGGCGGAACGGCUGUCCGCUUUUGAUUGUCAAAUAGCAACCUAUAUUAAAAAUCCCACAGACAGAUUGGAGUAUAUCAGUUAAGAUAAACGUCGGUGUGCACGUUUUCGUUUCCCGUCAAUCCGUCGGCACGGCGAGACGCUGCGCUUUCGAGUUUAUGAGAGUAGUGGUCUUCGUUUGUGCGGCGGUUCAAUAACGCACCACUACGCACACUCUCCCCCGGCCAGCGAUAUUAAAACGGUUGACGGAAAUCAAAAAAAAAUUUCAACACCAAAAUGUAUUUUCGCUAAUAGCCCAUUUAUUUAAGGCGUUUUCGAUUUUCGAUUUUAAAUCGAAUGUGCACAGUCGUUUCACCCCCGACAUAUAAUGGUGACAAAAAAAAAAAAAAAAAAAAAUACGAUAAUGUUAUUUAUCUAUUUAGCACUGUUCGUUCCGCAAGGUUUUCGUAAAAAGCGAAACACAUUUCGAAAUAAUUCGCGUCAAACGGCAUAAAAGACCACCAUUACUAUAGCCGGAAAACGGCUCCGAACGAAAACAACGCGGUCGUUCGCGUAAUCGUGUUUCGCGCGCAAUACAGACAAUGACACAAUGACGACGCGGGUAAGUUCUAUUACAAUGUGACGAUGGUGACGUUACCGGGUUGGUAUACCGCAAUACAGGUACGAAAAUGUUACCGGGUAGUAAGAACUUCCCGUUACACCGAUAGCCCGGCGGCGGAGCGUGACAACGUCCGGGAGUAAUACGUUCGUCCCGUCGCCGCAGCACCGGCACGCCGACAGCCUUUGAUAUUAACUCGUAGAGCGCCGACGUUUUUAACAUUUUUUUUUUUUAAACAAUAAAAUAUCGCGGAACGCGAUUUAUUAAUAUUCACGUUAUAUACGCGUUUAUGGCGAUAUAAUGCCGAGUUCGGAUUCGAAGGCGAAAGCCUUUUUUUAAUUGUAAUUUUUCUACAGAAACGUGUUUCAUUCAAUAUCGAAGAUGAUUGAUGUAUUUGUUUUUUCGCUUUUUUUUUGACUUAUAAAUACCUUUUUUGUUUAUAAAUGUCUCUUUUGUGUUUGAUUUGUAAGUAACAAACGAUGACGAUUUAAUAAGUAGCAAUCUUAAUCUAAAUAGUUAUUUAUGUACAUGAAAUACGUCCCAAUAACUUCAUUGGACGUAGAAAGAUCAUUUUCUAUGUGCAAAAAUAUUUUGAGCCCAAACAGUCAACGUUUUACUGAAAACAGUCUAUUUAAGUAUACGGUAGUGAAUUUUUUAUUUGAUUACAAACUAGUUAAAUCAAAUGAAAUCGAUUGAACGUUUUUAGUACAUUUUGUAAUUUCUGUUUUACAUAUAAAUUAAAUGAUUUUUUCUGCCAUUUUUUUUCACAUUUUAAAUUAUUUUUUUAUUGGUUAUAUUUUCAAAUCUUAACCUAGUAAUAUGCUACCCCCGUCAACAUCGUUGUAUAAAAUUGUAAUAUUAUUAUAAUACAUACAUAGUGACGUGUAACUUAUAUUCGCAUGAAUAAUUGAAUUAUCGUUCGAAAGUUCGGAAUUUGUUUCGAAAUCGUUGGCAUACGGGAAACGACUGUGGAGCAUCGGCCGCCCGGCUAUCUGUAUUUUGAUGUAAUACAAUUAUUAGGUUUGUGUCGAUGACAAUUAAUAAUGUUGUAAAUUAACUAGAAUAUACCUGUGGCAGCUGCAGAAACUCUGCUAUAAUUUAUCGCCGUUUAUAUUAAAAAACGAACAUCUCAUUAAUAAAAUGAAAUAAAAGGCUGACGGGGGUGUACUGUUUCACGGGGAAAGUCGAAAGGAAAUACGCGUAAAGAGUGAUUUAUUUUGUGUCCGUACGCUAACUGUAGACUAUUAUUAACGAAAAACGAUUCUGAGCAGACUGUCGGCUGUUAGUCGUAUGUUCCUCUCGUUUUGCAAUUUUAAGCCAAGAAUCGAAAAUAAAUUGUUAACCAUUCAAUUUGUUAGGAAUCAAAAUUACUAGGAACAUCAAUAAAUGUCCUCCUAAAUACACCGGCUAGAUCAAAAACGCUACAAGAAUGAUUUUAUUAUUAUUUUUUUUUUUGAAGCAAGAUUUUUGGCACAAAAGUUGUUUAUAUAGACACCUACAUAAAAAAAAAAAAAGAAAAACUUCAUAAUAGUAAACCAGUGGCACUGAACCGAUAUAUAGGUGUGGCAGCUGCCACACAUUAUUUAAGGGGUGGAUAUAUCCUUAAGAAUUGGUAGUUUAGUCUAAGACAUUGUACAUUUUACAAUAAAUAUAAAGAAUCGUAGACACAGGUAAUAUACUAAAUAUCGCGAACUAGUAUAUUCCUAGAAUGCUGUAGAGCGUGUACUAUGUGAUUGCAUUAGUAAAAGCAGCGAACUACAAGUUUAACUAUAACUAUUAUCCAUUACUAUUAAAUUAAUAGUCUUACGGUAAACAACCAAUAGUAUCUAAUCAAUUUCUGAAUCUACAACACCGAUACAAGCUAAAAACGCAUAAUAAACAAAUGUGAGUAAAAGAACUGACACUGAGUACUGGUGUGGCCACUGUUGUAGGUGAUUGUAGGUAGUUGGAAAAGUACGAUGUAUAGUAAUUUAAUGUAUACCUGUAGCCAACGAUAAACGAUUCUGAGAGGAGCUCGAUUAAACAUGAUUCGAAAGGAAUUUUCGUCAAAAUAUGAUUUUAAAACUUUUAAAAAAAAAAAAAAAAAAAUAUUACAUAACUCUCAAUUUAUUUUGAAUCACUAAGUAUGACUUAUAAUUGACUUCCUGUCAAAUUUUUAAGCUUUUUUGUUUGGUCUAACAAUUUUAUCAAAAGAGUGCCUCUACUGAAUAAAUAUUACAUAAAAAAAACUCACAAAAUUAUAAUGUUGAUAAAUAGCUCAAAAAUGGCUCAAAUAUUUUGAAAAUCUUACAACUUCUAAAAAAAGUAAAUACAAGUUCUCUGUCUAAAUUUUAAGUCUCUACGAAUAUUUUUAAUUAAAUCACAAGAAAAAAAACUAAAUUAAAAAUAAUAAAUACAUUAUUUUCGUAAAUUUUCCCAUUCUUUCUUCGUUUUUUUUUCGGUUUUGCUCAAUUAUUAAAAAAACUGCACGAAAACUCCAAACACAACUUUUUAAUUCACUAAUCAAAUUAAUAAUUCAAUAAAAAAUUAUCGUUUUUCUCUUGGAAGGAUGUUUCUGGUAGAAAAUAUUGUGUAGGUAUACAAAUUUAAAACAAUGAAAUCGAUAAUUCCGUGGCCGUGGCGUGCGCUGUAAAUAUUUGCCGUUUUACCUAUAAUUUUCGUACGGAUUUUUCCUAAUUAUUUUGAAAACCCCUAAGACAAUAAAACAUUGACGUCUAACUAGACAAAUUUACCUUUCAGAAAAAGUGUUAACUCUGUACAUCAGGGUAAGAUUUCUAGUAGAAAGUUGUUCACAGACACAAAGAAAAAAAAAAUUAUUAUCAUACAAAACCAUACAUUAUAGUAAAAUCAAUAGAUCUCUCGCUAUGCUCAAAAUCUAACAUAAACAUCACUGUAAAAUCAUUAAAUAAGUUUUUUUAAUAAAUAAGAAAAAAAAAAAAUUUAAAACUGAACAAAUAUUUAAAUAUGUAGCGAUAACGUGGAUUUUAUUUUUUCCGAUUUCUGGGUGACCACGGUGCAAAAAAACACAAUAUGCUACUACAAUUUUUCCGGCUCCGCUCAGAAUUUUUUUUUUCGAAUCCAAUGAUUUAUUCCUGAUUUCGGUAUAAUAUUACAAAUUAUUCCAUAUCUUUUAUAUAUAUAUAUAUAUAUAUAUAUAUAUAUAUAUGUGUACACAAAUAUAAUAUAAUAAUAAUUUAACGCGUAUACGUUUCAAACUUCCCACCAAAAACAGUGGACUGCUGGCGGCGCGAAGUAUGUAUGCGACCUUUUAGUAUUAUCGUUCAAAAACUGCCGUAUUGAUAAUAAUUUACUGUUCUUUCCUCCCAUAACGCGUACGACUAUGGUUGAAAAUCAGCCGUGUCCUCCAAACUUGCCUGCAAAUCUAAUAACUUCACUUAGUUCGUAUUGUAACAUCCGAUAUUUUUAAUCGUCGAGACGUGAUAAUUUCGAUAAAAAAAAAAAAAAAACCAAUAAUAAUUCUUCUAUACGGUCGUACGAUUAUCGAUAAUAUUAUUCAAAUACCCGCAGACGCCAUAAUAAUUGAAUAUCCGUACACCUCUCUCGUUGGAGCAUAUCUAUUUCAAUUUCAUCCUAUUGGAAUAUUUGAACGACUCCCACCGCGCUACAGCCGCGGGUUCCUUAUAACUAUAUUGAAAUGUAUACAUUUUUUUUUUUUUUUGAUUAUCGAAUUCGUGGCGAAAAUUUCAAAACCAAUAUAUUAUAAUCCUAUAUUUUGGGUAGGUAUUAUAUGUAUGUAUACAUAUUAAUUUUUUUCUUUGCCCGCGGUGUAGACCUACGACACAUAUACCUGAUACCUGCUAUAUAGCUGCGUCGGUUUUAUUGAAAUUUAUCGUAACCUUUUGCAAUAUUUAUUAUGAUACAUUAUAAUGUUUCGAUAGCCGGCUAGUCAUAUGGUUCUUUUUUUGGGAAAUUCGUUCUUUGUAUAUUAUUGUCAUAAUAAUAUUAUAACGUAUACGGUUUUCGAUCGAAGUUUAACUCGGGCCAAUAUUAAAUAUAUAUAUAUAUACAUAUAAUAUGUACAAUGUCACUUCGGUCAAAAAAAAAAAAAAAAAAAAAAGAUACUAUAAAAAAAGUUUUUUGAUAAACGCCAAGCCGAAAAAAUAAACGUAUGUCGUUCGAUCUAAGCUGCUCCGAAAAUUCGCAGAGUUUUUCGUCUAUAUAUACAUAGGUACUCUACUGUUUUUGUCUCCCUUUUCAUCUCUUUCGUGCUUACGAUCCAAGUAUAGCGAAAUUCGUCGCAUAUUUUUUAAUAUAUCGCCGAUUGUCUUAACCUACAAAUUGACAUCAAUGCUUCCGUCACUUGGAUUGUCCUUGAACACUUCCAAAUGCAGAUCUAUGUUAUUUACCCGUGGCCGCUCGCCGAUAUAUUUCUCUUGUUCCGUUAAUGGCGCCAACCCGCUUCUUAUCGACUGUAAUGCAAUGCAAUCUUGGCUUUAUUUUUCCUCUUUGUCCUAGUGCGCACAUUGACAAUAUCACCUGUGAGGCGUUUAAGGUUUUAGGUUUUAUUAAAAGAACAGCAAGUGAGUUCAAACACUCCCACUCUCUUAAAUCACUUUUCUGUUCUUUUGUCAGGCCUAUUGUUGAAUACGGCUCAGUUGUUUGGGAUCCUCAGACUGCGGAUGCUUGCAAACAACUCGAGCGUGUCCAGCGCAGAUUUCUUAAUUCCGUAAAGUAAACUUUUAAUAUUAAUCGUGUACCUCGUUACUACGCCUUCGUCCUCCGUUUUCUAAAUCGCACAACCUUAGCCGAUUGUCGUCACCAUCUUAAUAAAUAUUUUCUCCAAAAAUUUCUCUCUGGCUCAAUUGACUCUACUUCCCUCCCUGAUCUUUUAAACUUUAAGGUACCGACUAGUAACACCCGGAAUUAUACAUUUUUUAUUACUCCACGUAGCCCUACCAAAUAUUUAAGAAACGAGCCUCUCACUAGGAUGAUGCGUAUAGCCAAUGAGGAUUCGUCAUUUUCCAUUAGGUUAAUUUUCGUAAUUCUGUUUUUAAAUUUUUGUUAUACCCUAUCUUAUUUAUAUUUUUUAAGCUUGUCCUAGCUGCUUAGGUAACCCUACUGUAACUUAACCAAUACCUUUUUCAUUUUUUGUUCUUAAUUUAAUUGCACUCGUGUAUCAUAGUGAACUUGUUUGACAUUUUUGAAAAUCGGACUUCAGUCCGUUAUCAUAAUAAACAAAAUAAAAUAUAUCGAAUUGUCCAAUAUGAAAACCUAAUUUAAAAAACAAGUUCGUAUAAAAUUAUUAUUACUAACUAAUAAGUAUGAGGAACCUCGGAUAGAAAAUCUUUUCUCGAGAUUCUCGGUACCGCAAGAAAGUUAUUGAUUUUAGGUUUUCUUUCCCCGUUUUUUUUUUUUUCAUUGGAAUUUGUAUAACAAUAUCAUUUCGAGUAGGUAGGUAAUUUGUAGAAAAAAAAAAAUUCUUGUUGACUCCUCAUAGAAAACGACAAAAUAAAAUACCAUUAAUAAAAGUUUAAAGGUAAAAUACAGUAUGUCGAUAUACUUUUAUAAACUUAGACUAUAUUGGUUUACACUCCGAGGACUCAGUAAUACCAUCACAAAAACUAUAUUAUGACGAUAUUUUGAUGGAAAUAAAAAAAAAUAAGCGAUCUAUGAAUAGUAUAACGAAUAAAAAGAAACGUAUCGGCGACGAAUCGACGAGAUUCGAAAGAUCGGAAUACGCCCAGUUACCAUAGAAAUGUUUCCUGCAUCGAAAAUCCAAAAAAUUUUUUUUGUACAUUUUUGAUAUUUAGAUUUGGUGUGUAGCGAGAGGAUCUAAUGGUUUUACUACGGUGCAUGUUUUUUUUUUGUUUUUUCGGUCCGUAAACAACUUUCCGGAAAGAAAAAUUACUCCAAUAGUAAAAUAACAAGAGACCUUUUUUGUUGAAUUUAUAAUCUAAUUUGAAAGUUCGAAAGUCGUGUUUUUAAUUUCCAUGCAGUUUUCUUAAUAAUGAGUAUAACCAGAAAAAACUUAGAAAGGACGGGUAACUUUACGGAUAUAUUAUGGUUUCAUUAUUUUUCGAUUUGGUUUUUCGUUAUAAUUCAAAAGUUUGUUAAAAUUAUUCUCGGGGAUUUUAAAUUUUGACAAAUAAUUUGUACUUGACUUCUAUAUAGGUGGUCAAAUUUUCAAAAUAUUUUGGCGAUUUUUAAGCUAUUUAUAAGUAUUUAAUGUUUGUUAAUUUUUCUACGUAUAGUUUUUAUUUGGUAGAUGUGCACUAUGUGUACUUACGUGUUAUAAUUGUUUAACCAAACAAAAAUUGUUGAAAAUUUAAUAGGAGUUCACUAAAAGUUGUACUUAAUAUUCGAAAAAAAAAUAAAUGUACAGCGUAUAAUAUAAUUUUCUUUUUUAUAGUGGAUUUAAUAUAAAAUGUUGAUAAAAACAGUAAAUAUAUUACGGACCUUUAACCGGGUUUCGCUUGGAAUCGUUUUUCGCUAGCAAUGUUUUAUCAAAUAUAAAUUGCUUGCAAAUAUAAAUUCAAUAACGUUAUGUAUUCUGCCUGUCUAUUUUGUUUUAAAUUGUUUUAAAUGUGUGCACCGGUUUUGAUUAAAAACUGUUAACUCGACGUUUUAAUAGCAGCGUUACAAAUAUAUAUUUGGUAAAUAAAAUUAUGUAAUGUAACAGAUGUCGCUAUCUAUCGAAGCCAAUCGGUGUUGCAAACGUUUUAUAUAGCAUUUUGUUUUUGUUUCUCUUGUAGGUGCGCUUAUUGCAUUUUAACCAUUUUCAUCCGCAGCGUAAAAUCUGUCAUUUUACAUUAAUGUUUUUUUUUAUUCGUUGUCGUAAAAAUAACGAAACAAAAUAAUAAUAUAUAAAAUCAAAACCAACGGACAUAUUUCGCACGAUGGGCGGGCCACUGUUGUAGGCGAGAAGUUUGGUGGAAGGCAGAGUGUAGUAAAUAUAAUGCAUAUCUGUACGUAACGAUUGAUCAUUGCUAACGAAAAACGAUUCUGAGCGAAGUUCGGUUAUACAUGAUUUAAAGGCCGGAAUCAUAUUGUAGUAAUUCAAAAAUAUGGCGGGAGGUGCCUAGUUAUGUAAAUUAGGUUCACACGUAUAAGUUAACUAUAAAUUUGAUUACCUUUCUUCUUCAGGCGGCAAAUUGAUCUGUUGAAUUUGAUAUAGGUGACCGUAGUAAAUAAAAAGAUUUCAAUAUAAUAACUGUUUCUAUUUUAUUAAUUUUUUAAAUAUAAAAUACUGUUCUAAGUUCCCGUGCUUUUGUAAGAAUCUCUGCGUAGUCUUUUACACUCGCUUGUGAUCAUCUGUCCAAAAGCAACGGGAACAAUACAUACACUGUNGCGUGUGUAAAUGUGUUAUCUUAAUUUGGUUAAUACUAACAACUUAAUCUAAUAAUUAAUGGCUACAAAUUAUUAUAAUUAUUUUACAAUAUUGAUUAUAUAAUUUAUUUUAAUUAUAUAUGAUAGCUUAAGUAUUAUCUCCUUACGAUGAGUAAAUAUCGCACUAAAAUAUAUGUUAUUUGAUAAUAAAAAAGAAUGGAAUCGGAUGUAAAUGUUUUACUAUCAUUCCUGUUAUUAAUUGUUUGAUUUAUUAACAUUACAUAAUAUUUUAUUUUACAUAAUGUAUGAUAGCUUAAAUAGCAUAUCAUUACAAUAUUUAAGAUCUUAAAAUCGUAAAUUUCGUACAUUUUCCCGUUCUUUCCAUCAACUAUGACAAAAACCCCUGAAGAAAUCUAAAAAAUCACCUCUUUAAAGUACCGCUCCUGUCAAAUUUACUUUCAGAAUAAGCGGUACACUUGAAAAUCGGUGCAAAAUUUCUGGUAGAAAAAUUGUUCACUGAAAAAAAAAAAGAAAAAAAAGAUCAUUGUAAAACUGAUACGUAUACUCGCUCCGCUCGGAAUCGAACAAAAACGUACAAAUAUUAUUCGAACGACGUUUAAUCCGCUCGGAUAUUCGUCGAACUUUCAAGUCCACAGCGUUUGUAUUAUUUAAAAGACCUUUGGCGUAUCGUCUUCGACACGAAACGGUGCUAUACGCAGUCGUACCCAGUAACUUACACAAAGCUAAUAAGUGGGUAUUCAGGGCGUUGAGAUUGCAUAAUAUACAGUAAAAUAUUCCAUGAAAUAUGUAUUAAAAAAAAAAAAAAAAUGACUUGCGUAUAAUCUCAGCGGAAUCGUAAUAAAUUAUUCUGAAAUGUUACGUUGUCCGUGAUUUUGUCAACCUUAUUUUCGGGGCGUGAAACGAAUAAUACAGGUGCACACUUAAUUUUGAUUUUCAAACGGCGACCCAUACGGAAAAUUCCAUAAAUAAUAGUCGGAACACUAUGUAUAACAGUCUAAAUUCGUUUCGACCCGUUGAACGAGAUAUUUCGCUUUUGAAGUUUGAGCGGCGGGAGAGUAUAACAGUGCGGGGGCAUCGUAUUCUGAGUGGCGGCACGCGGUAUCUCUGCUAUUUUACUCGUAUUAUCUUCCUACCCGCGAACUCAAAAGCGACGUGUCACGUCAACGGGUUGACGGUGAUCAAUAGUUUAAACGCGUUUGAACCCUCCCGCGUGUUAAUCGCAUUUUCAACGUGCGUCUGUUGGUUGCAGUAUGAAAAUCGAAAUUCGAUUCGGGUCGUUACGCCUCUUUUUGAGCGUAUCGCGAAAUCAUAGACGGCCCCCGUCGGAUGCGGCGUACGCGGGAAAAUAUUGCGCUUGCACACGCCUAGUUUCCCGCAGCGCCCCGAUGUAUCAAAAAAAAAAAAACUGUAUACGACGCGCGCACAACCGCCACGUUGUGUUAUUAUUUCAUUUCGGACUUUGUUUAUAAUAAAAGUUUGUGGCGAUAUCCCGCGAGAAGACGGAAGGAAAUUAAUUCAUUAGGCCGCGCGCGGGUUGCCGAACGGAAAUUGUUUCCGAAAGAAAGUGCGGGGCACGCAGAGCCGACCCGACCCAAUGCGGUACACGCGUGUACCGUACACUACAUAGGUGGUAAAAUCGCGUAAUCCCGCGCACGAGAUACAAAAGUUCCCUUUUGCGGCGAGCGCAGGCGUAUUAUAACGUAUAUGCGCAUACACAUCACCUUAUACUUUGCGGAUUUAUUAUCAUAAAUCAGGCGAGAUAAUACGAUAAAAGUCGCGAACGAAAUACACGAGUACACGGUUUAAUAUGCGACACGAUAUGAUAUGUAUCGAGGGUCCAUUCGAGCCGUUGCAAAGUCUGCGGAUUAACUUUAUGCAUAAUACUAUGAAAUUCGUUACGAUAAUGACGAUUAUUAUAAUAUACGUCUAGAGCAUAAUAAUUCACGAGUUUUUGAUUUCCCGAACGCUCGGAGGGGGGGGGGUUGUCAAAUAUAAUAACACGAACACGGUUUUUUCGAACCUUUGAUAAAAUAUAAUAUGUACACAUGUGUAUUUUAGGUCGUCGCCGUCGUGCAGAUCGCGCGCUCUAGCCGGACCGGGGAUUUAUUGGCAAUUUUUUUAUUAUUUUUUUUUUAUUUUUUUCCAUAAAUCAAACACGCGAAUGUACGCGGAAAAAAAAUAUACAAGUGUUUUUUUUUUCUGUCUUUUAUUAACUCAUUUCGUUUUGGAUUUCGCGUCUCGGUUUUCCAUUUUAUUUAUUCCUCUCCGGCUCUCUUAAUCCACCGAAAAUUACUCGUGUUAUCGAUUUAUUAUACUUUUAUACUUCCGCCGUGACAUCGCUUCGCGGUGUGUUUUCUCAUUUUUUUUUUUUUUUUUUUUUUUUUAUUUUUACGGGCGGUCGUUUGUAAAAACGUAAACAUUAGUUAUUUUCUGGAUACCUGCAAUUUCCGAGUAGGUUUAUAUAGCUAUACUAUAAUAAUAUUAUCUGUUCACGUGAUUUGAAUUUUGUAGGAGUCGAACAAAAAAAAAAAAAAAAUGUAUACUCGUUUAUACAGCGUGAAAUAAUUUACCUCUGAAACGAUAAUACGGCCGUUGUCGUGUACAGAAAUUGUCCUGUAGGCAAACAAUAAUUUAAUUUAUACAAUACGUGCGCUGAUAGGAAAUUUUUUUGCUAAAAACUUUUGAACGAAUGUGUGUAUAAUCGAAAAUUAUAAGUUUUUUUUAAAACUUUUUAUUUCUUAUUCAAAUCACGGUUACGCGCGUACGCGCGUACUUGAGUAGGCCGUAUAGGAUCAGAAUGACUUCGCGUCAUGUUUCGAAAACGGACGAUUCAACAUUGAUGGUUUUUCUUAUAACAAGUAAUUCAAGCUAAGAAAUCGAAAAUUAAGAUAUCAGUCGUUCUCUAUAUUAUUAUUAGAACAUCCGAGUUUUGAUAACAGUCCAAGCGGGAUACACGAGCUAUGGACGCACAUUUGGAUUAUAUACGCGCGAUUUUCGACACGGGUUAAAUAACUUAGUGUUCGGAAUCGUAACCCGCGCGGUCCAAUUGCGGAGCUCAUUGUAGAUUUGACGCAAUUGUUGCUGUCACACCCGUACACCUUCGACCCGGUUUUCGUGCGUUUUAUUAAACGAAACGAAUCGUUUUCGAGAGUCCCAUAAAACGUUACAGUCGCCAAAUCAUUUUCCCCGUUUUUCGGAACACGAUAUGCGGCGUUUCGAUUUUGUUUAGCAAACUCAGUCUUAUCCGCGUGUUACACCAAUAGGAUGAUACGCCCGACGAUACGAAACGGUCGUUAAUUUCUCGUACGUUUUUCUCGUCUUUUCGGUCAUUUCGCACCGCUGUAUUGUCAGUAUCGCGCGCACCCACCGGCGCAUUGUGAGUUGCCGCAAUAAUAAUGUUUCAUAUUAUUUAUUGUCGUCCGCGCGACGUUAUAAUAAUAACGCGUUUCCUCACCCCCGUCCUUUUUUUAAAAAACAUUAACACCCGAGCGCGGUACUUUUUGCCCGCGACCCCGUUUAUAAUAUUAUUUUUAUUUCCCCUCUACGUAAUACCGUCACCGUUGCGCGCCCGUCUCCCCGUCGCCGGUCCGUCGAGUCGCGAUAUUUUCGAUUCCGGCGUUUGCACUAUUCCAAUAAUAUCGGUUAAAAAUUUUAUUGUACCCACACGGCGGUACAAGUGUAUACGAGAUUACAUAAUAAUAACGCACAGCCGUAUAAGUGCCCCGAGACCGUUUGCAACGGUACAAUAAUAAUAAUAAUUUCAGCAAUAACACGUCGGUAUAAAUUAUCGUUCGAUAGUAAUACGGAUUCUAUAAACGUGAUCAAAGAACAAGUAAAAAAAAAAAAAAAAAAACCAAUCAGUAUCUCGAAUCAAAAGAGCUCUGACACCAUCGACGUGUGAUUGCCGCUGAAAUCGCGGACGAUGGGAAGACGGGUAGGGUAGAAUAUGCACAUCAGUAUAGAGCUAUUUUCUAAUUUAUAUCCGUACGCUACGAUAAAUCGUCGAUGACGAAAAAACAAUUUCCGUACUUACGAUCGUUUUUAAGCAAAAUUCGAAAAAAAAAAAAAUUAAUAAUAAUAAUAAAACGAAAACCAUCGUUGCAUACAUUUUCCCGGUUUUCCCGAAUUGUCGAAAACGAACGCAACAAAAAUCAAUGCACCUGUUAGACAUUUUCUCUGCGAAAAGAUCCUGCAUUCGCUUACAGAUCGGAGCAGACUUUCCGGUGGAAACAACAAAUACAACUAAUACAUUUCUCGCUGCAUUCAAAAUCUAAAAUACAUAAAGCAAAAAAAAAAAAUAACGAUUUUAUUGAAAAAUUCACUUUUUUUUAGGGGGGGACAGAGAGGGAGAGAGUGAUCAACAUAACGUAAGACACUCGUUAUCUCAGAGCUUGUUGGAAAAUUCAAGAAACAAGAAGCUCUAAUAUGUUUGCAGUUGAAUCACCGAGAACGGUUUGAUUUUAAAAUGACAUCUUGUAUUAAAAAUUCCAUACAUCUAUGAAAAUUUAGCUUAAAUAUAUUUUUAAUAUAAUCGGCGACUCGUGAUGAGAUAUUCCUCUUUUAAGUUUUUCAUUUCGUGGUACAGAGAGAAUAGCGCAGUGUAAAGCAUUAAUUCAAACUAAAACAUCUUCUAUGUGUGACAUUUUUAUUUGAAAAUUGAAAUUCGGGACCUACAACGGCGGUUUUAUCCCUAAAAAAAAAGUCGACAAAAAAAUAAGGGUAAUAUAACAUUUUAGACCUACACCGGUUAUAAAAUCAUCCAUGAAUAAAUUUCGAAAAAACUUAACGCUUCCCGAGAUGAACACGCGUCUAUCACCCUGUAUAUUAUACUAUUGUAAUGGCAGCAUUUCCGAAUAAAAAAAACAAGUUGUAUUAUAUUGUCAAUGAACAAAAAAAUAAAAAAUAUUGUAAAAUUAACUUAUAUAGGUUCAGUUUCGGAGAACUCGGGGGCGUGGCCCGGAGAAAAACAUAAUAUUUUGACCACUUAUUAACAUUAUUAUGGUAAAUACACGCGUGAUACAAUGAUAUAUUAUAGUAUUAUAUUCUGUCACCGUGCACAGGGUGAUUCUUUUAACGUGAAUAACGUAUUGUUAUUAAAAUAGUAUUACGGUAAAACGAUUAUACGGUCAUGAUUUUCUAAUAUUCAAAUCUCUAUUAAAACUCCGUAAAUGCAUUCGAAUUUCACAUGUAUUUGCAGUUGCGUAGAUUGCCACGUGAAAAUCAAAAACCAGUACUGAUUUUGAUGGUUUCGCCGUCAAACACAUGAGGGCGAAUAAAACAUUAAGCGCGUUAUAAUUCGAUGAAUGCACUUAAAAUUGUAUGGGAAAGGAAAAAAUUUCGACAAAAAUCAAUACGGACACGAUAGAUAGUGUGCGUUCCGCGUUAGAAGAAUAGCGACCCUGUGUUACUAUACUGUAUACAAUAUUUAUGCUGCAGCAUUGGAUACGACCCACGUUUUCGGAUAUUUUUUUUUCUUAUUUAAUUGGACUGUCAAAACAAAACAAGAGGAAAAUCCAAAACAAAAGUUUGUUGCGCAGUCUUUUUUUUUUUUUUUUUGCAAUUCGAACGGAUAAUAUUUCACAAUAGUAUAUAGAAAAUAUUUUUUUUUAAAAGAAUGCCAAAUGCACUCACCGUAUUCUGAAUAGCGAAUAGUGUAAUAAUUUGGGAUGUGCAUUGAAUGCACAACAACAAAAAAAAAAAAAAAACGUGUAAAAAAAAGCACUUAAAAUUCAAUACACAACUUAUUGAUAAAUUGGUUUAGAAAUCAAAAAAAAUAAAAAAAAAUAUUAUUCCCCAUAUAUUCGAAUUCAGUAAAAUGUAAUAUGUUGAAAACAGACGAUAAUCAAACGUGUCUGGUUCAAUAUAGACAAAUCAUACUUGUCAUACUUGUAGGUUUAACUCAUACUUAUAAAAAAACGCGUUUCAUUUGUCUGAAACCUAUGCCUGUCUAUUAUUUCGAUUGAAUUCGAAUGACAUUACCUAUAUUGAAAAUUGCAUAAAUAGCUAGAUGGAGUAUUGAGUUGACAUUAUAUUUUGGUGUCGAAAUGUUUGAUUUCCGUCGAUCCGCCGACGAGAUUUCCCGCAUUUAGACUUGGGUCGGAGGAGAGCUGUAUAGUGGUGCAUUAUUGAAACGUCGCGCUGCCACACGAACGACGCACCGCCACUCCUGCCCGCCCGUAACUUUAAAGCGAAAUAUCUCGCCAGCCAACGCAUCGAAGGCCUAACAUCAUACCCGUAAAUGACACAAAUGUAAAAUCGUCGAGCUGCUUGUUCCUUAAAUGUUCUAUAAAACAAAUUUAAUGCUUUCAACCCCUGUGUGUAUUGGUAUCUACCGGACCUCGAACUCUGUGGUGAUAAUAUGUCAACAGCCAAUAACGACAACACUCGUGUUUGUUCGACGCCAAGACUUUCAUCAUCACGCGGGGAUGUCCAAAAGCAACUGCUAUCGCCUGGAUACUGGAUGACUGGGCCACUCGCAGCCGGCGCCAUCAAAAAUCGAUUGAAGGGUGAUUAAACAUUUUUACGUCGAAUUCGCCGACUUCCGAAAUUGGUUUUACGCAUUAUUCAAUCUUUUUCGAUAAAUUAUGUAAUAGGUUAUCGUUAGCAUAUUUAUUAUGUGUAUAUAAUUUAUAAUCAUAAUAAAAUACUAAAAAAAAAAAAGGAAAAAAAAGAAAAAAAAGAAAAGAAAACUGAAUUAAUUUCGUUAUGUAUUAAAUAUUAAAUUAUUAUCGUUGAAUAGUGUCAACUCAGUUAUCUAAAUUGCAAAGUUUCCAGUUUACACUGUACUAUCUCCGGGGCCGCUCGGUGACGUGCGCGGGAGGAAGGAUUAGGUUAGGAGGGGUUAUUCUACUCUCGUCGUUGACGUAAAAUACAACAAAUAUUAUUCUUUAUAUAGUAAUUUUAUCUCGAAAUUAUAAUAUUUUAAUCGUAUUAUAGGGAAAAAAACGGUUGAUUUAUUAUGAAUACGAAUUAAAAUUUUUUUUUGAAUCCGGCUCGUUGGGUUAGGUACCUAUAAUAACAGAAGACGAUUCUACGGUUCGUUCACGAUACGCGAUUGUUAUUUACUACGGUCCCUUCAAUUGAAAAUUCCUGAACACGCCACUGGAGCCCCCUAUAACUAACGUAUAACAUGCACUGCAUUAUGUUAAGGUAUAACAUUAUGCGCGGUACAAUGGCGUCAUUUGGACCACGUCGCUACUACAUCACUUGACGUGCCUACGUCCUCGGGUCUCGGUACAUUAUUAUUACGUGUGCGGACGAACGAAUCGCUCAAAUGAACGAAUAAAAUGCUGAAAACGGUUAUAGUCGUCGAGAUCUUAUCGUACAGCGUUGGUAGAUCGUGCGUUAAGAUAACAGACAACUUCGGAUGCCCAGUUGCCUUGCGUUGUCUCCCAGUAUACCCGGGCGAUUUAGUACCGUUUUUUAAUUUUUUUGUUUCAGUAUUCCUGUGCGCGUGGGGAUGGUCUUUUAUAAUCAAUAGCCAAUAACAUAAUAAGAUCAGAGUAAAAUAAUUCGUGAAAUUGAGUUCAUUUUCGUGUAUUUCAUUAAAUACUACGUUCGUUUGUCGAUAUACACCAACGCGCCAUCGUGUAGCUUAAAAAAAAAAAAAAAAAAACAAAACACGAUACAUUCCUAUCGCUACGCUACAAUCUAAAAAGAAACAAUAAAUAAAUAAAACAAAAUUACGUGAAAUUAAUUGAAAGAUUAAUCGCGUUUUUUUGCGCGUGGCAGUGCUAUUGCGUUCAUAAAAAAAUACACGCAACCCACUGCAGUAUUUUUCAUGAUAUAUUUUUGUGUUUUUGCGAUUCGUUUCGGAUUCUUUGAUACAUUUUUUCGCAUAAUAAUAUAAUAUAUACUUAUUCCUGAAACGGCAGUCUCUUGUAAACAUUUUCCUUUCAAGAAUUUUUUUUAUUUAUUACUUUUCCUCCCGUCUUUAAUUCGAAUUUUCAAAGGCUUCUACGUCGUUACGCGUGGGUUUAUUAUUAUGUACACGUGAUCCGCAGCAGAGCAAAUAUAACGGGUUUUCGGUUCGAGUUUAAAUUAAUUCACCUUAUUAUGUGAUCAAAAAUCAUAUUUUAAUGAAGAAAUCUGUUACGGCGGAAUUCGCUAGACGUUUUGUUCUUUUGAUCUUUGGAGGGCAAACGACAAAUAUACAUAAUAGUAUACAAUAUUAUAUUUUUUCAAUGGAGCCGCACCGAUAACGUAAUCGCAGUGAUAUCAAUAUCAGUCGUUGAAGACAUUAUUUCAAUAAUGAAUUACUCUUUUCUUUCCUAUAUUCUUUUAUUUUAUUUUAUUUUUUUUAUUUUCAAUGUAUAAUUCCCAAUUGUGUACGAUUAAACGAGCAAAUAGCGGUCGUUUUUUUUCUCUUUUGUUUUAAUAUUUAAUCCUCCAAUAGUAGACACGAAUACUCUUUUUUUAUUUGGUUUUUUUUUAUUUUAUUUUAUUUAUUCACGAAAAAUGCAAUGUGACGGGAGUUUUUUUUUUUGUAGAGUAGCUACUAACCGGUGUCUCUUUUCUUAGCGAGAUAAAAUAUGAGUAUAAAUUUGAUUUUUUUUUUCCGCAGCAAGCUUUAUUUUCACGCGUCAUUUUAUACGCAUACCGCGAGACAAUUUUCAUGACAUUUCUGACACAUAUAAUAUAAUAUUAUAUAGUACAGUCAGAUACGUCACAAUGGUUGAUACGAUAACGGUGAUCAAAUUUCAUAAUAACGUUUCGAGUUUUCCGGUAGAAUGUACAAAAUAAUAAAAAAAUCAAAUACCUGCGAAUACGGGAUGUCUUACGAUUACAUACACAUUGUGUUAUCUUCGGAAAUAAUAACGAUAUUCAAGUUCUGUUUUUUUUUUUUUCUAUAUACCUCAAGGUUAAGGACUAUACCUAUUUAUAUUUCAAUUAACUGUUUGUGUUUUGGUAACAAAAAAACUUGGGAGAAGAACUUGGGAUAGUAACUUUUUUUGUCCUACUAGAUUUCUUAAUAAUCAAACGGGAAUAUUUACGAAAAGACCGUUUCUGUCACGAUCCGUUUUUCUGCAGUCUAAAAAUGAAAAAUAAGUUACUACUACUCACUAAUAGGUAUUCUUAUUGGCGGGUAGUGGGAAAGAUGUGAAUUAAAUGAUAAAUUUAUAGUUUGUAUUAUAUUGUGUGUAAAGAUAAAUUUUUGCAAACGAAAAACGAUUUUGAACGGAAAAAUUCCUUGUUUUCGAGGUAACCAAAAAAACAAAAAAACGACCUGUAGGGAGGAGUUGAGUUGCUGAAAAAGUUGCGAUAAACGUUUUUAACAAAGUAUCACCCGGAGGAUAUUCCGCAUCUUUUGCAUUCUUUCUGCAAGAUAAAAUCCUAGAAUUUAUUGCAUGUAACCGAAUAUUUAAAAUAAAAUAAAGACAUUUUCUGGAAAAAAGUAUUGGGAGAUGCGUAAAACUAUUGAAAUAAAAUACCAGUAGACAGAUAUUCUAUAUCUUUUGAGAUAAUGCGUGAAAAAAAUCGGAGUAUGCUAAAAAAUUGUCAUACCAACUUAAGUACAAUAUUCACGUAAAUCACUUUACGGUAGGUAUACCGAAAUUAAUCUAAACUGAUUUUUAACGGAGUGCAUUUAUAAUUUACUCCAUUAUAUCAUUACGCGUUGUCAACUUAGCUGCUGCUAGCCCAUUAAAAACGUGUUAAAAAUGUUAUUGAUAAUUCAAAACUCAACACCAUGUAGUCACCGCACGCCUAUAAUACCUAACUUUGUUAUAUCCCGACUUAUAAAGCUCAUCAUUUCGGUACGCAAUAUUCGUCGACACGGUUAUUAUUUUCUGCGGUUUAUAAACUCUUACGAAGGAAAAUAAAAGUACAUUACAAUCCCCCUUGCGGCGACGUCGUAAAGAAUUUUGUGGCACGUCGGUGUGUUGUGUAGAAAAACGAUUUUACUACGUUUUCGUCAGUUUCACACCUCUAAUACCGAAUUACGAAUAAUAUUGAUACUACAGUAGGUAUAUUCACUUAUAAAACAAUAACAACAUUGAAAAUAUAUGACAAGAAAACGUUUCGCAGCGAACAAUACAUUUAUUUUCGGUAAAAAUCACGUUGUAACGUAAUGAUAUCUUUUUUUUAAAUGUUCAUGAUUUCCAUAUUUUCGUAUAAUAUUGGUAUUCCAAUCGUUAUAAUAAUAUAUCAAAAUAUUUAAGUGUAAUAAAUUACACAUUUUCAGAUUUUUAUCUAACGGAGUAAAACAUAAUGUAUUCUUGGAUGCUUAUUCAAAAGGGGCAGACCAAUUCUGAGCCGACUCUGAGAUUAUUCUGUAUAAUCGUUUUCAUUUGUAUUAUUUUUUUAAAAAAGUAAAUUUGAGUUAAUGGCGAUAAAUAGUGUACGAUCCUUUUGGAUUAUCGAGCCCCAGAUCCGAUAAAUUCUUAAUCUGGUCCUGGUUUAGAGUAGUAUAAUGAAUUUUGUUUUUUCUCAUUUAAAUGAGAUUUAACCAUAACCAAACAAAAAUUUAAAAAAUCAAAAAAGAACCUGGAGGAGAGAGGGGGAUGGAUUGCGUAGAAAAUUUCGAUAAAUGUUAUAAUUAAAAUACUACUGGCAUAAAAUUCGCAUUUCGUUAUGUACUGCAUGAAAAAAUUGGAGCAUACGUCGUAUAAAAUACAGUGUUUUUAAAAAAUACAUAAAAAUCAAUUUUUUGGAAAUAAUGUCGAAAAUUGUUUUAAAUGAACAUCUGUCGAACGAAAAAUCCUACUGUGGUAUUUUAUUAAAAACCCAAAGCAUUUUUAAUGAACGAAAAUAUCUUUCCCGAGAAAAAAGAAACUCAACUUUGUAAAACUAAUUGCUUUUUCGUUAUACUUAAAAUCUAAUAAGGGGCCGUAUUAAUUCGUGUAUUGACUUGGAACAUUUCAAUUGUAUUUUUUUUCUUCUUAUUCUUUUAAAGUUCACUGCGAAUAUUGUGGAUCACGUUUAUUACGAUGCGGUUCAACUUCCAAGCACAUCCGUUAGUGCAAUAAUUUAUUAUUAACCGAUAAUAAAAAAAAAAAAAAAGCGAAAUACGCGUGACAAUGAUAUCCAGUGGCGUACCCGGGAAUUUAGCACUGUGGGUCAGCCGAUUCAUGAAAGGCCAUCUUUGUAGGAAACUAAAUAUCUAAUAAAUCCAAAAUCGAUCAAAUUCGCUCAAGAUUUAAGUAAGAUUUCAUAUUCUGAUACUAACAUAGGUAACUUAUUUACAUACAAAACAUAAAUACAUUUUACAAACUUGCAUAAAAACGAUUAAUAUUAAGACUUUUAAUAAAUUGUUGGUUAACCGAUGGAUAAUCCACAUUAUUUAAACAAUCUAACUAAUCAGUUUUACUUAAAUCUGUAUAUGCUACUUGGUUACUAUUAUUGCGUAUUAUUAUAUGUAAGUAUCGUCAAAACAAUAAAAUAAUAUAAUAUCUUGUAUGUAUACUACAUGCACCAAAACUUGAUAGUACUACGAUUAUUUAGUUUAAAAUAUUUCACCAUCACUGAUAAUACUCAGUUAUUGAUAUGAAGAGUAUUUAUUUUUAGAUUUUUAUGAUAAUAAUAUGAGAUACCUUUUCUUUUUCAAUAUUUGUUUAUAAAUUUAUGGUUUAGACCAUUACGGGUUUUACGGGUAUACCUAAUAAGAAAAUUCAAGGCUGGAAUAUACAACGAGUUAAAAUACAGUUUUCAGCCGGACAGCCAAAAUCGAUAAACAGUGAUUAAUUUUGAUUUCAAGAGCUUUACAGAACAAGACAGACUUAAAAUACGUAAUAUUAUUAUUGGAUACUUAUUGAAUAACCAAACCAUUUUUCACACUGUUAAUAUGAUUAUUCCGAACCAUUUUCAAAAGUAGACGUAAAAUCAGACAAAAAACAGACGUGAGGAUAAUGGGGAUAGGAUGCAGUCACUGUUAUAGAUAAUUUAAUGCAUACCUACAAGCAACGAUGAAUCAUUGUUUACAAAAAAACGAUUUUAAGCGGAGUUUUACAUCUUUGUAAUCAUAAGUUUCUUCGCUCCGCUCAGAAUCUAAAGACGAAGUUUGAUAAAGAUUUCUGUUUAUAUUUUCUUACAGCAUCUGUUUAAAUUACACACAAUUUAUUACAAUUUAUAAUUCAAUUUGUCAAUUUGGCAAAUUUCUGAAGUACCUACUUUGAGCAAACUAUUUUAUAUUAAUGUAAUAAUAAUAUUUUAACAAAUGAAAGUCGAAUCAUUUGACUUUAUAUAUUACUAUAAUAUUUUUCUUAGACUUAUACCUAUCUUGUCUAUAAAACUUUUAAAUGUUAACAAUGAUCAACAACAAAAUAUACAUUUUUUCUAUUGACUAUUAUAAAGAAUUUUGUAUUGAAAUUUAAAUACAUACCGAAAAGAAUAUAAGGUAAUGUGAGCGAAUUAUCUUCUUCUGCACUGUUAUAUUAUAAGCAGUAGAUACUUAUUGUGUCUUAUUUGGUUUUAGGCAAAAUAGUAUAGUUUGAUUGCCUUUAACAGCCUUUUCUUUUUCUUUAAUUAGGCGUCUUACUCGAUCGCACAUUCUAAUUUUUUUUCACUUGAGGUUCCUUUAUAGAAACAAAAACAACGGAAGACCUGACACACUUCGAUUACUAAAACGUAUUAUUUUUAACCUCUUGGUGCAUAUUGGCACAUAAUACAAUAUACCAUGGAUUAAAUACGUGUAUUUAUAUCACGGUCAUAGAUAGAACAUAAAACUUAUAAAGAACCGCCGUGAUUUAUAUAUAAUAUCUAAAUUUCGUUAAAAUAUGAUUUCUUUAAUUGGACACACUUUAUAUAAAUAUAAAAAUAUGGUAAUAUAAUGUCAUAAACCCACAGAUAUAUACCAUAUACUAGAUUCCGGACUUUAUAUUUUACCGUAUAUAUGGGUCUUUGAAGCCAAGUAGGUUGGGCAGUGUUAAUAGUCAGUUAUCAAUAUUAUUAUGAUAACAUAAUUACAAAUUUAUAAUAUUUAAAAUGGCGUGGCCUUCAAGCAAAUUUCAAAACUAAUAUUCGGCCUUUUUUAAAAUGUUUAGGAAGGACCGCUUGCAUAUUUAUAAUGGUUUGCACAUAUUUUUUAUUUUAUUAUUUAAAAGUCAAUAGUUAUUUUUAUUACUGCAUGACGGAAGUUUACACUAAGAAGUGGUCAAUUAGUUUUGCGGUACUAAAUGACAAAUAAAUAGACAAUAUUGUAAUUAAUUUAAAAAAAAAAAUGUAUUUUAAGUGCUUAUUUAGUGAUAAAUCACGAACUGUUGAAUUUACUUACAUAAUAUAUUAAUAUGUACAUACGAAAUAAGACAUCUGAUUUUAUGACAUUAUUUUUACAAAUAAAUAUUUAACGAUUAGAAAAUAAAAUCAGUUUAUUAAGCUUAUGCCUUUUACUAAUAGUAUUUAUUGAUGCAGUGUAUUAUUUACCAAACGAUUUAAGUCUAAAAUCUAAGUACCUAUUUAUUAAACCGGUAAGCAUAACCAUUUUGUGAGGUCUUUUCAAAAUAAUUGAAUAGCAAUCUAAUUCAUUAAAAAUAUGAUCAAGACUUAAUUAGCUGCUACAUAGAUAUACAAUUUUUCUUUUUAAAUCAGUUAAAUUAUCUGUUAGUUUCAAUAGAAAUUUGUCUGUCUCAAUUAUAACUUUCAAACUGUUUUCAGAUCUUAUACCAAACCAUCGUUAUUUCUCAAAUUUACAAACUUUCCAUUAUUUGAUGAAUAAUAAUUAUGAUCUAAUGUUUGUUUUAAGAGGCUCGAUUUACAAGAAUUGCAAUAAUCUAGUUAUUUCACAACUUUUGUUAUUAUGUAACUUAAUAUACAUAAGUAAUACAAAGUAUUUUAUUUUGCUGUUUGUAAUGAAGAUUUAAAUUAUUAACCAACUGUGACCUUUGAAAUAUGUCAGGAUCAUUUCAAUAGGAUUCAUCAUUUUGCGAAUUUUUAUUCCAUUUGAUAUCAAAAAUGUUAUCACAUAGCACCAUCAUUGAACGUAUUGCAGUUUACAAUAUUUUUUUAAUUUUAAAGCAUUGUUUUAUUCAAAUUUGUUUUACAGCCGUUUUUAACAUUUAAAUGCAUAGUAUUAGGAUUAUUAUUUGAUCCAUCCCUCUGUCUAAUUUGACAAAAUAAGAGCUCCAAAUGAUCUUGAGAAAAUUUGGAUGUAAGAAGAUAGUUAAAGUUCAGAGAUUCAUUCGCAAAUAUUGACCUGGCGAUACUGAAAAGAGACUUUACUGCAAUUCCACGAAUAAAUGUUUUUUUACCAGUUGUGUGUAAAAGUUGGUCAUCAUACUUUAAACUGUAUGAGUACUUGAUUAAUGGUAUAAUCUUAUUUUCAAGGAAAACAAUAUUUUGUUUGGUAAUUGGUGACUUGAAAUUUUCGGAAUAUAUAUUCUUAGAGUUUAAAAAGUCAAAUAUCUGAUCAAUUGCACGGCAGUAUUUUUCAGUCACACCUAUAUUUUCAAAUGAAGAAUCUUUUUGUCGUUUAAAAAACUGUAGUGCAUCUGCAGUUGAUAAAGACAUAGUCUGGGCGGCAUACGCGACUUUCAUCAUAAUAUUAUGAUUGUUUAUAUAGGAAUCAAAGAGCUUAUUUACAAAUUUUAAUUUUAUAUCCUGUCGUAAAUUAUGUAAAUUUGAUAAAUGGCUCCGACGUAUAUAACUAAGAUCUGAUACAAAUGUACUUUAUACGAGCACAUCAUAAUAUCUUAAAUUAUCUAUAAACUUUCAACAGUUCCAACUUUCAAACACAAACAUAAUAUACUAGGUAUAUUUAAAAAAAAUAUGUAAUUAUGUGUUUUGAUUUUCAACCAAAAUAAUAUUUCAAAUUAUUAUAAUUCUGUUGGUUAUCGCUAAGAUUGAUAACAUCAGCUUGUAAACAUUGCCCAAUCUACAUUAUGACUGUUGGCUUCAAGUAUGGGCACCGAGUCAGGUAUCUAGUAUAUAGUAUAUAUCUGUGCAUAGACCUUCUCUAUUUCGUUGUCACUAACGACAUUCACAGAAAUAUCAUAAUUAUAAUUGCACACAUUUAUUAAAGGAAAAAAAUGUAAUUAUGUUGUCGAAAUAGGGGCCACAUAGUAAUGAGGAAAAAUAAACUGUGGGUCAGUUGAAUCUUCAAACCCCCUCCCCCCUGGGUCUGCCUCGUACAAUAAAAAUUCGUUUACGUAUUAUUUUAAACAUAUCAAAUACUUCGAACAGUCGUGGCGCCGAAUUGCCGAGAAGUUUAGUCGGGCAAAAUACAUUGCAAGGGGUUCCAAUAAUGACAAUAUAUCCAAAUACGACCCAUUUUAUUGAAAAAAUUAUGGUUAGAGUAAAUUUUUAUGAAGCCGCCCAACGCUUGAUUUCUGGGCGAAUCGCUAACCUUAACAUAAUAUAGAGUUUGACUGUUCGACCCCACUGACUUCGAAAACUAUAUACGUCUAUUAUACGUAUUGAAAAUCAUGAACAAAUCGUUUUAUUCUCGAAGCUAUACACGUCUAAUACCUACUCUAUAUAGGUAUAAUACGACGUGUGUCGUUGUAUUUUUCGUUCUGUUCCAUUUGUUCCGGUCACAAAUCUAUAUCAUUGCGCGCAAUUCAACGGUCGAUUUUCUUAUUUAUUUAUUGAUUUAUUUUUUUCCCUUUUUUUUCUUAACCGACACCGACCGAAUAAUAUUAUGUGGUUCUGUUUAUUCCGGGCCUGUGCAAACUCCGCUGCGGACGAGAAAACUACUGCACCUUAAUCCCCGCGGGCUAAGCCCGCGCGCGAUUGACCCGGGGGAGUUAUAACCGUGUGCCAGACGCAGAAACCCACUCGAGACAAUAUGCACGGCUCAAGGCCCUUUUCGGAUUGCUGCGGUUAAUACCUACGCUCGAUCCACUAUACUGUCGAAUGCUUAUCAUACCGCGGUUAUACCUCUACAAAUACGCCAAUAUCAAAACUGAAUUUGAUUAAUUUUCUAAUAAACGGUCCGUCCCCAUCCGUAUGCUGUUCGGCACAGACAUAUUAUCGGUGGUUUAAUUAAUUAAAAUAAAAUAUUAAAGAAUAAUAUUGGUCGGUGCGUUAUAAUAAUAUUCUGGGGCCUGGGUCAAAAAGGGCCAAAGUCACUUUUUGGUGAAUACAAUUUGUAUGGCCAAUCGUAUAGAAUUUGAUAUGCUUUUUCUAGCGGUAAAUGAGCGUAACUCGAUAAUCAUUAUUGUGCGAUUUGAAAAGACCAAUAUUGUUAGAAAAAUAAAAUUACUGCCUAUUGCACAAUCAUUCAAAGGUCCGAAAAUGUGUUUUGUUCUUAAUUUCUCGAAAUCGAUUGAAAGUGAGAAUGGCCAUUUUUGUUCCAAGCCUCAGAGCUAUACACCUAGGGAUAAAUAAUGUGUCGAUGUUAAUUUCCGACGAGGCAAUAGUACGCAAUAACACCGCCUUGAACAUUUUAGCGUAUUGCAGAGACCACAUUAUUUAUAGUAUAAUAAUAAUUAUUACAAGGCGGGUAACAGAAAAAAAACAACACGACCUCCGUUCGGAUAUAAUUUCAAGAUGUCGCGACGAGGAUUUAUGUCCUAUAUUCCGAGUACCACGAAUGCACGGGCGACGGCGUUUUUAGAUUCUCCAUCCGUCCCCCUACCCCGAUAACUGUUUGCGCGUAGUGAAGUGUAGCAGCAUCGUUUUGUGAAAGCUAAUUUUUCGCUAACAUCGUCAUUUUAGAUUUUGAGCGUAGCGGUGAAUAUUGGGAUAUUGGUUUUACUAUGGUGACCCCGAUACAGUAUUAUUUUAUGAGUAGGUGUACGCUCUUGCAGUAACUCCGAAAACAAAAUAAAACUUAUUUAAUAGUUAAUACAAGUUAAGAAAAGUUGUUAUGACGUUUUAAUGAAUUAUUUAUUUGUCGAAGUACACUGCAGUAUAAUAUUAUAUUGUGUCCAAUAAUGUAUAAAGUAUUUAUGUCCACUUUGGUAAAUAGCAUUUUGAAUUGUUUUAGAAUUUAAUUAAAUCCGCUCGGUUCACGGUUUUCAAACUGUAAAACAGAGUUUAUAAUGAGCGACAAAUAACGUGCGUUUUUCUUGUGGCGUUACAUUUUCGUAACUAGUGACGCAGUGAUGUUAUAAUAGAGUCUGCCAUCUGUCACGGGCCAAUCGAGCGGCGCUCAACUUUUUUUUUUAUCUUUAUAAAUUCAUUUAUAAAAUUGUUUACUCCGAACAGUCUAAACACGGGCGUUUUUAUUUUUUUGAAUUUUCCUUUAAGACAUAUUAUAUUAUGGCUAUGAGAACCGACCGCUGAUUUUGAGUGAUUGUGCUUAGGUAAAUUGUCUAAAAUUUAAGUAGGCAUUAUACUUUUAAGAGACUACAGACUAUACGAGUGCGUAAAACCCGUGCGGUAUAUCUUGACCACCGGUGUCGUUUAAAAUUUAUAUUAUUAUUAUAACGUUUAUGGAAAAUUCUAUAAAUUGUGUAUUACAAUAUUUAACAUUUUACGCGACAUUUUGUUCAGAAUCGACUGUAAACUUGUAAUGAUAAUAUAUGUAUAUAAUUUUACUAUUUAUAGCAGGCACGUACACAACAACAAAAAAAUACGGGGAGUUGGGGUUUAACUCCCCCCUCCAUUAUACGUGCCUUAUCUAUAGUUUUGGUUGGGAAAUGUUUGGUACGCUAUUACUAUGUGUCUAAAUAAUGUUAUUUUCACUUUAAACCCGUAUAAUAAAUAAUUUAAACUUUUUAAAUUAAAGUCGUAUGAAAAAAAAUUAUUUCAAUGCAUUACAAUAAUUAAAAUAUCUUUCCUUUAAUAAGAAAUAAUUCUACUGUUUUUGAUUUAAAAUUAGAACUUAAAACAUUUUAAAGUUUAAUAGGUUACUUAAUGUGUUCAUUAUUUUUACCAUAUAUUACAAACAUGUUGAUUUCUCGACUUCUUGUGUACCUAAUGUACAAAACAUAUAAAUUGAGCAAAAAGUUUUGGGGGGUAAUUUAUGCAAUUAUUAUUAUUAUUAUUAUUUUUUUGUUCAAAAAUGUUUGUCGUAACAUAAAAAAAAUAAUUUACAUAAUAUUAAAAAUGUUUACAAUAAAAUAUCUACCUUUUUUAAGCGCAAUGCUUUUGAUGGUGGUAGAGAGUUACAUUACAUAAUAAAAUAAUAAUACAUACUGAACAAAGAGCAAUAAUAAACAAAGAAAAAAAUUAAUUAAAUAUUACAAUUAAAAUGACUAGAAUAGUGCAAAACAACAAAACAAAGUAAUACAAGAUAAUUAAACAGUAACAAUUAGUAAGUCAUAUCGCUAAGUUCCAUUUAAUAUAUUCACAUAUUAUUACAUUAAAUUUAAAUUAUUAAUCAAAAUCACAAUGAAUUAAUAUCUUUAUGUUAAAAUCAUAAUUCCAAAAUUCCCAAUUGAAAAGAAAAUUAUUUUUUUUAUAUUUAAUGGCAUUGAAUUGUAAUGUUUUGCACCUAAAUAAACUAAGCGUGUUUGACUAAAAGACAUUUUUGUAAUAGUUUAUUUUGACGUCAAAUGAUCUUACUUCCUUUUUUUAUUCUUAAAUUUUCUAUUUUCAAAAAUGAAUCAUAAUUUUUUAUUGUAUAUACCCUUUUAUACGCCCUUUUGUAUACGAUCUCUACUGGUAACACAUCCAAUAAUUUAAAAUUUAAACCGGAUGACGCUUCCAAAGUUCUUUUACCUAAACAAAUUCUAACCAUUUUUCUUUGUAAAACUUUUAAUAGUCUAACCGUGCAUUCAUUUAAACCCCCUCAGGCCAACAAACCAUACUGAAAUAUUACCUGAAAUAACGAUAGUCAUAUGUAUAUGCGUAUAGCAUUGUUUUCACAAGGAAAACUGCUCUCAAAUUAUAAAAAGUAAACGAUAAUGUACGCAAACGCAAAACUAUAUUAUUUGCAUGUAAAUGCCAUUUCAUGUUUUGAUCAAAAAUUACGCCCAAAUAUCUUUUACUGAAAAUUUUGAAUAUUUUUUGACAUAUAGUGUCAUUGAAAUUAUCUUUAUUCACACAAAAACAGAUUUUUAAAUCAGCAGAAGACAUGUAUCGUAUGCAUAUGUAAUAAUUCUCUAUAUUUGCUGAUAUAACCACCAGAAAUGUUGCUACAAUCAAAAAUUGUACAGAAAAUCUGUAUUUUCGAUCUAGUCCGGUGCAAAGAUAAAGUCGUCUCUUUUAGUUUUACUUGCCAAUUUUUCGAAUAAUUAGUUUUUUUCAUUGCCUUGAUAACAAAUAAAAAAAUCCGACAAAUAAUAUCCUGCCCAGAAUCGUUGUUCAUGGGCUAUGGUAGAAAAUAAAUUACUGAGUUCCAUAUAUCCUCCCUUUCAACAACUUUCCUCAGUGGCACGCCCAUGCGUAGUAUUAUACGUUUUUUUCUUUACACUUUUCUUAAUAAUUGGAAAACAACCGUAGGAGUUUACAGCAAUGUGGAUUUCAUUAAUUUUGUCUUUGUAUUUCUUCUAGAAAUCUCACAUCGAAUUUCAAAUGUAGCAUAUUUUCUAAAAGUGAAUUUCGUCUAUUUGGUCCGUUGGAAGUUUCUAGCAACUAUUAUAAAGUUGUAUACGUAUAUCUCUAAAUUAUUAAAAAUUCGUAUCCCGGCAAAUAACUUUGUUACUUUAGAAUUACUUUUUUUUUUUUUUUAUCGUCUGAGUUAUGUACUUUUAUUUUACAUAAUUAUAUCCCAGCAUAAUAAUACUAAACAAACAUUAUAAUUAAUUUUUGUAUACACUUAAAACUAAUAUUGUUUUAUAAGAUGCAUUAUUAAGCUAUAUACAUAAUAAUGUAUAUGCAUAUUUUUUAAUUAAAUUAUACGAUUAUCCACUAAACAACAUACUUUUACCCGAAUACCUAAACUUAUGACUCGACGAAGUUAAAUUUUUUUUCCCGAGGAACUUGUAUAACUUGAUCUAUAUUAAUAUUAUUAUUGGGUCUCGGGUUUCGUAGAAUUUGCAAAUUAUUAUUGGAUACAGAUAAAAAUACCAGUGAGCUGUACAUUUUUUGUUUGUUACAGGCAUUCCAAAGAUAAAACUUUAUUUUUGUAUAUUCGAAGAAUUUUAAACUAUUAGGACUUUUUUCCAAGUUUUGAUGAUAUGCUUUGCAUUGGGUAUAAUUUAUUUUGUAUUUUUCGUCAAAUUUUUUAUUUGAUUUUUUUAAUCCUAAUAAUUUUUUAACAGUUGCAUUCAAUCGACAUAUCAAUUCAAGUUUAUAUUAUUUUACUUCAUUCAUUAAUUGAAAAUUUUCACUAAAAUCGUAAAAACUUUAAAAAACGUUUAAAAUUUUAACAAAAUUGUUAAUGCAAAAAAGUUUGUUUUUUUUAUUUGUUUAUUUAUUUGUGGCUUUGAAUCCGGCUCACAUACCAAAUUCGUAUUAUCUCGAGGAACAAACUAAAAGGCGAUCGAAAAAAAUGCCAUAAUUUAUAGCAGCGAUAAUAAAUAUUAUAUUAGCAGUUUGCAUCAGACACGUUGACCGACAUUAGACUGGAAUUCCAAUUAAGUGCAGGUGCCUUUGUUCGAAAAUAUUCAGUCUCCCGAAAAGAACGCGGUCGACGGUAUAAAAACUCAUUUCGGGGGAAUACGACGCCCACCUUAUUCCUUAUAUUACACUUCACCUUUACAGUGUACACGAUGGUCUGGAGUGACGAAUGACGAUAAUAUGUUAACCUACAGCAGACGACCUACUCUAAUUUUAAUAAUAUAGAGGCCAGGACCUCGAAUUUAAUAUACUAAUAAUCCCAUUGGAAAAAACAGUUCUCCAAGCACUUGUUAGAUUCAUCAAAAAAGGUGGCUCAGAACGCGCAUUUGUAUACAAUUUUUUUUUUUUUUUUUUAUAAAUGCUCUUUGAAAAUUUAAAAAUACAAAUAGCUUUUAAGAUUGCAAAACUCGUGUGGAAAUGUAUUUAAAAUGAAAAUGGAUUUAAAAAUCGAAAUAAAAGUUUUAAAAAUUAGUUUAUUGUCAUAACAUAAUGAGGUUCAAACUUAAUAUUAAAAUAUCCGUCUAACAGUAAGUUUCGUAAAAAAAAAAAAAAAAACUAACAAAAUUAAUUCGCUACAAGUUCACAGCGGCUAUACACAUUAUAUAUUUAAGACGUUCCGUCGCGUCUGAUUCGCGAACUUGACUUCUACUAUGAUUAUAACUCUUUCCCUGUAUCUUCUGCUAUAUUACCAGUAUUUUCCGCAACACAAAAUAAUUGUAAUCAAAUUUAAGACGAAAUUAUAUUUUCAUUUAGCGAUCCGUCCUAAAGAAAAAUAUGAAACAACAAACGGAGUACAAUAAAAAUUUUAGAAUAAUUCGAAGAAAGCGCAUUUUAAUGUUAAUAUAACUGUUGCAAUUUGUAGGCAGGAAAAUCCAAAUGGAUAUUAACGAUCCCGAAACUAUACUAGGUUGUACUUUAGAUUCUAAACGUACACAGCGUCUUCUCUAAAAAAACAUAUUUUGUCUAGUUGGUGCAUUAGGGAAGGUAAUUUUUAAUUUUAACAAUUGAGAAUAUCGGGACAAAUUACUUAAUAAACGGUUAUCGUUGUUUCUUAUUGUAUUCUUUUGUUAUAAUGCAAUUAAAAAUAAUCGUAAGACCUGAAAUAUCGACUGAAUAUUUAUGUUAACCCUUUUUUAGAUGUGAUAAAUUUUUCAAAAUAUUCUUAUCUAUUAUUUUUAGCGAUUGGAAAUUUUCGCGUAUUUUUUGAUUUUGAUUUUAUUUUUAUCUGGAUAAAAUUUUUUUAGACCCGUAAAAAUAUUUGAAAUAUAUUUCAUAACACGAGGUUCAUUAAAAGUACUUAAUUUGUAUUAUUUAGUACUUAAAAACAAAAUAAAGUCGAACGUUAAUUGGUAAUUUUUAGAUUCUGAGUGUAACAAAGAAUGUAUUGGUUUUACUAAGGUGUUUAUUUUUUUUUUUUAUUUUGUAUACAAAAAUUUUACCAGAAAUCUUGAAUUGAAUACGGGCAACAUCAUUUCUGAAAGCGAACGUUGCACAGGUGGUACUUUUGUACUUUUGGGAAGUCAUUUUUUGAUUUUCCAAACGGUUUUCAUAAUGUUUGGGAAAAACCAGGACAAAACAUAAAAAAAAAAACGGGGAAGUUUGCGAAAAUAAUGCUUUUAUUAUUUUUCAAUUUUGUUAUUUGUUGUAAUUCAGUAAAAAAUAUUUGUAGAGACUUAAAAUUUGGAAAAAAAUAUUUAUUUUUUCCUUUUCUAGAUGUAAUAACAUUUUCAAAAAAUUUAAGUCAUUUUUGAGCUAUUUAUAGACAAUUUAAUUUCGCGAGUUUUGUACGCAAUAUUUAUUCAGUUAGUACUCUGUAGUAAAAUUGUUAAACUUAAAAUUAAUGCUUGAAAAUUUAAUAGGAGGUUAAUAGUCUUACUUUAUGGUUAAGAAAAGAAAAUUUGUAUUUAAUGUAGUAUUUUUCUUUUUUUUUAAAGGAAUUUUAAUAUCAAAUUUUGACGAAAAUUUUAGAGAAAAAAUUAUUUUUUGAACAUAUGUAUAUUGUCAGAAUAGAGCGGACUAACUAAGUUUCGAAAUUAUAGCUUUUUGAAGUUUUAAUAUUGUACGGACUAUUAUAUGUUCUCGAGUUCGAACCCGUGUUUCGAAAAAAAUGUUCUUGCAUUUUCUUUUCCCUUUUACCUAAAUAAAGAAAAAAUUAAUGCAUUUUGGGUGUACUUAGGGAACUAAACCAUCGCUCGCUCGGAUUAUUUUAAAUGCAAAAUACCCCUCGACUUGUUGUGCAAACUUUUCUACCAAAAAUCUUGCCCCGAUGUAUCAAGUGUAGCUUAUUUUCUGAAAGGAAAUUUUAUUUUUAUGGUAAAUUUGAGAAGGUCGUUUUUCGAUUUUCUCAAGAGUUUUCCCAACAAAUGUGAAAAACCGGGAAAAACGUAGACAAAAUCGGUACAAUAUUAAACAAAUUAUUAAUAAAGAAAAUAUAUAUUUAAUUAUUUUACCAUAAUAUGGCAUAUCUGUUUUUUACAAAGCAUCACUAUCGACUGAAUUGCGCUUAGAAGCGUUUUUCGUUAUGAAUGGUUUAUCAUUGAUUACAGAUAUACAUGAAAUUACGCAUUACAGUGGCUGCACCUGACUUCAUAAUCCUGGGAUGUCUUUUUUUAUAAUAGUUCAAAAUUAAAAUGUUAAUGAAAAUUGUAAAAAUGACAGAACUUCAAAACACGUUUUGUACCAUUGCGUACAUAUAAUUUAAAUUAAAACUCUAUAUACAAUGUGCCACAAAGAAAUAACCAUUGUAAUAUCUCCGGAGACAAUAAAGAUAAUCAAAUUCUGGUUUUUUUUUUUUUUUUUUUUAUAUUACUCACUGGGAUAAGGACUACAAAUAUUACAAUUAAUUUUUCAUGUUUUUUAUCAAAGCAUAAAAAAUUAAUUACUAUAUACAUAUUAGUAGUGCUUAUCCCAGUGAGUAAUAUUAAAUACCAGAAUUUGAUUAUUUUUAUUAUCUCUGGAGAUAUUACAAUCUUCGUUCUGUAUACACGACACACCCUCAAGUAGUAUCACCUGAUAAUUUUGAAAACAUCGUGUACAAAGAUUUAUUAACAAUAAGCAUAUAAUUUAUUUAUUAUUAUAAAGUUACUCGUUUACUGAUAAAAAUACUACAAGUAUAUCGAUGUUGGUCGGUUACAUCUAAUCUCUGGCCGUAUUUAAACAAUUCCUCAUCUCUCCCCCCCCCCCCACUCCAGAAAUCUACAUAUGCGUGAAAAAUACGUCAUAACGACAGUAAUAAUUAUGUUUUGAAGUGCAGUUAUGUUCGACCACUCGUACAAUAUUUGUACGGGCAUAGGCGUGUAUAGAUUUCAAAAACGCCCAAAAUAGGUUAUGCAUCAUUACGCGUUUUCGAAUGACUGAAUUUUGGCGGUCGUAGAAAAUAUUAACCCGGACAUUAGUUUUCUACGUUAUUUAGUCAUACCCAUAACCAUAUAUUAUGGUAUACUGUAGACUUUCGUGGCGGGGAAGGGGGGGCAAGCAAAUAAAUUUUGUAUUCGGUUCAAGAGGCCGGUUACGUUCGCUUCGUAUCAUUGUCGUCACAUUAAAUCCGCCACCGGUAAAUAUGACACUCGAUAGUAAACGGUUAUAGAUAACCGACAUUUUUUUCACUAAGAAAUAUUCGCAGUCCUCUUUUUUUUCUUUUUUUUUAUUAACAAAAACGUUUUCAUUUACGAAUUUUUCCUAUACGUUUUUACUACGUCAAUAAUUGUUUUACGCGCGUGAGUGAAAUCAGAAAGCAAUUUUAUUAUUAGCAAAUACCAUAUGAUUUAUUAUGCUCAUUGAUUCGUACCGUGUUUCAUGUGUCGCCAUGUACGCCGGUCUUCCCCACACUUUGAUAAUCUGUAACUUUAUGGGUAUUUUAUGAACCAGAGACGAGUUGCGCGUAUUUCACUGUUUAUAUAAUAUAUCGUUAAAGCAUAUGAGUUAUAACCAAAAUAAAAUAAAAAUAUUAAAACCGUUGACGAAAAACCCGAAAAUUGCUUUGUAAUAAAAGUCAAUUGGCUUGAUUUACUGUACGUCAAUAAAAUGAGAUACUAAACCGUCGCUGAAACGCAAUAAAAAAAAGGUAGGCGGAAAAAAAAUAAAAUAAAAACGUACGGACGUACGCGAGAGCGAAAACUAGCAUUUCCCUACGCGUUUUUACACUCACUCCCUAGGACUCGGGGACGGAUCGGCCAGCCCCGGGAGACGGGGAUAAUUCCCCGGUGCGUUUCGUCACGUUUAAACGACGCGACACUCGUCGAAAUAAGUCGAAAUGUAAACGCGUUUGCGGUAUCGAUUCUGUCGCCUGAGCCGUGCAUUGUUAUCACCGACGGAAUGUAACGACACAAGUGAUGAUAACCCAGUGUUGUCGAACAAAUUCACAGUAUUUACCGACGGGCAGCGUAGAACGGCACAACCGUCGUGCCGCUUUAUUUGUCUGUUAACUGUGUGGCGUUUUACCGCAGCGAAAUAGCGCUGCUAUUUCCCAAUAGCGGUAGCAGGCUGCUACCGUUCAAAUUUGAAAAUAGUUCCUAUUUUAGAUUCGGAGCGUACAGCGAACAAUUAUGUAAUUAAUUAUGUAUUUUUUUUUUCAACUUUGAACAACUUUUCCAGCAGAAAUCCUGUUCCGGGUUUUCAAAUGUAGCAUCUUUUCUGAAAGUAAAUCUUAUCUACUCGGUAUUAUAUAAGAAGGUUGUUUUUUUUUUGAUUUUCCGAGAGGUUUUCAUAAUAACUGGAAAAAAAACAUCGGAAAAAACCAAUGGAAAACGGGAAAAUGCACGUACGUAUCUAUAAAAGAAGCUCCGCCCCGAACCGUUUUCCGUUAUAAAUGGUUUAUCGUUAAGUACAUACGUGAAUUAAAUUCCCCUCUACAAUAUACUACCUUUCCGACUUCUCACCUACAACAGUGGCCCACCCGUCGUGCGAACCGUGUCCGUCUUUUACGGGGCCGGCUCUAGACAAAAUAUGGACACAGGCAAAAUCCAAGUUUACCGCCCUUUUGUUUUGUAUAUUUCUGUUUAUUACCACUUGACCAUAACGUAUUACAAUAAUGUUCGCAAAAAAUUAGCGUUGUUUGAACAAUUUAAAAUCGACUACACUUUGUUUGAUUAUUAUUAUACUUAAUUCGAUAAAUAAUAUAAUAUCAUGAAUGAAAUGGUAUACGUACCCCCAACGCAUCAGUUUUAGACAGCGGUGAACACUCGUUAUUUACCGCGCGAAAUUAUGAAAUCGAAUAAAUUUAAUAAUAUGCUUUCAAUGAUUGAAAGCACAAAGCAUUCUGAAAGCGUUGAUAGUACCGAUAACGGUUUUUGUAGAAAAACAAAAACACCAGUCAAUAGGUACUGCGUGAAUACACUACGCUCUAACGUAACAAUCGGAAUUAUUCAUCGCGUAAUAAUUUAUGAACGUACUAAUAAUUAAAGCAUAAAUAUGAAAAAAAAAAAUAAUAAUAACAACUGUAAUACGUGGGGGCGGCUGUACGUUUUCAGCCACUGUAAUAUUAUCUGCGCAAAUAUCCGACGGGGCCGCGGGCCGCGAAUGAGCGACGGACGGACGAAGAGCACACAGUGUUAUUGAAACUAACGUUUUAAAAUAUUAAUACAGAUCCCCGGCUGCUACAAUGAUAAUAAAUGUUUUCGCAUCAAUGCGAAAACCAAACAUUGUGAUUUCACAAUCCUGUUUUAGUAGAUAAGGAUCGGCCGUACUCGAUGACGUUCGGAUUUGUCCCGCAAUGUACGCAGCACGUACAAUCUUACGUUUGAAAUUAUAAUAAUUUUAGUUCGUAAAAAUGUACGCCUACGCUGUUGAUGUUUGCGUAUAAAUGCGUAAUUAAUAUUGGGUUUGAUUUCGGCGCCAUUCGAACGUGUACAGUCGUGCGCAUUGUACCGUUCCAGCCGAGGCUGAACUCGGUCACGGUCGCCAGAUAUCACGUUUAAAAAAAAUACUAAUUAAACAGUGUUAACCUUUGUUUUAUUUAUUCUUCCGAAAGGGUUUUUUCGGGUUCGGCGCCAGUCUAUACAGCGACCAAUACGUCAUCCUAAGUACAGUCCCGCUCGCGCAAAUAAAACGCCGCCCCUUACACAGUGCCGUCACGGACAUAGGCUGGUGUUGUCUGGGACCGGACCCGUCCGGACCAAGUUUUUCUGAAACACCAACAGCCCGUUCGGACCGCGAUUUUCCUCGUACAAGUUUAACUGAACGCUUGUUUACCGAGCCUUUGUAUUACAGUAGUAUUUAUGUCUUGUCGUGUACAAGAUACACAGAUAUCUAUCGUGCAAAGAUAAUAUAUUUAGGUAUCUAUGUGUUUAGUACAACUGGAAUUUCGUUUUGUUUUGUUUUGUUUUUUUUUUAAUAACUAAAUCCGAUACACAGAAAUCGUAUGUAAACGUUGAUAAUUUACUUAUUACUUAGUUUAACUGGACGUUUAUUUAGCGAGCCGUUAUAGAAAUGUAAAUGUUUAUUGGUCCGAACGCGGUUCGCCCGUCGCCCGGUGCCUCCCGCCGGCCACGGUCUUUUGUAUUAUUAUUGUUACAAUUGUUUUCCGUAUAAUAUCCAGCCGCAUUGCUACACUGCUAAACUUCUACCUGACGUGUAAAAUAUUCGCUCGAGUGGACUUUUAACAGAUCACGCGGUUGCCGUUAAAUUGCGAAAAAUCAAAAAUGGCCCAAAUUACUAUCAACGAUACGAGUCCUGAUAGAGGAAAGACUAGACUUAUUUAUUUUAAAAAAAAAUGUCCAGGACUUAUUUUAUUACUGUCAUCGACGAUGAUCGUUAUUGACGACACUAAGGAAUCACGUAAAACACAGAUUCGUGAUACCAAUGGCCAAUGAUUACAAUAACGGUAUAAGUGGAAAAGCGUUUUCGACCAACAAUGUAACGAACGAAAAACAAACGCCGCUUGUGUUACGCGCGACCGCGUAUUUUGUCACUUCAAUAUUUGAAUACAAUACACAAAAAUACACACUCGAACGCGUAUCACAACUGUUAUUUAUCGUCCGGGGGUUCGUUUUGAGCUCGUUUUCAACACGUUCGGGUUGCCGCGAAAGACGUUUUCUCGCGUUAAAAUACGCAAAAAACACGUCUGCGGAACCGUCUGACUGAUUGACGUUUGGAAACUGUUUGAUGUUAACGCACACCGAUGCAGUAGCGGAAUAUAACAUUCAAACUCGUUUGAUUUAAUUUAUUUUCCGUAUUGUAAACUUUAAAUAAUUUUACGGGCUCGUUACAGAAAAUACGCCACCGCGACAGAAAUAUAACGUGACAAUCCGUGUUGAUUCGUACGUGCGUUCGUGCACUCUAUAGUGUUAGGUUUAAACUCGAUUUGUUUAUUGUGUUAUAUUCGUGGCAAUAAAUUACCUAUGCGAUAUUGGCGUUAGAAAAAAAAAACAAAAAAAAAACGAAUGGGCGUUUUUCGCGCCACGGGUGUGGCAUCGUUGUGGGUGAGCAGUUGAGAAGGUAGGAUAUAGAGGGAAAUUUAAUUUAUACAACGAUGCAUAUUAACUGUACGUAAAGAUAACGUAAGGUAACGAAAAACGACUCUGAGCGGAGCUCGGUCAGUAUAUAUAGCAUCGAUUUUUCGAAAAACGCGCGUUUUCACGACCACGAUUGUUUAGAUAAGAUUAAAACAGCACACACUUAAUUACAACGAAAAUACAAUUCGCAAAAACGGUUGCCGAUGACAGUUUUAAUCUUAAACUAAUCACUUUUAAUGUUUUUUUAACCCGAAGAACCAGUAUUUCCUCAUUAUCUCGAAUAUAUUAACGAGAAUUUCGAAAGAACUGCCGUUCUAAAGUACCGACUAGACGCCGAAACGUAACGAAAAUGGUCUCUAAUCGUGUUUCGAUUGGUGCGAGACGUGUGUUGGAGAAAAAUCGUUUCGAGACGAAAAAAUGCACGUAUCGCGGUAGUGAAAAACCUGAUGGGCCGCUCGGGAGUCUAAAAACGUGUAUUAUACCAGUUUUCGAGUGCCCUCUACGAAUCGCGUUUCCCUGUAACGUACUCGACGUUAAAAUAAUUCACCGUUUUCCCGGGCCCUUCGAAAAGCCCGGAGUUAAAAUAGACCGCACACUGUUAUCAUACGAUACAACCGCGAGCCAAAAACCGUGGCCCGACCGCGUUCACGACGUUAAUCGCGCCGUUAUUCAUUUGUAACGUUUCCAAGCGACACAAUAUGUUUUACUAUUAUUAUUAUUAUUUUAAUUUUUCUCGACAAUUUUUCGUGUAAAAACAUAAGUGCAUAAAAUAAUCACAUAAAAUUAAAAUGUUUACAAAUAAAACGGCCACCGUUUUCAACGACGGGAGCGGUGCUCUCGUGGUGGCCGUAAUACAGAAUGCGCAUUAUCACGCAAUAACAAUAAGAGAGACACGGUCGAUUUCCGGAUCGCGGAAUCGCGUGUAAACGGGCGCGAGAAAACUAAUAGCGUCCACAACGUUCACCGUGAACCCUUCUCGCGGCCGUUCGCCGUUUUAUAUUUGUACGCGCGCGUAUAAUCACUCCGUCGCGUUAUUUAGACUGCCGGUCUGUUUGACCACCGCGAGUUAAUUGGUUUUUUUUUUGGUGUUUUUUUUUCUCUCGUCACGCAAGCAAUCCCGAGAUUCCCGAACGAAGAGCGUACACGUCCCUCUGUGCGCGGUACGCCGCUCCGGGCGUACGUUCUCUUGUUGCGGGCGCGGCUAUCGAUAGAUUUAUCGCCGUUAUUGUCGUUGUCGUUGUUGUUGUUGUUGUUGUUACCGGCGGCGGUAUACGCAUUAUACCGCACUCGCGACAAUUUCGGCGUCUCUCGCCGCCGACCCGUCCUCCGCCGUCCGCCGCCGAAAUUCGAUCUCCGGCGGCGCCUACGGCCGGCGGCGUCGCGCCGCCGCCGCCGCCGCGGAGAGCCGUGUCGGUCGGAGACACGAGGGGCCGUCGUGUGCAGUACGGCUAACGCGCGUUAUUCGACCGGGUUUUCGGUCGUGCGCGUGUAACCGUAACAAUAAUAACGUUAUGGGAGCGCUUUUGUUUUCACAAGACGUCGUUGGCCCGGGUAUUACGAAACGGAAAGUCAAACACCCGGACGCCGACCGCCGGUACUCGGCGGCGGCGGCGGCGGCGGAGAGGGGGAGGGNGGGGGGGGGGGGGGGGGGGGGGGGGGGGGGGGUGUCGCGCGUGCAGAGGUUAUGUGUGUGUGUGUGUGUGUGUGUGUGUAUGCGUGUGCGUGCGUGGCGCGCCAGUGGCGGCUACCGGGGAAACGUUUAUCUCGCCGCCGCCGUUGCGGCGUCGCGCGCGGUGACGUACCGCCGUGUGGGUCACCGUCGUCGCGUCGCGGUAAAAAGCUCUCCGUUGCGGCCAACGGUUCCGUUACGACGACACGCGCCUCCGCGUUUGCCCGUCAGAUGGCGGUCGGCUCGACCCCGGGGAGCUCUACUGCGACCGCGACCACAAUCGGCGCUGCAGUCACAACCGUCUUCUAUUUCUGUUUUAUUGAUUUAAUAGAAUUUCGUUAAUAUAUUAUUUUUCAACGGCGGGCCCUCGCUCCCGCCCGACCGGGCCGCACCGCCUUUUGCGCAUGCACGGCUCUAUAUGGCGACGGCGUCCCGCACGCAUACGAGCCCCCCACCAACCCACCCCUCCCCCCGCGCCACUGACGAUUAUCCAGCUGUCCGUGCCGCCGGGUCGCUUGCAGCCACUGAUCCUCUCCCGCCCGCCCCCCCUCCUUCCGGCUGUCUUGCCACUGCCGCCACCACCGCCACGGUUUUAUCGCUAUCGCUGAAUCCCCUCUCCGCGACCCGUGUGCUGCUUUUACGACGGCUACCCCCCGCGAACCACCACCCCGGCCGCUUCCACCGCCGCCGCCGCCGCCGCCGUUACGCCUGCCGUCCGGACACUCGCGUACGUCUCCGACGCGUUCUACUGCAAACGCAUAUAAAUUAAUAUCGUAUGCGUAUGACGUAUGCGUACGAUACAUGCACGCGCGCUUUACGUCCGUCACUAAUGUCGUUACUACUGUCUGUGUGUUGAUAACGCAUACAAAAUUCACCGUUUACGUACGUUAACCCGGCCGACAACAGCAACACCAACAAUAGGCUACCGCCGUCUCACGGAUCGCGGUACUGCGCUAUUGUUACACCCGCACCUCAUUAGUAUAGCGCAUAUCGCCCCGCGUCCUCCAGUUCGCUGUAUGGUCUUUACAAUUUACCCGUCGUCGUCGCCGUCGUCGUCGUCGCCGUCGUCGUCGCCGCCGUCGUCGCCGCCGUCGUCGCCGCCGUCGUCGCCGUCGCCGCCGCUGUCCUCGCCGUCAUCAUCGCUAGCCAACCGGUGUCUCGCCGAAAACGCGUACGGGCCGCUGCCGGAACGACGUUCGUGACGAUCGUCGGCCGCAUUGGCGUAUGCGUUUCCUUUAGAAACGGGUACGGCAAGGAAGGGUCCCAGUCGCCGCUACGAGGUAAGUCUCUGUCGGUAUGCGCUAUCGCGAAAACGCGAUAGCGCGGCCGGGGGAGGGGGGGAGGGAGGUGGUUGGGAGGUGUAGUUGUAAUAGGGUGNAGGGUGGGGGGGGGGAGGGAGCGCGAGAGGUUGUGUCGACGUGACAGUGUCGGGGGGGGGGCCGUAUACCUCAUAUAUAUAUAUAUAUGUAUACACUAUAACGAUAUGCGCAUCGGAUCUGAGGUUGUGUCAACCCCCUCCCGCCUCACCCCGCCCAGAGCCUGUAGGGCCGUGCUCGGGCCGGGGACUUAUCUGUUCGUGGUGUCGACGUUUGGUCGCACGCGCGCGAUCUUCGCAGGGUUAGGGCGUCGACACGGACGACGGGUCGCCGGUCGGGGGCGUGGGGGGGGGUGGGUGGCGGAGGGGUUCGGAGUGCUCGCGACGACGGGACGGAUGACGCGCAGGGCCUCCGGACGUCCGAUAUCCGCGUUGCGCUACUGUUACCCACUGUAUUGCCGGAGCGGCCGGGCCCACGGAGACGACGGUAAACAGAGGCCCGCGGACCACACGAGUGUCUUCGCGUUCGUGUGCCGCGAGAACAAUCGCGCUUUUAUCAUGCUGUUACAGUGUUAACACGAUACCGUUGUUGUUACCGCGCCGGUAUACCUACUGCCCAAUACACACGGGUUACCCGCGCGGUUACGGUACAAUAUUAUCACUACGUAACGCAACGCAUUAAUGCGGUAUAACGCGCGCGUACACUGCACCCACCCGUAUCUCGGUAACUUAUCGUAUCGCAGUAUCGCACGGUCAUCGUGUGUGCGUAAUAAUAUAAUGACCGCCGGCACGCACGCCACCCGUGCGUCGUGUAUUCACGACGUCGAUACACGUCAUUGCUGUCGACCGUCCAUCCCGACGGACUUUAUUUCCACCGACACCCCCACCACCCUCUCCAACCCCCCCUCCCCCCGCCCAUCGGAUUCGCCAACCGCGGCAUCGGUUUUCGGCAACGCGAAAACGACGAUACGGUUGUUUUUUUUUUUUUUAUUCUUUGACGACACUGUUUUACCGAUAAUCUACACACCUACGUUUUCGGUCGGAUUUGUAUGAACGCGCUGAAUAACUCGGCACGCCUAACCGCCAAUUAAGAUUUUAUAAUUAUUAGAACUUACACGAUUUUCGUUACAGUUCGAUUUUAAAAAGCUUUUAUAAAAAAAAAUUUAAAUACUGGUACUACAUCUCGACAUUUUAUUUUUGACCACUAAGUAUCUAUAACUUAUAAUAAACCUUUUGUUGAAUUUUCAAGAAUUUUUUUUCAUUUCAAACAAUUUCAUCCACAUGAAACUAAAAAAAAAAUAUAUAAUACAAUCUGUCAAAUAUCUGUAGUCAUAAAUAACUCCGAAAUCGCCAUAAAGUUUUGAAGAAUUUACUAUGCCUAGAACAGUGCAAUAUAAGUAUCUGUGAAAAUUGCACGUCUCAACGAUUAUUUCAAACCGAAUUCCAAUAUUCGAAAAUUAUGAAAUCAUUAUUAUACUUUUAUUUUCGUAAAAUUUCCCGGUUUUUCUACGUUUUUUCUCGGGGUUUUCGAAUUAUUAGGAAUAUCAAACAACAUCGAAAUUACCUUUCAACUUAUUGCUAUAUUUGAAUUUCGGUGGAAGAUGGAAAAGUUGUUGAUGGACAGAAAAAAUAUAAAUCACAUAUAUCAUGUAGUGAAACCAAUACAUACCUCGUUCCACACAGAAUCUAAAGAACAAUUUACCGGCGUAUUUUUAUCGCUAGAAUUUCUACGUCGUCAAGUCGAAAGCAAACCGGGAGUAUACCACCCACCCACACAACCCUCUUCCGCCAGACCGAUUCUCGCGUACAAAGUGCAAAAGAGCAGAUAUUUCGGGAGGGGUACACCGCCCCUCGCAGGACGAUACACGCGCGGAUAAAUCUCUCGACAAGUCUCCUGUCACCGACAACGUUCUUUCCGGAGAAUUAUUUUAUCGUCGAGCAAGUUUCGUAGGCCACCUUACGUCCCUUACGUUCCUUUUUAUACUGCAGGACUGCGUAUUUUCGUGUUAAUCUGACGAAUCGGAGAGUACCUAUAUGUAUAAUUUUCAGCUAUUUUGUAUAAUGACUAAAAUAUUUGGUUGUUUAAAAAAUUAUAUUCAUGUUAACAAAUCACAGUAUACAAUUUGAACAGCUAAUCAUAGCUAAUCAAUAGGUUGUUCGUGUGUAUAAACACUUUAACCGGUUAUUAUACAUAUUAACCAAACUAUAUUUGGUUGACAUUAACAUACUUCGCACGAGGGUGCAGCCACUGUUGAAGGUGGGAAGUUGGGAAGGUAGGAUAUAGAAGGGAAUUUAAUGUAAGCAACGAUAAACCAUUGAUAACGAAAAAUUGAUUUUAAGCGGGGUUCAGAUGACAGUGAUGCUUUGUCAACAACACAUAUGUCAUGGUAUAUAUGUCAUAUAUAUGUAUGGUAAAAUAGUUAAAUAGGCAUUAUAUAUUUUCUUUAAUAAUAGGUGAUCCUGAUUUUUCAAUGUUUUUCCUAGUUUUUCACAUUUUCUAAGAAUAUUUUUGGGAAAAUGGAAAAAUGACCUCCUUAAAGUACCUUCCUAGUCAGUUUUUCUAUCAGAAAAAGUGCUACCAUUGUAAAUCUAUGCAAAAUUUCUGGUAGAAAAGUUGUCCACAGAUAAGAAAAAAAAAACAACAUCUAUGUAAAACUAUAAGCUUCUUCACUCCAGUCAGAAUCUAAAAUUAGUUAUAAAAUAAAACGAGUUAAGAAGAACAAUGUCCGUAAUGAAUUAUUUGUGUAUAGUUAUUAUUUUAAUAGUGCAUUUGAUAAUUUGUUCAAACAAGAUGAACAAUCGUGACAUUUCGAAUUGAAUGAAAUGUACUUUUUCUUACAACUACACUUUGCUGAACCACGUUUUCCUUUGUAUUUGCAUCUUUUAAACUCCUGGCCGCCAGUAAUGCUCGGUUUCAUGGUACAAUCAUAAAGAGUCACAGUUAAAUCAGGGACAUCCUCUAUGAAUCUAAUUAAUCAAUAUAAAAACUGGAUUUUCUUGGAAUUAGUCUGUGUCAAAUGUACUUCAUUGACAUUUCCCACUUGGCUCUUUGAAAACAUUCUUUCAAACGUUUUAUAAAUAAACGUACAUACCUUUGUGUGUGGCCACAACAUUAUAUCGUCACGCGUCGCCGUCAAUGAUGAAAAAACAAACAUUUUAAUAAUACCACAAAAAUAAUAGAAAUUACGAGAUAAAAAAAAUAUAAAAUAUGCUAGAUUUACCAUAUUAACUAAUGGUACUGACAAUUAUACAUAAUAGUUUGUUACAAUGAUAUAAAUUGUAGGAAAAUAUGACAAAUUCAUCACUUUCACCCCGAGUGACUGGUUAUUAAUUAUUAUGCAUAAUUACGAGUUGGUAUAACAAAUUUUGGGAAAUCGUAAAUAAUUCAUCAUAUUAACCAGUUAUUAUAUACACUAACAAAAUUUAUUGAAUUAACAGUAACAUAAUUUCAAUUUAUUCCCGGUCUUGCGCCGCGAUGUGUUUCCCGCGGGGUGCUAGAUAUUUUAGAUAUUAAACAAAUAUUAUUAAAGAAAAUGAAUGAUGCCUAUGUAAUUAUUUUACCAUAACAUGAUAUAUAUAUAUAUAUAUAUAUAUAUAUAUUGUUCACAAAGUAUCACUAUAAACUGAUCUCCGUUCAGAAUCGUUUUUUCGUUAACAAUGCUUUAUUGUUGCUUACAGAUAUACUUUAAAUUUUCCCCUUAGUAUUUUUCCAACUUCUCACUUACAAUAUUGGCCCACAUACGUGCGAUGUAUGUCAGUUUUUUUUAUUUUAUAUAUUUUAUUUUAUUUUUUAUUUGUUAAUCGAUGCUCGUACUUACAAUUUCUACAGUGUGCUGUGCGUACCUACUCGUUACAUCGUUUUCGCGUCGAUCAUAUUACUUUGAAUUGAAAUAAUUAUAAUUAUUAAUAUUGUCGUGAAAUUUAUAGAAACUAAUCGCGGCAAACCGUCGUUAGUUUUCAAUAAUUAUAAAUUUAGUAUCGGAUCGGUUAAUUAUUAAACGACAAUUAUUCAACACGUUGGCGAUCUAUUAUUAGAAAAGACUGCAAUGCGAAAGUGUUUACUGAAAAUCAAAUUGUCGAACAGGAUCAUCGUGAAAACUUAUCUAAUAAUUAUUCUUUAUACGAUCGGAAUACAAUAUAAUAUGUAUCAAGGCAAAUUGUUAAUUUUGCGUGUAAACGGAAAUCAGCUCCGACACACUCUCAGUUAGAAGACCAUUAAAAUCUAUUUUAAAAGAAGUUGAUGAAAAUAUGUAUCGAGUUCUUACAGUUUAUUACGACAGACGUAAAAAAAAUAAGAGGAAAUGUAUACGAAGCUCGACGCAAUGUAUUACCAGCGUGUCCAAAAGCUUAGAAAAAAUCCAUUUAUCGUUGGAAAAAAUGGACUUAAAAACUAAACAAAGUGAGGAUUUUUUUUAUUUGUGAACGACAAAGUAUAGGAAACAUUAUUAUAUUUUCAUACACCAUCUCUAAUAUUUCAUUCCGAAAAGAAACCGAGACAUUUUACACGGACGAGACAUUUAAAUAUAUUUAGCUCAUUUUUUUUUUACACAAAUGUUCACCAUGCACGAUGGUUUUAAAACGGAAACUAUAUUCCAUUCUUUUUUUUUUUGUUGUUGUCUACUUUCAAAUAAAAUUCAUAUUCAUAAAUUUCAUUUGAUAUAAAAGAAAUGCAUUUCUUUAGGUGUGACAUUAUUGCCGCAGCAUGUAACAACUAAUUUUGAGACAGAAAGAAUCAACGCAGUCUACGAAAUUUAGCCACAAACUCAAAUCCUUGGGUGUAAGUUUCACUUAACUCAAGCUUAUAAUCAAAAUCAUAUGCGACCAUAACCAAAAAUUUGGACUGAUGACUUCUGAAUAUCAAGACCGAGUUUUGGAAAUUGGAAAAACAUUGUGCCAUAUUUUUUGAUUGCUCUCUCUAGAACCAAAUAAUUGUUUUCUUCAAAACUUUACGUCUGAUUGCCCCACAGAUGAUAAUAUAUAUAGACUAUUUCGUUGGUAACUAUUCGAUAGUAUAAAUUGUGAUUACCAUCCAAAAAUAUAAUGGGCAUCAGCAAUAACCUCUAGUUUACAACGCACAAUUGCAUAGUAAACAUGUUUAGUAUAAAUGUAGCAAAUAUUGAUUGAAUAUAAUAGUUGUCCACAAACGUGAUAUUAUAUUAUUAUUAUUUAAAUACUAUAUACUUGAAUUGUAUACAAUUUAUAUUAUUAGUGUUUUUACACAUGUAUAAUAUUAGGUAAAUAUGAAAAUUUUGAUUUGGCCGCAAAGAGAAGGGUAAAGUUUUUUCGAAAAUCUCGAAAUAAUAUGCUUAUGAAAAAAUUUCAUCCGGUCGUCUCGAGAGGUAAGUGAUUACCUACCCUUAAUCCCUCAAUCCCCCUAUGCCGUCUUCAUCCAUUCUCUGGCAAAGAGAGUAUAUAGUGCUCAGACUUCAUGUAUCUGUGUAAAAUAUGUAAUUAUGAGUUUCUAAUUUAAGAUUUUUUUUUUUUAAUACCACUAUGCUCUAUUUAAAGUUUUACUUCAUACUCGUAUAUUAGGUACACACAAUCAGGUUUCUAAAAAAAAAAAAAUUUUAGUCAGCUAAAAUCAAAUAGACUCUUAAUUGACAUUACAGUCAAGUUUAAAAUGAUUUUAGUUCGAAAACCAUUUACUUGUUCCAUAGCACCACUCCCUCCUUAUCCAUAUAAAUUAUAAUUAACAAAAAAGAAAUAAUUAUAUUAUAAAAUAACUUAUUUAUAAGGGAUUUUUUUUUUAUUCAUUUAUAUAUAUAUAUAUAUAUAUAUAUAUAUAUUUCACACUUUUUGGUUUUUAUUAAUUAAAAUCAUUUAAAAAGGUUUUAAUAAUAAUUCGGAUAACAACAUUAACGUCAAUAUAUAAUAUAUUUUGCACGUCAUGUCCAAUCAGUCACUGCGGUCUUUUACGGUUCCUUCACUUUAAAUUAAUUUACAUAAUAAUAUAACAAUCGAAAAUCUCUUCGGCGUUCUCGGUUUUCUCGACACAACAGUUUCAACAAAAAAGUAAAAUUGAAAUACUUAUGUCCAUGUUGUGUUCAUGCGAUUUUCCAAGAUGUAACAUUGCAACACGGUAAAAUCCGUCGAUUUCCCGGAUAUCUUAACCAAAUUAUAGAAAACAAAAGAAAAAAAAAGAUCAUAAUCAACAGAAAGAAAGUGGCUAUUGAAUGGCAAAUAUACUUCAAACGGUUUUAGAAUUUUGUUUUUGUUUCGAAUAGUCAAAAAACGACAAAAAAAAAAAAAACCCGCAGUCACCCAAAGUAAGAAUCGCCCCGAAUUAUUUAUAAUUGUUUAUUUAUUUAUUUAUUUAUUUAUACAAUAUCAUAAAAUUGAUUACGCUGGCUGCACUGUUACCAUUAUCAAAUCGCAUUUCUCGGAAAAUUGUCGGCCACCGUGUUUGUUCGGUGGUACGGCCGGUGUUCGUAAUAAUAUUGUAAGAGUUCGUUUCAUUAUUUCUUCGUGAUUGAUUGCGGCGAACGCGUCGUCGUUGAUUACGUACAGCAAUAAUAAAUCGUCGUCGGCGAGUUUGUAAAAAUUAACAAGUUUUCCAAGAAAACCUUCUCCCGGCACCGGGCGGGAGAGGAUAGCGGGGAAAAAACAUUACGCAUAAAUAUCUUUAUCUUUUAUUUUGCAUCGCGGUAUUUCGACGUGUUAUUUUCACUCGCGCAUUCAGCUAUAACACAGGGACUCGUGGUUAUUAUAAACGAUUGCGGUAGGACGUGUUUGUUGAAUCGCGCAUGAGGACAUUUGUUCGACAUAUUUGGAAAAAACGAAAUUUGAUCAACAUCGAAAAUAUUCGAAUUUUCUUUCAAAUACAUUCAGUAGUAGUCCCGUACAGCAGCGGACCGGGUCGCCGGGACACGGCGCAGGCGGCUCUUGGGGUUUACGGGAGGCGUAACGUAAAUAAAUCGGAACAAUACGGUAUCGACAGGUGAGAACAUCUAGUAGGUAUUUUGGAAGAAAUGUCUUCUUCUUUGACAUUUAAGUCGACGCGCUUUACAGCGGGAUCAGUGUUAAAGGAGUUGAUAAAAUUCGAAACAGUUGUUUUACUGGGAAAAUGUAUUUAAGAUUGUUUGCAUUUACAAUUGACAUAGCUAGUUUGGAAAAACGCUUCAACAUUUCUUCAAAACUUACGGCCGAUUCAACAUGUUUUUACACCCUUCUAAAUUGUAAAUUCAACAAUUAAUCGCAGAACCUAUUAUUUUUUUUUUUUUGUGUAUAAAUAAUAAACUUAUGUGACCACACUAGGUCUAAAUCCCGGUGACUUUUUUAGACCCAGUCUGCUCCUGGUCCCGUAUCAUUAUCGCAAGUAUUAAUUAUUGUGUAAUCGUGAAAGAACUAAUUAAAAUGUUUAGUUACGCAAAACCAAUUCGCACGAUAACUGGUUUCGGUUAAAACUAUCGGAUUUUGAAACAAUAAUUAGUUAUUUUAUAUUUUUUAUGUAAGAUCGAAAAAACAAAACGAACGUUUCACAUGUGCUUUGGUGAAAAUUUGAUUUCUUAAUAUUAAGACUGACGCGAAUAGUUUUUUCCUUCGCGAAACGAUUUUUACAGUCGAGUUACAGGAAGUAGCACACCGUGCCAUCUAUUCGGUGGUAAAAACACGAGCUUACGCAGACAGAGUAUAACUCGAUUGAUUUUGGUUUUAGACAGGCAUUUAUUAUACAAGUACGAUAAAAACAAAACUCAUAUGAUUCAAAAAUCGAAUUUUUCAUAAAAUAAUUGAACUGGGAAUUGGAGUUUUUGUACAUCGAAAAAUUCCAAAAUGGAUUUUUCUUUCAUGUGAUUUUUGACACGGGUUAAUUAGAUUCCAGAGUAUCCUGUCAAAAUGAGAUGGCAAUUGGUCACCUUAAAAAAAAUGUCGCGGUAAAAACGUCGCGUGUGCAAUUAUGUCACCAAAUAAAAAUAUAUUGACUUUUUCCAUUUUUUUAUUCAUCUAUUUAUAGUUUCAUUUCUAUCCAAUUUAAAAAAAAAUACUACUUAAACCCUUUCAUUGUAAAGUCCACAGUACAAUUUUUUUUUUCGAAUUUGAUAUGUAUUGAUUUUUUGCUUUGCAUAGUUUAAUACGUAAAAAACUUUACAAAAGCCGUUUCCUUUUUGUUACCUGUUUUAAUAUAAACGAGUAAACGCACAUAUUAUGCGCCAAUGGCAGCGGUGGAAGGGUUAAACUUUUUACAUUUAUUAACUGUAUAGAAACGUGAAACUAAAUAGAUGAAUUUGAAAUUGAAAAAGUUGAUUGUUGAAUUUUUACAUAUUUUUUUAUGCGGUGACAUUUAACAUUCUUACCGCGACAUUUUUACGUGGAUUCCUAAAUUUAACAGGGAAGUAGCGGUUUGUGUCAAAACUAACCAUCGGAUCACCAUAUAGGUUUAACAUAAAAUUUCUACUUUCCAGUUAAAUAUAUAACUGUUAUUAUGCAUUUUGAAACGAACUGAUUACAGAAUCGGAUUCACGUUCAAUAAUCCUAAAAAACAGUGUCGCUAACUUAUUUUCCAUUUUUUGGAACGUGUAUGUUUUUAUUCUUGCUCACUCGUAUUAUAUAAAACUAUAAAAGAGAAAAAAUGUAUUUAACUUCAACACAACCCGGUUAAAAAAAAAAAAAAAAAUCGUUUUUUCUAUAGAUACAGUAAUUUUGAAAUUUCAACUGUAUACCUCAAUGUGAUAUGUACUCCAGAAUAUUGUCCCCAUUCGUUUUUAAUCUAAAACCAAAAUUAAAACGAGUUUUUCUCACGAGCAUAAUUUUAUGUCGUAAAGUUCAGUAUUGUGCCGUCAGGUGCUACUCCCUAGCGUCGUCGACUGCGUUCGUUAUUUAAAAUUGUCUACAGGUAUCGUUGUGGAUUUGUAAUUUCGUGUGCGGGCGCGAACAAUUUGUGUUAUUUUUUUGAAAACUAUUAUUAUACUCGUACUUUUAAAACUCUUUGGUUCUGACAAAGAUAUUUACAAUAACUAUAGAUAGCUGACUGUGUUCUUAUCAAAAUUUGUAAAAGACAUUAUUCUAAACAAUUUGAAUAUACCAUACAUUCAUGUUCGGGGAUCAAUGGUUUCUCAAAAUCAUGGUCAUUAUUUUAAUUUUUAAUUAUUUUAUCGUAAAAAAAACAUUUGUCAGUUUGACAGUUUUACGAUUUUUUUAUUACCAGAAUGAUUCCAUAUGGUAACACGACAUUCGUCUUAAUUGAAUAUAAUUUGUCCACACCUUUUCUAUAAAAAUAACAACGGUAGUUACUGUAUAAGAAAGUAUUCAUCAGGAUAUGCGAUGAGUAAAAAAAAAAAGUCUUGAUUAUCAAAACAACAAAACUUAUAUGUGUAUAUUUUUACAACAAAAUGUAUAAUGUUAUUCUACGCCAUACUAGAUAAAAAAAUCAUAGAACGCUGCAUCAUUACAAAAUUGUGUGUCGUAACAUACUUACAUAUUUUUGAAAGAUAAGAUUUCAUAGGUAAAAAAAUCUAAAGCAGAUUUAUUGUAGACAAUGUUUUUAUCAAUCAAUCGCUAUAAUCACGUUUUGAUGAAAAAAAAAAUAAAUAAAUAAAAAAAAUAGUAAAAAAAAAAUUAAAACAAGACAGUCACUGAAAAUAGGACUAACUGCGUCCUGUUUAAUAAUUCCGAUUGGAAAAACAGAACAUCAAGAUGAAAAACAGGAUAAUCCCGUUUAAAAUAGGACGUAUGGUCAUCCUAGCUUAUCGUUUAAAAACGAAUGUGAAAUGUAUUACUUUUCACUAAGCCUCCGGUUUAAACGUCAAACCGUAAUGGUAAAUGUAAAUCCAAUAUAUUAGUGUUACGCCCAUACAUAUUUGUAGAAAAAUAGCCUGUGUUCAAAAAUAGAGAGGAAUUGCUAUUUGAAAAUAAAAUCUAUAACUAAAACUACAAAAAGUAAAAUAGAAGUUCUAAAACGUACCCAAUUAGAUACUUACAUCAAAAUAAGAAGUAUGGAAAAUAAACGGCAAGAAUGUUUUUUACAAAAAGAACAAUUUAUAAAGGAGAAAAUGACUGAAAAAAACUUUGGCAGCAUAAAUCGUCUUGACUUUGACAUUAAAUGGAAAUAAAUAAUACAUUUUUAAAAAUUGUUUUAAUGUUUUGAUGAAUUAGUAUUCAUUGAACGACGACCGGUGGCCACCUUCUUAAUGUUUCCCAAAUAUUAAUUCAUCUGGCAAAAUACAAUUUUUUUAAUCAUACCUGCAAUGUUUCAUUAUAAACGGCAAAUCACUGACUGUCCUAAAUCUGUAAAAACGAAAAUAAAUUUAUUUUUUUUAUUGCUUGUAAACUUUGGACCCAACUAGUGUACAAACUGCCAAAAUCCAUUGGGACCCAACUAGUGUACUGCCUAUCAUCACAACCCCUUGGAUCCGAGACCCAAUUCGGAUGCAGUCGUUAUUUCUCAAACGUACCGGAGAAUAAAUGCUGGAACGAAUCCAUACUUUUCGAGAUGACAAGUGCAGUCUUUUAUUGCGUUAAGGUACGUUUUCCAUGCAGCGUCUAGACGCACUACUAGUUUGGACUAGUGCUCCGUAUAAACGUCCUGUGUAUACACAUUACAAAUGACGAAAAAAUGUGUGUUUUCUUCAACCGAGGAUGAAAUAUUAAUUGAAUUUUAUUAAUUGAAUAGUAUUUUAAAUACUGUCUUGCCGCAGGGCCCGGAUUUAUAUGCAUUUGCAUGUUUUUUUUUUUUUUUAACAGUCAAAAACGUAGCUAGAUAAGCUACAAGUUUGAAUUAUAGUUAAUAGAUCCGAAUUACAAAGUUUUAGUUUGCAUAUUUUGAUGUGUACUGCAAAUGUCUGUAAUUUACGAUUUUCCAUUGCAUUAAAGUCAAAUAUCUAAGUGUUUCAAACACAUUUGUUUUAUUAUUGUUCGUCGGUUUUAUUCGCGUGUACCUAUGGUUCGUAGGGAAUUUGUUUUAUUAUGUUAUCUAUUCACUUUUAGAUAAACACAAUUCUGUCGGAACCAGUAAGUUGUUGUAAUCAUUUUUGUUUGCGUAUUUCGCGUAUUUUAAUGAUAACCAGUGGAUAAACUAUUCAUGCACGUUUCGUGCGUUUUAAGUGCAUACAAUUGCGGGCCCUGUUCACACGUGUGUGACGUUACAGUUUUCAACCACGGUAGUCACGCAGUUGUAAACGUAUUUCCUCAAACCCUCCCCCGAUAACUGUGAGCGCUUCACAAAUAACACCGUUGUUAUUAUGAAAUUGAUAUUGUCACGACGACGAUAUUUAUAUAGUGAAGUAAAUUCGGAAAAAAACCGCGCUGGUACAUUGGAUCGCAGUUGCGCGAGCACCUGGAACUUCAGUGGACGCCGUUAGACGCACCGGGCGUAGGGAAACCGGGCGUCUGGACGCGCGAAAAAUUCCGCGUCCGGACGCUGCGGGGAGGGGGGGAGGGGGGGGAGAAACGCACCUUUACGCGUCGGUCGCCCCGUGCACCGCGCGGAAAACCGGACGGUGAACGGGUCCGCGCGGCGGGUACCAGCCGCCGAACGAACGCCGACAACAACCGCGUUGAAAAUGUCCGCGCGCGCGUCUGUACGCAAUACGUUUUACUCCACGUAUAAUAAUAAUAAUAGUAAUAACAACAACAAUAAUAACGCAAGUGUUUAUUAAUCGUUACAAUAACAAUGUUGGUAUUAUUACAACGUCGAGAGGGGGCCCGGGCGGAGUGGUGACGCGGACGCAAAUACCGAACGUUCGCCCGGCGGUGUUUACGCGAAAUUAUUAUCGCAAUAUCUUUCGCCUCGUUGCGCCGGGGAGUCUGCGGCGGCGGUGCCGCCUCUGUCCCCCCCUAACCCCUCCAACCCCCCCUACGGCGCGAAGUGAAGCGUUGUGACGACGCCCGACGGAAAUUUCGUUUGCCCGCAGAAACGACAAUAUAAUGCACGGUAUUUAUUAUUGUGCGCGGCAUCGCGUCGUCAUCACUCGUGUAAUUUACACGCACCUGUCGCCGCCGCCGCCGCCGCCGCCGCCGAUAUCCAAAAACACUCGCGAGAAUGCUCGUGCCGCGGUCGGUGCGCCGUCGUCGUGUGCCGGCAUUCGGUUUUUUUCGUCUUUCGGCGGGCUGAACGGGCCGGAUUCCCAAGUGGCCCGCGAUGUAUUACGUUCUCGACCGGCUCGUAAGUAAUCGUAAUCCUUAAGUGAGUAAUGUGAUUGACGACGCGAAUUUAAUUGGCGCGCGUCGGGGGUGUGAAUUUGACGGGCGCUGGAACAGAUUCGUGGCGGGCACGGCCUCCCCCCGCACCUCUCCGCCGCUACAAGUACUAUAAAACCAGCUACAUUGCGAUAAUUUAAAAUUUUUACGCGCACGCUCGGUUUUAAAUAAAACAUAAUUUCAUUGCUAACCGUUUGAAAUUUAAUUACGGUGUAAGAAAACAUUAUGAUUUUCUGUACGAUUGCUGUUUAUUGUUUAAACGAAACCGGCUGAAACGUGCAUUCGCACAAUACCUAGCCUGGCCUGCUGUUAUAACCGUGAAUUCCUGGAAUUGCGACGGAAGAAAAAUACAUAGUUUAUCCAAACCAAUAAGCCACAAUAAUUUACGACUUAUUGGUGAAAUACUGAAAUAAAUUGUUCAGAGGAACUGGACCCCUAGCACCCCUCUACGUGCGCUUAUUGCAACGAUGAGAUUAUUAUUCGGGCGGGCCAGGUCCGCGGCUCGGGCGUAUUAUUUUCCGAAGACUUUAUGCAUAGUUUCAACGCGCAAGUAUUGAUACUAUUUAUCCUGCUGGGUUCAAACACAUUAUAUUGUCUCGUCGCACUUUACUGUGCAUUGUGGUUAGGUCUGUUUUAGACUUUGGGUCUGUGCAGGUUUGAAACCCGUCUCGGUCUGGGCAAGUCAUUAACACUUGAGAACUACAAAGGCGGUUGAUUCACGCGUUUGAUUAUAUAAUUGGCUUCAUAGAUAUUAGGCCUAGCUCUGAUAUUUCCGUUAGUAUCGUUUGCCAAUCAUCGGAAAUAUUCACACGUUAUAUUAAUUGUGUGUACAAACUAAUAAACGAGGCAAUUUUUUUCUAUAUAUCUAUAUAUACUAUAUCUACUACUAAAAAAAUCGAGUCAUGAUUAUUGAUGUUUGUUAUUUAUGUUAAAAAUAGUAAUUUUGCUCAAUUGCUUCUCAUUAAAAAAAAAAAAAAAAAUGUUCAUUGAAAAGACAUCGUAUCUCAACGUAUACAUAAUAUUAUAUGUCUACUACAUAAAUCAAAACGUUAUAAUAACAAUAAAGUUUAUUGCAUUUAAGAAACACAAUAAUAAACAAAAUAUUUAAUGAAUGAGAUUGUAAACGAUUUUCUCCAAAAGCUAUGAGGAACUUGAAGAGCAGACAACGGUUCAUAACUCCCUAGCUAAUUGUUCUUAAGUAUUAAAAUGACCUUAAAUUAAUUGACAGAUUGUUAUUUCGGCAAGUUAAUAAACUGGAAAAGUUACUCGACGAAAAAUGUAACUACUUAUAACAAUUCAAAUACUAUGUUAUAGGUUUUAUUCUUCGAUAUAAUUUAAUAUUUUAAUAUUACACCAUGUGAAUUUUAGCUAAAUAUUUUAAAUUGUUCUAUAUUAGGUCUAUUGUGACAACCGCACAAUUAUAUUUCCAUGAAUUUUCUAAAAAAAAGUUUAAAACAGUUUUUUUUUUUUAAAACACGAAUUUUUAGAAUAAUAUUGUGUUUAUGCCAUUUAUUUAUGAAAUAGUUAUUUAAACAUUAUGAAACAUAAAAACUUUACAUUUUUUCCUUGAUCCCGAAUAAUCCUAUAUUUAUUUCGAUGGGUUAUUCAUAAUAAACUGGAAAAGUUGAUGAAAAAUGUAACUUUCUAGUUCAAAUGUUGUACAGUUUUUUUUUCUUCGAUUUAAUAUUAUAUUUUAAUAAUUCAAAGUGUAAAUUUAAGUUAAAUGUUUUAAAAUAGUCUACGCUCAUUAUAAAAAUGAAUUAUACAAACACAUUGAAAAAAUAAUAAUAAUAAAAAAAGGAAUAAAGUAUACCACACGAAUUUUAAAAUAUUUUAUAAGCACGAUAUGUUUAAUUAUUUUAAGUUGUAUAAAUUAAAAUGUGUUUGUACGAUGACUCGAAUACCUUUGAGGUAUAUGUAUAUGUAAAAAAAAGUGUAUAGUUAUCGAUGGAAACCAAACGACCGCCAAGCGAAGUAUGUUAAAAACUUGUACAAAUUCAUUUCAACUAAGUUACAAAUAAUGUACUAUUAUAACAUUAUAAUAGUUACUGUCCAGCUUUACUGCACGAGUGAAGGUUUGAAGUGCGCAGGGGGCUGAAUCCUUCUACUUUCUUGAGGUAAAAUUAUCUGACUAAUUCCCGUUUUCGUCAAAAAAAUAUUGCCGUUUUUAUCACAGCCCUUUUCUGCCAAAAAAAUUAGGUACGAUUCCCGUUACCUCCGAAAAUAGUUAGAAAACUAAUGAUUGCGAAAAGCAAAAAAUAUUAAAGAGAUUAAAAACUACCGAAGAAGCAAUUAUAACAAAGAAUCUAAUGAAAUUAUAGUGGGCACCUACAUUUGUAUUAAAACAGUUUCAUUUAAUUAUGUGAUUUUUUAAGUUAUUAUAUUAAUUAUAAUUUUUGACUGUUUAAUGACUUAUAUUAUUAUUAUUAUAACUAACGUUUUAUUAUUAUUACUUGUAAAUUCAGUAUUAUUUUUGUCGUGCCGUUUUGGUUUUUGAUUGAAAAAGGCUAUGCUCAAUUAUUAUCCGUCCCCUUCAGUUUGAGUAUUUACAGUUCGGGGGGGGGGGAGACAGGAUGUUUUAAUUAUUGUCACCGGGGUAUUUUUAACGGAAUCGUAACAACCUCCUUUUCCGGACCGUGAAAAAACCGCAAAUGUCGCCGCUACCCGUGCGACGGAUUAUACCGUACAGAUAAAUUCGCUGUUGGAAUUAUUUUUAUAUUCGGUUCGUAUUUAUUUAUUAAUAACGCGAUGACCACCGCGACGAAUGCCAUUUCGACAUUAUUCUGGUCUUCCAACGUCGGCCGUAUGGCGAUGAUAAUUCACGCGUAAUCAAAGUCCGUGGCGCGCCUGAGCGACUAUAAUAAUAAUAAGCGAGUAAAAUCUGAGGAAGUAAUUAAAAAUCGACUUUUGCACGUCGUCCCGGCGUUGUAUACAUCGCGUCGUCGCGGACGACAACCACAAUUCUCAAAAGGUUUUUUUAAUUAUGUAUAAAUCGUUUUUCACUCUCUUUCUCGAGAGUAUCGUUUAUUAUACAAUGCCGAAACUGCAGUUACAAUUUCAUACCGAUUUAAUAAUAAUUACAAACGUUGGACAUUUUUUUUUUUUUUUUUGUCGGUUACCAAAAAAAAAAAAAAAAAUCCAAACUCGAGACGCGGACAGAAUAACAACGAGUUUCCGGGCAAUUGUCGCCCGGAAAAUGAUUUAUUGUUAAACGCCGCGACUUUAAAUUACAUUUUCGUCAUCUCUAUACACGCGGUUUUUCUAGAAAAAAAAACGUAGCACUUAUUUCUCACCCGGGAAAACGCAUUUCGCGCGGACAACUAAAUAUUUUGUACGAUACUCCGUAACGCAAUGCAUUAUAUUCGUAUACAAUAUGUAUAUAUAUAUAUAUAUAUGUACACUAUAUUUCACUUAUUCGUUCAUUUAUAUUCCGAGUGAUGUUCAAUUCGCGUUGAUGAUCGAGCGGCGAUGAUAUCGCAUUUCCGUCCGUCGGCCUAUUCCGUUUUAACGAAAUCAACGAACCCGCUCGCGAAUGCUUUUCAUUCGCGUUUUAAUUCGAAUUUUAAUCACGGCCCCGCGUCCGGACAUUUUCAUAUCCAUAAUAUACAGACACCGUUAAAAGUACUGAAACGAAACGUUAUAUCCCAGUCAAAAUUUUUGUAUUUUUAUUAUAUUUUACGUAAACCAUUUAUCUUCCGACAUAUUAAAUCAAAAACACGCCGACAAUAAUAUUAUUUUAUCGAAACGGCUGCUCGCUUGUAUAAUAUUACGCACAUAAAUAUUACACAAUGCACUUGUAAUUUUACGGAAUUCGAUUAUACAUUGUUAAGGCGCGCGGUUCCCGCAAAAAUAUUCACGAAACUCGAUUAAAAAUCAACUCGACGUAAAUAAUAUUACCACGAUUUACCAAGAAAGUUUGAAUAUUAGUGGGUUGAAAUAUUAUAAGUUUCACUGCACCGCCAAAAAUUAAGACUAGUUUACGCCACUGCGUGAUGAAGUACCUAAGUGGUAGGUAAUCAAAUAUAUUUUACUUUUAACCAUAUUUCAAGAGAUUUUGCCAGGACGCAGAUGUAAUGAAACUAUGGUAAUUUUUUUUCCCCAAUCUCUGGUGAUCAGAUCUCUACUUUAGAUUAUUGCCGUCGUAUUAUCUUCUCAUUGUGAAUGUGUCCAUCGUAAUACGACCUCCCCUUAGUUAUUGGGUCAUACAUCCUUUGCGCAUUAACACAAUUAUAUUUAAAAAUAGAUUAGGACUGAAUGAGAUUAGAUCGGGUUUGUUACCCAAAGGCGCAAAUUUUUAACAUACUAAAAUUCAGUGUUUCAAUCAUCGAACCCAUUAUAUGUUUUACAAACACCCACCAAGAAACGUCCAGCUUAAAAUUUAACCACACAUAUAUUUUUAUCCCAAAAAUAGCGGGUAUCAAUUUAUUGGCAUCUGCUAUUUAUUAUAAACCGAAUGCAAAAUCAAACAAUAUAAGUAUAUAACUGUAUAUAAUAUCGCAUAACAACGUGUAAUGGCUGUUAACCCGACGGUCCGUUAAAACGAUUAUUUACACUUACAAUUUCUGUUCGAACUCAACAUAGUUAUAUUUGAUGCGUUAAUAACGUGUCUACGAUAUUUUGACACAGGUAAACAGACGAUGCGUUAACGAUAACCGGCUUUUGCUGUAUACAUGCCAUUGGUUUUCGCGCGUCAUUAUCGUUUCUAACGUUUUUUACCCACGGGAUUUGUCCGAUAUUCGUUUGGCAUUUUCUGUAAUAUAUUAUUUGUUAUUUUACACUUCCUCGUAAAAGAGUGAACUCCGUCCAAACAAACUUGCGCUAAUACGAUUUAUGGAAAAAGCGGACCAACAACUUUUGGCCCGAAUUUAGCCAUAUCGAGUAUAAUGAAUUUUGUUUCACACCGUGCAGCGAGGCUUUAAAAUAUUAUUUCCAGUCGCCGCCGUGCAAUUCGGUUGGGUGGAACCGCCCAAAGAGGGAAACUGCUCGCCGUUUGUUCGAUUAAACCGUCCGGAUAAUAAUUAAAUAAAAAGCGUUGGCCGUUUCUUUCAAUCGGCAGUGUAUGUAUAGUGCGGCUUCAUGCGAUGCUGGGUAGCAUAUUUACAGAUCCUAUCCGAGUUUGGCCAUGUCAUGUGUAGUUAUUCCUCGACUAAGACCUAUAGGUUUUUAGUCAACACUAUAGCUUCCUUGGCGCACAAUCUGGUUUGAAUUAACAAGUAGGUUGAAUUUUGUAAAACACCGAAGAUUUUCUUUAAAAUUUCCUACAACUACUAAAAUAAACUAGAUUACGUUUCGGCAACAGCCGAACUCGAAUAGAAUUUGUAAACACGCUGCCGGGGAACUACGACGCGUUCGGGUCGUAUUUCUAAUCGAAAGGUCGUAUUCAAGUAAUCGGGACGUUUCAGAAACAGUCCACCAUAUAUUAUAUUAUAUUGCCGGCUUCGUCUCAACUUUCCGAGAAUUUCACAUCGUCUUGUAUAAUAUUAAUAUUAUAUACGAGUCUCUGUGGAAAUACGAUACGCAUUCAUUUUGCGACAUUCGACCGAAUUUAAAAGUUUCUCUUCGAAUUUCGGAAGUAAUCGGUGAACCAUUGCAAUGGAGGUCAUUCUUUUUUUUUAAAUUCCUUUUCCGAAUAAUAAAAAUAGUGAUAAAAAACAAAAUUACCCCGAAAUUGAAUACUUGUAUGUGUACGCAUUUUCUAAACACGAUUUAAUUUCCAAACUGUUUAUUAUUCUUUUACAGUUAAUAUUGUUUGGCAUUUUAAAAUUUCAUGUAAAUUUCUAAAAUAUAAUAUUAUACGUGAUUUUAUCGCGUGAACGGGUUAUACCAUAUUAAACGUUGAGGUCUUAAAAUAUUAAAAAUUCAAUAUUGAGGACGUAUAAAAUAUAACUAUACCGUUCGCAUUAAAUUUCUCAUAAAAAAAAAAAAAUAAACUUGUUGGGCGGUCAAAUUUUCGAGCAAAUUCAUGAUUCCCUACCGAGAAUAUUCAAAAUCGUAUUUUUUUCGAUAACCGUUAAAUCAAAAAUAAAUAGAGAGGUCUAUAGGUUCACGUAACCCCACACUUUGGUUAAUCGAUUCCGUACAAAUUAUACACGUUCAUUAAUUCAUUAUAAAUAACUUAAAAAUAAAAAAAACAAAGUGGGGUAACAAAACAGUAAAUUCUCAAAUUAUGAUUUCUAUGUAGUUGAGGCUCCUUCCAUAUUGUAUUCCAACAUUAUACGUGAGGUUAUGUGUCAUGCAAUCUUGUUUCCAGAUUGUACAUUUAAAGGUAGUAAACAAUUUCAAAUUACAUAUUAGUGCAGUUUAACAAAUAUAUAAAUCGUUAUACAACAAAACAAAAAAUACUAUCGACCUUAUUGAUGAUUUUCGGACAAAUAUACAAUGAUUAAUUUAGAAUUAUCUGACUUAAUUAUGGAAAAAUUGGGAAAAUAAACAUGCCGUUAAACAAAUAUUAUUAAAAAAAAAAUGUUUAAUGCAUAUGCAGUUAUUUCAGCAUAAUAUAACAUAUAUUUCAUUGUUGAAAAAGCAAGUUGAGUGGGGCAUUUACAAAUUUGGGGACUGAAUUUACGAUUAUUUACAAUGGAUUUACAAUUGUUUAAAAUUAGUCCGGAAACAAUCGGCCAAAGUGAGAGGGCCUACUUCACGUACGUGUAAAGUACAUUUAAUCAACUAAAGAUAACGCUUUAUUUUUUAGUACCUACAACAAUCAAUUUUUAUGUCUCUACAUAAUGCACUAUCGUAGUAUUACUUGAAAAAUACAAAAUAAACAUUGUUAAAAUGUCACGGUCCAAUGGGUGGGGGACUACAGACCUAUCAUCUCCUCUCUUACAUAAUCGACUCAAAUCAGCUGUUCCCAGCGUAUAGUUAUUUUUUUUUUUUCGUGAUAGGUUCUAAUUCAUCAUCAUUUUUCAAAGUAUAACCGUUUAUAUUUUCCAUUGAUUUUAUACUCAGCUGCAGGUUAGCGUCAAGCCACCUGUGUACUAAAACGAAUCCAUUACGUUAAUUUAUUUCCUAUAUUUUUCCAUUUGUAUAAAAAAUACGUUUCUCCGGACCUACUUUAAAUGGCAUAUCGAAACGAAAACUUUACUGUACAACUAUAAUAAUAAAAAUAAUUACCUAUGGUCAAAAGGACGAUGACGAUGUGUCCCGAUAAGAGUUUCUAAUUAAAUUUCAAAAAGUCCUGUCACCCUAGGCUACUCCUUGAAACUUGGUUGGGCUGCUAAAUUCUCGACACUUUGAAACCCGAAACCCGUGAUAGGGUCGACGAGUAACGUGCCAUGUACCCUGUAAAUUGAAUUAUUUUAAACCACCUCUAUUACGUUCGUAUUUCAAAACGGUCGUUAAUUUUCCGUUUUCUCGAAUAGCGACGGACUGUAAUAUUAAUAUAAUUUCGAUUCGGCCUCCAAAAUUAGAUUUAUACGUACGUAUACUAUUCAUAAUUUAAUUAACCGACUGCGUUUUUAGAAAAAUAGCUUCCGUUCCAUUCGAGAAUAUUAUUUAAAAAUCGAAAUUAUGUAGUCCCGACCCCGAAAGCCAAUGAAAAGAAACAGUGGAAAAAGAUGAAGAAGAUAAUAUUCGCAAUGCAAUAUAAAUUGUUACUUUUUAGGAUUAUUAGUUUUAUUAUACAUCCAUCACAGAGAUUAUUUAAAUGGCUACAAUAUGAAUGAUAAUUGACAUUGAAAUAAGAAGAGUCUGAAAUUACGGAGAGAGAGAGAGAGAGAGAGAGAGAGAGAAGAAUAUAAGUCUACAGGUAUUCGCUACGGAAAAGGCCUUUAAUAAAAUAAUAAGAAGAGAUUUAUAUUACAUUCCGAAUAACAACAGUAGUACGAAAUAACAGACAAGACGAUGACUACAGACUCGCAGUCUCGUUUUUUAGUUUCAAUAUAAUAUACUACAGUCGUACUUUUGGAUGCGACUGUAAUUGGAUUACACGACAGUUCGUUUAGGAAAAAGGUCAGCCUCCUGAAUGCCGAGUCUGAUUUGCGUUCUCGAAUACGCCCCGACGAUAAUAUAAUACUAAAAAUACCCACGGAAAAUAAUAUAUUAUAUUAUAAAAUAUACGCGAUUAUUUAUCGUAAUUGCGUUAUUUUUUUUUUUUAUCUCGCAAACAAAUAAUAUCAAAAUACGUAAAAAAAAAAAAAAACCGUAAGGUUAGGCUCGUAUUAUUUGUAUGAUAAUGCAUUCACGAAAUCAAAAAACCGUCAAUAUAAUAUGAUAAUCACUAUAAUAACGUGUUUAUUUUAGAUUACUCGUUAUUCGCUCUAUUAUUUUGAAUUACUUAAUUGUAAUUAUUCGUUUUGAAAACGAAUGAUGGGUGUAAUUAUAAUAAUAAUAAUCUAUUCGAAAAAUAGCCUAAAAUAAUCCAUCACCUGCGCAAUCACUUUAUAGCUUAUACGAAUUAUAUUAUUGCUGUCAUUCGUAAAAUAAUUGCAUCCGAUGCGCUCUUUCAAAAUGCGUUCAUUCUGUUUGUAAACUAUCGGUUUUUUAAGAAAUAGCGAACAAAUUUUUAACGCUAUCCAUUGACUAUUGAUAACUUUGAAGUGUACGAAAAGGAUUUAAAAUCGGGUUUAGAGAAAAAACGCCAAUUAUACAAAGUACAGAAUAUGGCAAUAACAUUUCGAAAACAACACCGUCGGCUUUUUACAAUGCUCUAAGUUAGUAUUUAACCCAUUAUAGAUGGCACAAUAAAUCGUAUAUUGCAUGCAUAUUUUGAAUACGUGACGGUUAAUGCCUGCUCUGUGACAGUUUUAUAAGAAUAUCCGAAUAUGAUUGUGCACUACAUGUGUGUUAUUAUGUAGUUAGGUGUUUUUGAAUCGGAUAUGGUAACGCUACCAAUAGUAGAUAAUAUAAGAUAAAAUAUUAUUAUACUCGGUGAUCUCGAGUGGUCUGAAAAGUAAUAUAUUAAAGUGUUUUCCAUUCGCGAACAAACAGUUCACAAAAAUAUAUUAUCGCUACGAAUUUCGAAAAGAAAACGUAUUCUUCAAACCCCUCGGACGAAAAAAUCGACGUAUCCCGUCUUUAUUUUCCAUUAUAAUGCAGCGCCAAAUGUAAUGUUGCCAUAAUGUUGCUGUGGAAAAUGACGAACAAUCAUACAAAAAUAGCUGGUAGGUACCUAUAUAUUAUUAUCGCGCGUCGCGCACGAAAACAUUUUCGAAUACGAUUCAUGAAAUAUGUAUUAUUGUGUGUGCGCGAAUGCUCUGGGAAUACAAAAUAGCUCUGCGCUAAUUUACGUAUUCGGUGAAAAUUUCAGGUGAAAUUACUAUGAUUAUUUUUAACUGAAUUACACAUACAUACACACACACAAAUAAAAAACAAGAAUAUUAAAAAUAACGGACAUCGUUUUUUCAUUUUUUUUUUCUGAAAAAAACUAAAAGGAAAAUUAAAAAAAGAAGACCUUUAUAUGCCAAUUAAAUGACAUUUCCUAUAAAACUUGAGGUCUGGAUCAAGAUUUCUUGUAGAAAUGUGUUUUAUAGACAAAAAAAAAAAAAAUAACCGCAUGCAUCAUAAUAAACCUAAUAUAUUUCUCGCUAGCCGGUACGCCCAAAGUUGAAAAAAAAUAAUAAUAAAAAUGUCUAUUAUUGGAUUAUUUAAUAUCGAAGUAUAAAUUAAAUUGUUGAUAAUGAAAGCAUUAUUAAUGUAAAUACUGUAUUAUCAAGUUUUAAUGCGACAUUAUCACAUUACACAUAUUGUUUUGUUUAAAAUAUUUUUAAAAAUCGAUCAAUAUAGAAACAACUAUGUCUAAAACCCAUUUAAUUUUUGUAAAAUAAUCUUUCGGUUAACGUCUACAAAGCCCUGAACGAAGAAAAAACCCAACAUAUUUAAGUAUGAUUUAUAUUUAAAGUUAUACCUAGCUAAAGUAUUUUUAAGACGCAGUUUUGAGUAUAUAUAUAUAUAUUAAUAUAACUAUAUAAUACUGCAAACUGCUGAUACCUAACAGAUACAGUAAUAUAUUACUUUGUUAUAAACGUCAAAUCUUAAAAAAAAAAAAACACCCACGAUGAGCAGCAGAGCUCAGCGACUAAAAUUGAAUAUUAUUCUCUAUCUAUUUUGCGUUACAUGAAACUUUGCAAAACAAUAAAUAACCGAACACUGUAAUAAUAUAAAUAUAAUAAAACUCUAUAUACUAAGUAUACUACAUAUUCUGAAAGAAAAAAACAUAAAAAUCGUUAGAAUGGGAGCUGAAAGUUGACUCUCCUAAAAAAAAAAUCAUUGAUAUUUGAUACUAACGCCAUUUAAAUUCGCCUAACUUAACCUUUUUUUUUUUCAUUAAUAAAAUCGCAUUUAAAUAAAAAAAAUUACAAAUAGUAUCUACUUCCUGUGAUCAGUGCAAUUACAAAUAUGUUCAUGCGAUGGUAAAUUUGGAAGAUUUAAAGAAUGAAAAUAUUCUACGAGUAGUAAUGAAGCAUCGUUAAUAUCUCUAUUGUCACACUUGUCGCAGUUUUCUGUUAAUGGUCGUAUAUAUUUUCUCAUUAUCUUUAUCUAGUACUUCUAUUAUUUUACAAUUAAUUUCACCGACAUCGACAUUUCGUCUAAUACUACUAUUUUUGUUAGCUUAUCAUCAGCGGUAAAAUCCGAUGCAUCAUACACUUAAGUAAUUAAAUAUUUAGAAACCAAAAUAAAAAAGGAACAGAAAAAGUAGCUAACCUAACCUAACCUAACUUUUCAUUUAAUUGUUUAUUAUGAAUUAUGAUGACUAUUAAUAAUAUUAAUAUUAUAUUGUUUUUGUUACUAUGACAAUGAAAAUAAACGUCCUUCAGUCAAUUGGAGUGUUCUUUUGAAGAUUGAUGAUUUAAUUUCCUAAUUUCUUAAAUUUUAUUUUUAGAACCUGUGAAUUCAUUAAUUCAUUUGCGUGUAAGUUUUGGAUUAUAUGAAACCUCUAUAAAUUGGUUUUCAUACAAAUUUUUCUGUCAUUUUGAAAAUCGUCAUAAAUUUAUUUUUAUAAUUUAAUGUAGUGUGUUUGUAACUCGUGAUUAUUUGGGUACUUAUUGACUUUUAAAGAUACCACCUGUUUUCAGCGCAGAGUUAAGAAUUCGUUAAAAAAACAUUCAUUCAUUUAAACAAUUGUUUUUAGAGUGUGCAAUUUUAUUUGUUGUUAACAAAUUUAUAGCUCUGAUAAUUUUAUCGGUACAUAAAAUGUUCGUAACAUAAAUUUACAUCUUUCGUACUAUAUACCUCAUUUCAGUUUACUCUUAUUUGAAAAUUAAUAAUUUUAAAUAUAUUUUUCGUUGGCUUGAUUAUAUUUUUAAUAUCUAUAGCUACCACUAUGGAAAAAAUGAUCCGUAAUACUGGUUUGUAAUAUCCCUGCCACAAUUUUACUGAUUACGUUGGGAUUAAUUUUAAUAAAAAUUUAGUCUAAACAAGAGUGUUUACGAUUUAUCGGAAUUCUAGUAUAAACAUUGUUCAACGAAUUAAAUCCGAGCUCCAGAGCAUCCGAUAGCUUUCAGAGUUUCAGCCGUAAACGUAACGGACAAAUUUACUCUUGCGUUUAUAUUAUAUUCAGAACGGGUAAAACAGACACAAUACAGUGACAUAGUCUUUAUUUUCCAGGAAAAUUCUCGACAACAAUCAAUUACUUGCCUAUUAUAUAUUCCAAAACUCCCGACACAAUAUUGGUUUUAUUAUGCUUCGGAAAACGAACGGAAAAAAUAGUAUACGGAUAUAACUAAGUAAAUAUUUAUCAGGCCAGGGAAACGAAUAUAUAAUAACAUAAUAUAUUACUCUAUAUAUAUAUAUAUAGCUUGCUAUUUACUUUACAGGUAUGAAUAAAAUAUAACGUUUUUAACGGGAUAGGCUUUUCGACUUAAUUGGUUUCUUUUCUUGUUUCAAGGAGAUAAAAUGUGUGGUUAUAUCGUAGUGGAUCCAGUGUCAUAACUAGAAUCUCGGGGCCCCGACGAUAAGAUAAGUCUGGGACCCUAUAACUAUUUAAGUAUUCGUAAUAAAUACAUUUUUUUUUAAUACUGACUAGUCAGUGACUACUUAUCAUUAAACGCGCAAUUUGUGUUUAUUAUCAGCGGAACAAUAAUAUACGAGUAGACAUGUUAAACGGUUAAAUAAUUUUAAUAAUAAACAUUAAAAAUAUUACACAAUAUAAAUAAUUGUAAAAAAAAAAAACAAUUAAAAAAACACCAGUGAAAAAAUAACCAAAUGAAAGUACCAAUUUAACUAUGACUAUUAUGUGUACAUAGAGUAUGUAACAAAUAUUACUGAAAUUCGAUAUUUUUGUUCUGUUCUGCAAAUCUGGUUAAAUUCAUUAUUUAAAUAAGUACUUGCAACAAAUAUCAUCGUUUUUUCCUUGUAAACAUAAGUAUAAGUAGUUUUAUUUUAUUUUAUAAAUCUAAAAAUAUGUGUAUAAAUAUUCACUCUACUGAAUAAAUAUUGAUUUUCGCAUAGCAUUUAAACUAAAAUUGUAAUAUUGGUUAUUAAAGAUUAUAAUAUUUUAAAUAUAUAUUCAUAUAAAUAUUCUUGUUUUAACUUCAUCAAUCUGAUAAAUAUUUGGUCCAUAUGUAAGUUAUUAGCUUGUUAUUUUUUGAUUUUUAACAAAGCAAUAUUUGAUAAAUGAUUUUACCCCAUUGAAUUUUUUAAAUAGUUUUUAUUUAAAUUCAAUCUCGAAAAUAAGAGUUUGACUGAUGCGACAGUCACUGGUAAUGUGAGAAAUUUGUAAUAAACAUCACUGUACGUGAUCAGUACCUAUCACAAUUUAUCGUGUUUGAAAUUUUAAACGAUCGCAGCGAUUUGAUUUACAUCUUUUGCGUUAAAAAUACCAGUUUACAACUAUGAUGGGGCCCCCUUUGAACCUCGGGGUUCCGAUGUUAGGUAUCGCCGUCCACCCCGGUUAUAGCGCCACUGAAUGGAUCGUAAUGGAAAUAGUAAUGGCACUUAACAUAGAAACAGCGAUGUUCAUCCUGAUGAAGUCCAUGAUACCAUGGCACAAACAUCAAGCCAAAUAGAUGUGAUUUUGUAAAAUAAUCUUAUUUUAAAAUGUAUGCAUUUUGCUGAAAAAUAUGAAAUAUUGUACCUAAUAUGUAAUGCGUAUUUAAAUCCAAUGUACACUUUUAUUCUAUUAUUUUUGUGGAAGUGUGAGAGCGUAGGGGCCGAUGGCUCACUCUGCAUGCAUUUGUAUAUCUCCUCCCCCAAUAGAAAUUCCCGAAACGUCACUGCUCACGCUUUUCCUUUGUGCCCAGAUAACCUAAUUAAAUAUUAAAAACCGUCUGAAGGCCGGUUCGCGCGCAGCGCCGUGUACUGCACGAUAAUAUUUUUUAGUUUGUUUUCCCGCCAUCUCACAGAAUUGAAUUGAACUAAACAUUAUACCGAUGCGAAAUCUUACAUUAUACAGACACUCUGUUCUACGGCGUCUAAAAAUAAAUAGAUUGGAUGUACCGCGUCCUAUAUGCGAAGGACGUCCUGGCCAUAAUAUUCGUGAAUUAUAAUAAUAGUACGAUUUAUCUCCGGGGAAAAGCCUCGCCGAGGUUCAUCGAGAUAAAACGGCAGCUAAACGUAUUAAAGUAUCUCGUUUGUUAUUACAGUGCUUUUAGAAAGUGGCGGAUAGGACUUAACGUUUUCAUAUAAUAUAUAUAUAUAUAUUUUUUUUUUCACACCAUCACUGUGUACAGUAGGCGUUUGACUUACAAAUUGUAUUGCGUUCCGUCGUACUGUAUACAUUUUAUUCGAUCCGUUAGAUAAAUCUUUACGCGACCGCAAACACCUAUAGGUAUAUGUAAUUUAUACGGUUUUCGGCGGUUUUUCGUUCGUCGAUACGUUUCAAUCGGUUUUUAAAAUCUGCUGACGACUCGCCGUUGUGAUAUUAUCAUUCGAUUUGAGUCUAUACAAGUGUGAAAUUCGACCUAGAUUGUGAAAAAAAAACCAAACGUAAAAUAUUGGUUUUUUUUUUUUUUUUUACUGUAGACUUUUAUUCUUUAUUGUCAAAUUUUCCCAAAAAAUAAAUACUGUUGUUACUACUUUGUUGUGCCUGUUAUAUAUAUUUAAUAUACGUAUAUUUAUAAUAUCAUAUGCUCGUUAUAUUGUUGAACUUUUCUAGAGGCUCCCUGUGGACCAAAUGAGCUUGAACUUAAAAAUCAAAUUUCUAUAUAGGCGAAUUAAAGUAAUAAAAUACUGGUUGAUUUUUAAUAUAAGCUUAACAAUAUUUCGAGUGGAGAGUGUUUUUUUUUUUUUUAAAUUUUUACAUCUCUACAGACUAUCCAAACGAUUCCGGCGGUAUGAAAUUUUGUGAAUACAUAUAGCAUUAGUAUACAAUUUUCAUUCCAUAUCUCAAUCAGAUCAAUAAAUUUACCAUUUUUUUUUUCUUUUGAAAGUAGUCUUAUAUUUCUAAUACUUAUAGUAUAAUAUUGUAUUAUUAUUCAUUAAAGUAUUCGGUUAUUUAUCGUUUUGAAAAAAACAUUUCUAUUACAAAAAAAACACUGCAGAUAUACUUGGCACGAUACUUCGCGGUGGGCCACUAUUAUAGGUGAAAAGUUGGGAAGAUAGGAUAUAGGAUAUACGCACAGAUAAAUCAUUAGUUACAAAAAACGAUUCUGAGUGGAUUUAAGUUAUACGUAUUUUGAAAGGCUAUAGUAUUUAAGACAUUCGUCAAAAUUUGAUACACAAAUUCUUAUUGAAAAAAUUCUACAUUACACUCAACUUUUUUCGACCAUAAAUUACGACUUAUAAUGCGAACCUCCUGUUAAAUUUGUAAGCAUUUCUAUUUGGUCUAACAGUUGUAUAUACAGAGUACCUACCGAAUACAAAUUGAGCAAAAUUAAAAUAUCUAUAUUUAAUAGCUUAAAAAUAACACAAAUGUAUUCAAAAUUUUACCACGUUUAGAAAAAAGAAAAUUGAAUACAAUACAUUUUGGAAAUUUUCAAGUUUUCCUAUGCUGUUUCCCGGUUUUUCCCAAUUAUUAUGAAAAUCACUUGGAAAAUCAAAAAAUUACCUCUUUAAAGUACCACCCAGUUAAAACUUACUUUCAAAAAAAGAACUACACUUAAAAAUCGGCCCGAGAUCUUUUGUAGAAAAGUUGUUCGCAGAUAAAAUAAAAAAUUCAAAAAUAAUUAUCAUUAGUAAACCAAUAUAUUCCUAACUUCACUCAAAAUCUAAAAUAUGGGGGAGGGGAAUUCGUCUCUAGUAAUGAACCUCUGCUACUCGCGCAAGUAUUUUAUUCGUAUGCAUAAUCUAAGGAUUCUACGGUGAUUUGAUUUGUUCGACAUAAUAUUUUUGAUGGACAUUUUUUACUCCAGGCAAUAUUUUAUCUUAUGUUCGAAUUUCGUGUAUCAAUAAUAUAAGUACUGAAUUUUAAGACUCUGUGGUAUGUUAUGAUGAUGUAUUUUUUCUUGAAAAGUAUUUUUUCGGUUAGUAAAAAUACUCUGAUUUUUCCAUGGCAUAUCUUAAAAAAUAAGGAAUAUCUGUCCGAUGGUAUUUUAUUUGAAUAUUUUUACAAUAUUCCAAAUACUUAUCAGAAAAAUUGCUUUUUAUUAUUAUUUUUAAAUGGUAUUUUCGUGGACAAAAUGCUCGGAUUUUUACAUGCAUUAUCUUAAAAAAACGUGGACUUUUUACCCGGCGAUAAUUAACUUGAAAUAUUUUUUGACAUUUUCAACAGUUCCUCAGCUAGUUUUUUAAUGGUUUUUUUCGGAAAAUCGAUUUUAGGGUUACAACGAUUAACCGUUUUCAAAUAAUCGUUAUAAAUCGUAUAGUGGAUACACAGAAUUUUAAUUUUAUAUUUCAGAACGGUCGAUAAUGCGUUUCAAAAUAUAAUUUCGUAAUUAUUAUAUUAUAUAUGAUUGUGUACACCGAAACAAUAAUCAACUAUACCGUGCGGUCGAGACAGCGUUUACAUUGUUUCCAUAAUCACUUUAUACUUACAUCAUACGAGUACUUAUACAGUUAUGUAUAUACUGUAUACAUUAUACAGUAUACACUUAUGUUAAACCUCCGCAAAACAAAACCCUUUGAUGCGGAAUAUAACAUUCAGAAACACUGAUAGAUAACUGAACGUAUAAUCUAACUACAUAUUAUAUGAUAUUACAUUAUCGUUUAAUGUUUGGAUGUUUGUUAUUCAAUAAAGCCAAAACGGAUCAGUGGCACUUAUUGGCAUACGGGUAGGAGUGUGUAAUAAUAUUCUGAAACUUCAUAUGUCCUAAAACAAUAAACGUUACAGUAGUAUAUUGCGCGUAAUUCGAUCUCUAAAUACAUUUUUCUUUUUAAUUAUUUCUGUUUCCAACAGAAACCGGAAAUUUGUAUUGAGGAUUACAUACAAGAGCAUUUAAUUAUUGUCACGGGCAAGACUGUAGUCCGGGUUCAACAUUAUAAUGAAUAUAUAAUUCACCUAGUAUAAAUUGUUGUUUCAAAACUGCACACAAAUACAGUAUUAUAUUGUAAUUACUAAUAAUAUACUCGUAUUCUAUGGUAUAGAUACACAUUAAAAAUAAUUAUUAAUAAUUAGCGUGUUAGAAAGACGAUGGAGUACAACAGGAUCUGGAGGACUGGAAGUGACAGAUUGAAUGGGAGAAAAGGAUAGAGGACCGGUAUUAUUGGGAGUCAGUGAUAGCGACAACCAAAACUGUUAUAGUGUUAUUAUUAGAUAGAGUUAAAAAAAAAAAAAAAAACCAAAUUUACAUUAUGUAGGGCAGCGUUUUCGAUUAAUAUUUAGGUAUAUACUAAUAUUAUGAUGAAGGUGCCGCGGCCGGUUUGCGUUAUUGAUUCGGCGGAGACUGAUAAUAUUAUUUAUUUAUACGAUGCGGCGUCCGGGGGUUCAAUAUUUUAAUUAAAAGGUCAAAUUAUUACGCGACAAUAUUAAUUUACAUUAAUUAUUAUCAUCAACUCGGGUUCCCUGCGUAGGGACGAUAUCGUUUAAUGUAUUGAUAAAACACCUGUCUAUUCAAUUUUGACCGUACAGUCCGUACUGCUGCAACAAUAAAUGUAUAUAAUAAUCAUUUCUGAACGGUUUCCGUUAUUAAUGUUAUAAUUUCGUAUGACACAUAUCAAUGGAUAAUAUUUUUAUUUUAUGCUAAAAAUUUUUAAAUGUCUUAUAUAUUAUGGUUCGUUUUAGAUUUAGGACUUAUGUAAGUCCAAUUACUCUUUAACCUAUGUAAAAUAUACAUAUAUAUUUAUUACAGUUAAUGUGAUAUAAUUAAAAAUAUAUACGAGUACUACGAAGAACCUAAAAAAUAAAUUAUUGUAUUUACUACGUCAAUUUUUUUUUUUUUUUUUUUAAUAGAAAAUUCCAGUCUCUUCUGGUUGUAAAAGCCUAUAAGAAUAACAAAAUACAAUAUAUUUUUAUUAUUGUAUAAUGUAUAGUUUAUUAUCUAACCAUUAAUAAUCCUUGAAAUAAUCACUACUCUAAAUAAUCUUUUUUGUUGACCAAAUUGUGUUUUGAAACAUACAUAUUCGAUAUUUAAUUAAAAAUUGAAUUAUGUAUUAGCUUGAAAAUUAUCAUACCUUCAUAGGUAUAAAUGAUUAAUGAGAGACACUAAACCCUGCAAAUAUUAUAUGAGCCUCUCCCCCCCCACCAAAAAAAAAAAUAAUAAUAAUAAUAAUAAAAACAUAUUCGUGUUCAAUGAAUUUAUUUCAUUUUAGAGUGGCCGAAUUGGUUUUUCUUUUUUUCAUUAAAUUUUGUUAACCUAUAUUGAAAUAUCCAUGUACAUUACAUCCUAUAUAACUGAUAAUUUUAUAAAAAGAUUAGAAUAAUCAUUUUAAUAAAUAUUAUUUUACAAUGAUAUUUUUUAUACCAAACAAAAAUAUAAUCCUAGUAAAUAAAUACAUUUUCAUUUAAUUAUAAAGUAAAUUAUUUGUGUGUAACUAAUCAAUAAAAUAACAUUAUUAUAAUUUAUUAUAUGAUAUAAUAAAAUACAAAAUAGAAAUCCUUUUUUUUUUUUUUUAUUUAUGGAAUAAGGGUAUACGGAAACAAAGCUCCAAUACGUAUCAAUCAAUAUCGAAUACGUUUCGGAACAUUAAUUAAACGAAACUCGAUUAAUAAUAAUCUGUUUCUGCUUGUUUUGAGAUAAAUCGUUGAUCGUAUUUCGUUCGGACAACAUCUAUACAAUAUAAUAUAUUAUAUAAAAUAUAUACCUAGGCAUAAAUACAGUUGAUAUUGCGUUUUGUAUUUCUGUAUAAUAUCGAAAAUCGUUUGGUUAAAUCAUACCUAAUAAUCUGACGAUAAGAGAUAUACAAUGUUUUCUUUAAAAAAAAAAAUAAAAAAAACAUGUCGUGUAUUUAAAAUAACAAUUACUUUUAAGUCGAUUUCGAUUAUAAUGGAAGGGAGGGGGAGAGAACAAUAAUAUUGUUAAAAAAAAUUGCGCGUUAUUUUUUUUUUCUUUUUUACAUAGAAACAUAACGGUGUACGGUUAUCGAUUGAAAUUGAAAAACACAAAAUGUUUUCCGCUUCACUGGCGGGAAAUAUAAAAUUUAUCGCUUCCGAAAACUAUACCUGUUAUAUAGAUAUUCACGAACUCACGAGUAAAACUAACCACCAGACUACAACGAACUUUGAGUAUAAUAAUAAUAGAUAAUAACAUGUAAGGCUGCCGGCACGCCUUUGAUCUCGCUAUAUUAUAACUCGGUUGAACAUCAAUCUACUUUAAUGUCAAUAAUAUAAACGGAAAACUUCGCGGGUACGGUUAAUAUUUUGACAUGCAAUAUCUUGACUGCCGAAUUUCCCCAUAUUACAUAUUAUGGUUUAUCUCGUAGACAUUAUAUACACUCUUCUUUACUAUUUUGACCUGAUUAUAUAUAUAUCUACAGAAGCGUAUUAACGGAGAAAUACAUUUCUCAUCCGCCCGCUUGACAUUUUUUUUUUUUUUAAGUAUACCUAUCUGGGCGGUGGUCAUUAUUUAUUUUGACCGAAAACUAUAAUAUAUAGUCCGUUCAGGUUAGUAAAAUUAUUUUUACCACGGUAAAGUGGUAAAGUAAAAACCCGGUGACUUUAUCGGAGUCUAUAUCUCUACUAUACCUAAUCGUUAUUAUUCGCUAUUAUUGAGAACUAGACGAGUAAAUAAAUUUUCGGUCUAUCGUUUUUACCACCAGCCGAAGUAAGAGAUGCAUUCACUAAACUGUUAUCAAUUACACAAACCAAAUAUGAAUGUGUUACGUUUUGCCGAAUAUGUCUUAGAAACAUGUGAAAACUCAGAGUUCCCCCUCAUUUGGAACACGAGCACCAAUAUUUGACAAUCUCACGCUACAAAUUGAGUAAAGUUAUUCCAUUCCCAAUUUAAUAUUUAGUUUUUCUCAACAUAAUAAUAAUAUGUUCAUUAAGUUGAUGCAGUAUUAUUAGAAAUCCGGACAGAAAAUAUAAUCAAAAUCCAAUUAAAAAGACUAUUUCUAAAGUUUUUCAAAAAGAAAUCACAGUAAAACACGAGUUUACGCAAGAAACCCGGGAUAAAUACAAAAAAAGGUGAUUUUGAUCAAUUUUAAUAGAUCAAUAGACUACGUUUAAAACACCCAGCAAAUAGACCAUUUACUAUAAAAAUAAUUUAUGUGAAAUUUUAUUUUUUUUAUUUUUUGACUGUACAUUAAAACCUAUAUAUGAUUGAAUAUACAUGAUUUUGUGGUAUCUUUGACUGUGCAUUAAUUAUUAUCUCAGCUAUAAUACCCAGAUCUUUGUAUAGAUAUUAUUUAUUAUUAAUUAUUAAUUAUGAUGUAUAAAAUAUGGAUAUGAUUUUGUUUUAUUAAUAGUUGACUGUAUACUACAAUUUGUAUUACUACAUAAGAGUGUUAAUUUUUAAAUAAAAAAGAAAUUGUUUGAAAUACAAGCAUUUUUUUUUUGAAAUCAAGUACACCGGUGGAAAAUCCGCAUAUUUUAGAUUUUGCCGAACAAUUAAAACAUUUUUUACUAACUGAAAAAGUGUUUACAGAGAAAAAUAUAAUCUAGUGCUUGAAUUAUUGAAAAUUUCAAAAGAAUGGUUCAAAUAGAGCGCCGUCAAAAAAAAUCAUCAUUUUUUUUUUAAGGUACAUGGUAUGAAAAAACAAGAGCAAUUUUACUUACCGGAAAAACGUUUUCGGAGAAAAAAAAAAUUCACAUCUUAGUAAAACAAUAAUAGCUUAUUCUAUAACUAUACUCAGAAUCUAAAAUCAAUUUAAAACGUUUUCAAUACUUCCCCAAUAAUACGUGUUGAAAUAUAUUACUAUACAUAAUAUUGAACUUUUACACGAAACAUUGUUUCGCACGAUAAAUACAAUAUUUACCGAUAUAUACCUACGCGUUUUUACCGCGUGCAAAUUUAUAUUUUUUCCGGUAAUCCAGUGCCGAUGAGAGUCUAUUAUUAUAUUAUACAUUUGUUUUGUUUGUAUUUUGUCUCGGAUUUCGAAAAUACAAUCAAAUAUUAAUUGCUAUUAUGGUAAAGGUUGUGCCCAACGGGUGUAAAUAAUCUUCCGUUGAACUAAAUAUUUAGGGUACUAAAUAACAAUAUUAAGAGUUUGCAAAAAUAAUACUCGGCAAUAACGCUCUUUUUCACUUAAGGUUUCUGCUCAUGUUCGUUGAUGCAUUUAAACUAGUGAGUUUAUUUGUUUUAAAUUACUAUUUACCCCCUUCUCCAAAUAAAAAGGCAAAUUAUGCAUCUGUACGUAAUAUAUACAUUAAAUACAAAGAAAAUGAAAUGAAAAUUCAAAUCAAAUCAAAAAUUAUUUGGUGAAAACAAUUGAAUAGAAAAUAACACAAGGUUAUUUUAACACAAAUUAUUUUCGCAAUGAUUUUUCUUCUCGGCAAAUUCUCAAAAGCAUCACGAGGAUCGAACGCAAAAUGAUUUCUCUCUAUAAAUAUAUAUGUGUACAUACAUAUUAAAUAUUAUUACAACAAACGUUUUUGUACGCCGUUGAUUGUUGACUUUUUCAUCGUGUCGUCGUUUAUUAUUUACCCGCACUAUUACGCCCGUAGGUAUUAGACCCAGAAUGUAUAUAUAUAUAUAAUUCCCAAAUUGUUGUUUUUCUCCUUCCUGAGUUUUAUUUAAUUGAACAAUUGUUAGUUCAACAUGAUUUUUUCAGUAUCUGAACGAAAUGAAAUCGACGUUCGUUUUUAAAUAAAUAUCACUUUGGGCUGCCAUUGCACUUAUGGACAUUUCACGUAAUUUCAAAUAACUAUUACAUUCGAUGACGGUAAAUGAAAACGAUGAUUUUUUUUUCAUUCGAAAUAUUUAUUCGAAAUUUGUUCACACCCGUCCGUUAAAUAUCCAUAUACUUGGUACGUAUUAUAGUAUGGGCUCGAUACGGCAUAGCAUUCGAUUAGGUAUAGAUACCUUAUAAUAUAUGGACAUACCGAUAUAAUACGCGGUCAUAGUAAAUUCAUCGUCUAUUUUGUUUAAAUAAAUUCACUGGGCAUUAGAAUCGUACUGAAGAAAAGACAGAGUUUCUCUAAAUAAUAUUUUAUGUUUCAAAACCUCAGCAAAUUUGAAAACAGGAACCAUAGCUAUUGAAAAAAGAUUUCAUCCGAUUGAUUUCUGUCUGAAAACUUUUGUUUUUUAUUUGGCUUGUUCAAGCCCUACUUUAUGAUUAUAUCAAAAGUACUGUCUUUGCGUAGCACGUUUACUUAUGUUUCUACCAAUCAAGUAACAGUCAAGUCAUUUAAUGCUUCAAAGGAACUCUGACGGAUAUUUCCGUAAUACUUAUUCCCGUCAGAUAACAUUUGUUUUGGCUGUUUAUAAGCGACAUAUAUUUUGAUUUCUAACGUUUUAGCUUGAUUGUGAAUUAUUUUGUACUGGUAGUAGAGAGGCUGACGUCUAUAACCAGUGAGAGCGGUUCGUUUGCCGAUAUCUCCGGUGAAUUCCGCAGGAAUAAUGUCCGGGCUUUUUUUAAACACUGUGCGUACUUCUUCGUGGGAAUGACUUCGAUAAUUCGCCAGUAAUAAUUGUUAAAUUUCUUUUCCCUUCUUGUCUGUUUUAAUUCAUUAGCCAGGAAUAGCUAUUCUCGGCUUGUUCCUACAAGCCAAGUUAUUACUAUUGAUGUUUUUUUAAUUUUCAAAGUACAAUACUGGGUGUGCAUUGCAUCAAACCAGGUAAAUUUAGACUUUCUUGAAACCAGGAAGAGUUUUUGAGCUCAAAUUAAUCACGGUGUCUGAAAGCUUUGACCUAUUUUUAGGUCUUUUGGUCUCUUUGGUCUAUUUUUUGGAUUGAUACCCUUUAGUUAGCUUUAACUGUGUCAAUCUGAAAAUUUAGAAUAUUUAAUUAUUUGUAAAACAUAAUUUAGCAAAGUAUCAAAUUCAUUCGAAACAAGAUUUGAUACCCAUAUUUCAAAUAAUGGCAUUCGAGAUAUUUAUAAGGCCAUUUUCUUUUGAAUUGAAAAACGUUUAAAUACGCAAAUUUGAGUAAAAUAUUUAAACUGAUCUAUAAAGAAAAAUAAAUUUUAAUUUAUAUUGCAAUCAGUCCAGAUUCAGUAUAUUAUGGUAUAAUUAACUAAAAGUUACUUAGUUCAAUGCAGCGUCUAUAUAUUAAAGCGUUUUAACACUUAUAGUUAGUGAAUUAAACAUCUCUAUAUCAUACCUUCCUAACUUCUCACUUACAACAGUACACAUGUGAAGUAUGUCCGUUUUUUUACUUAAUUUUGUAUAGCCUUUUACUUUCAAAACGUCCAGAUUUAAUCAAAUUUAUCAAUGACCUAUCUUUUCUCCAUGUGUGUGUCUUGCCUAUGGCAAUUGUAUUUUCUUCUUUGUUAAGAACGAUUAAAAUUCUACGCAUAUUUCCGAACGAAAACGCACAAUUUGUAUUAUUAUUGUGUAUUUAUUUUGUGUUUGUAUUUUUCUAAAGCAUACAAAAUCGGUACGAGUGGUUCGUAUUUUUACGGCUAAACAAAUUAUUACAUAGUACGAAAAUAAAACAAAAAUCUAUUCAUGAAUACGAGAGUAUAAUACAUCAGCAUUCAAACAACGUGCUUGUAUUUAUUUUAUUUUUCAUCUAAUGCUUACGAGUCUGUCACCGUCGGUUUAUUUAUACAAUAAUAUUGUCAUAAUAAUUUUAAUAUUUUUAUUAAAAUAAUAAAUCAAAAUGUGUACGUAUUUAUUGUCUAUAGUUUUUACAAUGAAAUACAACCGUCACACGGAAAUAAUAAUUUACAUGACUAUUAUUUGUUAUACAUUUUUAAAAAUAAAAUCGUAUUUUCAAAAUGUUUCGUAUAAUUCAAGUAAAUUUCGUAGUUUUACGUCAUAGACUUAUAUACAAAGAGGAUGCGUAUAAGUAUACAUUGGUGCAACCUUUUCCACCAAAAAUUUAAGAUAUUUACAAAUUGUAAACAUAUUACGGAUAGUUUCAUAAUUUGUAUCGCAACUAUACAGAUAAUUUAUUUUAAUUUUAAAGACGUGUAGGUGCAUCGUGCGCAUUACCUUUUUAGCAAUUUACCAGCCUAAAAACCUGUCCAAAAAUAAAACCCUCCUCCGAAAAUUAAUCUUGAUUACGCCACUGGGUAUUGAUUUUUCUAGAAUAUAAUGUUAAUCGUUCUAUUUCGACCUCUGCAAAAUACGCGCGUCUUUGUAUACACGUUUUAAAGAUAGAUAAUAAUAUUACAAUGUUUUUUUUUUUAAAUUAAUCGUCACCGUUUUAUUUACCAGGGAUCCGAAGACUCGGACGUUAUAGCAAAUACAGCGGACCUGUCUCUGGGCAUCGAGAAGGAAGCGCUGCGGCGCGAAAAUGAGCAUAGAGCUCGGUCACAGCUAUUUAACAGUCGUGUAAGUAUAUUAUUAUACAAACAUAAUAAAAUAAAUUAUUAAAAUGAUGUUAUUGUAUAGGAUGGGCAUGGAGGGUAAGGAAGAAAACAGUGUAGUCAUAAUAAUACAUAAUAAAACAUAAAUAAUAUAGCCGUACGUAAUCGGUGCAUCAAAUAAAAUAUUAUUUGUUUUUUGUCGUUUCUAAAUUAAAAUGAUUGGUGUUUUAAACAGUUUCUAUAAUAUGAUGAAAAAUUAUCACCACCGUUAAAUUGCAUGCAUAAUAUUUUCAUACACGAAGCAUCGUUUUCACCAUUUAGGCACCACCAGGCCCGGCUCAAAAAGUAGAAGACGUCUAGAGCGGUCUAAGUUGCAAUUCGAUAUUAAAAAUAUCAUUUUAGAACAGAAUUUUGCUAUAAAUAUCAUACGGGGCAAAAGGAAUUUUAUUAAAAUAUAUUAAACUGAUUUCAAACUGGAUAGAAAUAAAAAUGAUUAUUGCCAUUUUUAUGGAUUAUGUAAAAACAACUGUUUUGUUUUUGAAAAACAUAAAAAUCACAAGUAGUUUUUAUUUGAUACACCGAAUGUCGUAUUUUUGAGACAAAUGAUUUUCUUUCCAAUCUGAAUCUUGGAAAAAACUGCAAAAUCAAUUUAUAAACUUUAUCGAUUUUUGUUUUCUGUUCCUCGGUUGUGAACAUAAAAAAUGUUUUAUUUAUUUAUAGAUAAAUAAAAAAAACGAAAAAAAAACUUCAGUAACAAAAUAAUCUCUAUAUAAAUACAUUGUGUAGUAUAAAUAUUAACAUUAAAAUCCAAUUUUAAUAAAUAUGACAAAAUAUUAACAUAAAGUAACAUAUUUUCAUAACAUGUAACAUACAACCAACUAAAAUUUACUUCAAUAGUACUUCCUAUGACCAUCAAUAUAUUAGCAGGUGAAGACCGUAAAUAAUUCUUAGAAUUAUUAUUGAUUAAAAACUGGUAAUUAUUUCUAGUAGAUUUAUUAACAAUUCGAACAUCUAAUUGUAACAACAAAUAAGGACAAUCUAUGAAAUUAUUCAAUCAUUUUGAUAAAAAUAUUUAGUGAAGGUAAUCACUUCUUUUGUUUAAUGAUGAUAUUUUUAUUUAAUUAUAAAAAUGCAUUUUAUAGAAACUAUUCAUCAAUAUAUAUUUCGUAUAUUUUUGAUUUUGUUGUAAAAAAUUAUAAAUUAACGAUCGUUGUUAUAUCAGAUUUUUUUUUUUUAAUUUUCAUCGUGUUAGACAUAAUUCCUACAAAUAUUUUUCUUUAAAAUUUAACACUGUAAAAUGAAACAUUGAUAAAAUAUUAAUAUCGUCUGUUUGCUAAACAAUUCAUUUUUAUUCAGUUAGAUAUAUUUCAGUUAUUCUUAAAUAGUGUUACAUUGUACGAAAUGUUCAUUUUGAAUCCAUUUCUAGAAGAAAUCGAAAGUUUUGUUAUAUUUUACACUAACAUACCCUUUAUUAUAUUUACAUUAAUUUCGUUUUGUCAUAAAGGAGCAAUAUUUUUUAAAUUAUAAUAUUUUAUGAAACAUAUAAUUAAUAAGUUUGCAAGUAUAAUUUUUAAUUAAAAUUAACUAACUAUUAUAUGUCAUAUGCAUCGAAAUGUAUACCUUACAAAUAUUUUUUUUUGAAACAUAAUAUAGUGUUUUAUAUAAAUACAUACAAUUAUGUCUUUAUUAUAUUUUUAUUUUUUUUUAUAGACGAAACCGGUGGCAUUUGCUGUUCGCACGAAUGUCGCAUUUGACGGUAAGAAAGAUGAUGAUUCGCCAAUACAAGGAUGUGCGAUCUCGUUUGGUGUUAGAGAUUUUUUGCACAUCAAGGUAAGUCCAAUUAUAUAAUCAUAUAGCAUAGUAAAAUAUUUUAAUUAUACAUAUUUUUUUUUUUAUGAAACUUUAGAAAAAAUCACUACAUUUUACUUUAUGAGUAUAUUAUAUCGUCACUUAAAAUACAACAUUCGAAAUCCCAUAUUUAGGCCAAAUUGAGUUGGUGGCGUUUUCUUAUUCGAUAUUUCAGUCAACCUAUCGUAAUCACUAAAAAAUCAGGUGACGUCCAAACCGUAAUAAUACUAACAGCUGUUAGAAUAUUUCGUAUAAAACUACAGCGAUCUCAGUGUUUUCCAGUUCUUCGUCGUGCCACUGCCGUACGGUAAUAUUACGCUAUCAUGAGUUCCGAUGAAAUUAAAUAGUUUUCCAUAAAAAUGUUGUGCAAUUGUUCAAGUUUUUAACAUUAAUUUAGCAACAAAUAAGCUGAUUGUAAUGGCACUAUUGAAAAAUUGAAAAAAAUUAGAUAUUAUUGGGCGUUCAAACUUUAAGUGACGAUAAUAUAAAAUAACGCAUUUUAACCGUAGCUAUAUUGUUUUAUUUUUGAACAUUAAUCGCAUAAUUACAAAUCACAAUGAUUUACUAUAGCUGGUAGUGUCGUCGAUUAUUUUUAUUACACCGGCAAAGUAUUGUUGUAAUUAUUGUUUUGGGUACCUAGUUAUAUCCCUUAUAUCAGACUGGCAGGAAAUUAAAUUAAAUUUCUGCUGGCCCGGCCAGUCAAAAAUUUCAAUUAAUAUUAUAGAGUGUAGACUAUUUUUUAAUUUUUUUUUUUGUAGAUUAACUACUAGUCUAUAUUUAUCCACUGCACUUAACACGAUUUAUUACUAUCAUGAAAAACAAAAAAAUACAAAUGUGGAGACAUUAGUUAUUAAACAGUUUAAUAAUAUAUAUUAUAGGUAAUUGUUUACCUAUUACGUAUAUUGUUGAGCUACAUUAAUUAGUUGUGGUUCCUAUUAAAAUAAUAUAUAACUACUUAAUAUUCUACAAAUAUCACAUUAAAACAAUAUUGUAAUACUCGAUUUAAUAAAAUAUACAAAUUUGUUCUGUCCAAAAAAAAUAAUACCUAUUUAUUCGUCGUAACAUCAAGUAAUGGACUUUAUACGAUAAAAAAAAAAAAACUACAAACGUGAGCACAUAAAAACAUUACUAUGUUUUUAUAAAUUAUUCACAUUUUCAGGGCAAUAAAGUUAAGGCAGAGGGAAUCGCUUAAAUGAUCCACAUCAAAAAAAAAAAACUCAUAUUAAUUCAAUUUUUCAGUUUAUUUUUAAAAUCCUGAAAUAAAAAAAUAUAAUUUUAUAUAAUAUUUUUUGUCGUUUUCUCGACGUUUUUCUAAAGAAAAAUAUUAAACACGUAUUAAACGCAUAAAAAAAAAAAAACCGCAUCAUUAUAUAAUAAAUAUUUGAUUUCUUGACGGUGUUACAAGCAUGGUGUGGAAUAAUUUAAGCGUGUUCAAACACAAAUAUUGUCCGUAGAUAAACUAAAACCCGCUAAAAAUCAGUUUAUUGAUGUAUCAGUUUGAUUAAAAAUUAUAUGAAAAUCGUUUUGGUUAAUAUAAUCUAAUAAUAAAUUGAAAUCGAAAGUUUACAUCUUUAUGUUUAAACAGCACAGGGACUCCAGUUGGAUUCUAAACUAGGGUUACAGUGACACCUAUACGGCUCCUUCUAUAUGCCUAACAGACAGCUAGAGAGAAAUCACAGGGCAGCCACGGGAGUCCAGUAUGAAUUUCUUGUCCAAAACGGUUUUCUAUUACGGCCUUGCACUAGUAAUUAUUGCCACCCCAAGUGAACGAAAUUUAUAUCGCCAAGUUAUGGAUCUAGGACGAGGAAAGCGUAGCACCAGAAAAGCGUCCAUUUACUCAUAUUGCAUAGCCUAUUAACUGAAUAAUUUAACCAUGUUCAAAUUCUGUACCCCACUCCCUGUUGGGAAUCAAAGAGAAAAUUACCUCGGGACUACAGCGUUGUUACUUUAUUAGAGAUCAAAGUGGUCUCGAAGUAGUAAUUUUAAAAUCGGAGGCAAAAUUAAGACUCUAAAUGUCUCCAAAAAGUGUAUACUAUAUCUAUAGUAUCUACUCUAGUUUGAAUCAUACAGAUAGGAGUCCUCGAAACUCUCCUAAUGAGAUUUCCCACGGGAGUCCCGGUGCUAUUAAGGUUAUUAUAUUGUAUAAUAUAUGAUUUUUUUUUUUUCAUUUUUAAAAAAAUUUACAAAACACCACUUAAACGUCAUGUAUAUAUAUCAUAAAAUAAAUGAUUAUUGUUUAUUAUUUUUAAUCGUUACAGGAGAAGUAUGACAAUAACUGGUGGAUAGGUCGUCUGGUGAAAGAGGGUUCUGAUGUGGGUUUUAUACCAUCCCCUGCCAAACUCGAACUCCUGCGUCAGAUGAACCCAUCACGAAGCUCAAAAAAUCAUUCUUCCAAAAACUCAUCGUCGUCAAACUUAGGUGGUGUAAUCAAUUAAAUGCUGUCUACAUAUACCGAUAAGGGGGGAGGGGGGAUUCCGGAGGUUCCACUCAUCCUGCUAUAUAAAAUAAAAUGUCCUGAAAAGCAUAAUAAUAGUAUUUUAUUGAUUUUAGAUUAGAUUUUUGGUCUGCGUGUGUUUUGUGUGAAAAUAAAUAAAAGUUCACCAAAUAAAUUUAUCGUUGUAUUUUUAAAACGUUUCUCGUAAAAUAAUUUAAGAUAAAGUAACACAUAAAAAAAUAGUAGAAAGAAUAAUACGAAUUUUAAUUUUGUUAUUGCUUAAUAUAUAAAUAUCACACUUUUGUUUAAAGGUAAUUUGGGGUACUCCUCAAAAUAAUUUCUGCAUUAUUUUUAUUAAUACAUAUGUAUUUUUAAUUAUUUUUAAAUGUUACCAUCCAAGAAACAUUGCCUAUAUCGUAAAGUUUAACGGGUAUUAAAAUUAUGACCAUUUUCUAAGAGAAGUGUAAGGGUACUAUAAUAAUGAGUUACACUGAUGGCAAGCGUACAAAAUCAAUUCACAUUUUCUCUAACUUCAAAACAAUUGUAAAAAUAAACACAAAUUUUUUGCUCUGAUUGGAAUCUUAAACAAUUUGAGUCUGGAAAUAUGAAUAUUUAAGUAGGUACUACCAAAAAUUAUAUUUAAAAAAAAAUUAACAUUUUCUAUUUUUAGCAUAUUUUUAUAAAAGCAAAGGAAUGAAUAAUAUAUUUGAUAAUAAAUUUAUAAAAGUUCCGUACUAUUAAUACGAUGAAAUUCGAUAAAAGUCGCAAUAAAUAAAGGAGAAUAAUGACACGAAAUCAAAAAAAAAAAAAAUCAAAAUAAAGCUUUUGAAGCCAUAUACAUCAUUCGAACUCGGCGCUAUGAACAGUCUUACAUGUAUAUGUAAUAAAACAAAAAAACAAAUAAGACAUUUUCUAUGGUCUCAAAUACGAAAUCGAAAUCCGUGUAAAUCGAUUUCCGGACCUGCACACGUAGGGAAAAUGUCCCUUCCGCAGCUGUCUAAGGACGAGUUCCACGCGAAACAGAAACUUUUUUCAAAUGAAUUUAAAAAGCAAAUCUUCAACCACAUUCUUCAUCUUCAACAACGGAUUUACCUUAAAUAUGAAUACGGGAGCGAUAAAGUAUACAAUCAAAAUGAAAAAUACAUGUGAAAUGAGGGACAAGUGAACGAUGAUGACUGGUCGAGAGCGUAAUGUAGAUAUCGUUGAAAAAAUCAAAUCAAAUCAGUAUUAACAUGCGGUUGAAAAUAAAUGCUACUUUUAAUAAAGUUUUCAAAUUAUAAAAUAUAACAAAAUGUAAUUGAAAACCAAGAAAAAAGCAAAAACGCACACAAAUUUAGAAAAUUACAAAAUACAAACUUAUAAAUAGUGCUUUUCCCUCGAAACAAAUUUUAUACUUAUUCCGCAAGGUUUUAAGCAAUUUACAAAAAUACGCAAAUUCAUUCGACGAUCAUACGAGGCAGAACUUGAACUCAAGUACAGUUAUUUUUCGUUUUUAAUCAGUUUGAUUAUUCAUUCGGGCCGGUCUUUUCGGUCGGCAUACUGCACAACGCAUACGCAGACCAUUUUUUUCGAUUUAUUCUUAUUUAAACGUUAUUAUUACAUAGUUUUUAAGUAAAAGUUUGUACUCAUGUGAAAUUGCAGUCAAUCGAUUACACUCCCACACCUCACACCCCCCUCCCAACAUUAAACCCUGAAAAAUUAAUUUGAAAAUAUUUACUAGGUACUAUUUUAUAUUUUUCUUCUUUGUUUUUAUUUAUACACUGCAAUAUUUUUUCUAUUUUAUUUAUUUUGAUUUUUUGAUAUUUUUAUUUUUAUAUUGACGGCUACAGGAGUACUUUAUGAGUGAGUCUUCAAAGUGUUGAGCGUUGAAAAACUAUUGUUGAAAUAAAAACAAAAGUAGCAGAAAUGAGAAUGUUAAGGUGGAUAUUUGGUGUGACCUGGUUGAAGAAGGUUGAGCCUUCAGUUGAUACUGAACUUUUUUGAAAAAUUUCUUGGAGAGCUCCAGGAAUACGGCAGGGCCAAAGAGCGAACGAAAUCCUUCUCAUAGCAGGUGAAUUUAAAACCAAAUCCAUUUCCUGGGGUUCCAGCAUCAAUGACUGCCAGGACGACCUUACCUAAUCUAACCGAGGUGAUGGCCAAUCGAUGGCCUGCACAUUGUAUAACUGUCCAGGCCAUUUGGCGCACAUGCCGCCGGCCGCAAAAAGUACCACGUACAAGACUCCAGACCGGUGGAUUCUAAACGGGUCAGGAAAAAGAAGGGCCCCAGUCUAGACUAAGCUUGCCAAAGCCAAAGGAUGUUGAUGGACAAUAGUCCCAUAUCUUCCUAAGGUUGAUUUAUAUAACUUAGGAUUAUUUAGUCUUCUCCCAAGGGAAAUGCGUCAAUUGUAUAUACGAUGAGCUUAAUUAAUAAGCGAUGGCUGCAGUCAAUGAAGUAUUAAGUAAAAUAGACCCCUUACUUCUAUCGGUUACACUUAAAACAAAGAAAAAAAAAAUAGUUUGAACAGGGUUAGAAAUGAAUGGGGAGACGAAGAGGAAGAUUAUAAAAUAUAAAAUAAUUGAUUUAAAAGUUAAUGUUUCAUUUUCACACCCGUGGCCGUCAAAUGUAGAACCGUAAAUGGUGUUUAUAUUAGUUAGAUACGUGUGUGUGGUCACUUCAAAUAUUGUUAUAUUAUUAACUAUACAUAUAGGAAACUAUAGUUUACCAAUUGUUUUGCUGAAAUUUCGAUUUUUGUUAAUUCGGACGUGUUUGUUUUAUUUUUUGAUAAUAGCCGAAGAUGAUGAUCCCAUGGGUAGUAGUCGUAUUUCAGCCAAAGCAACGUUAGCCGCUCCAACCGCAAAGGACAAACGGAAAAUUUUCUUUAAAAAACAAGAGACCAUGCCGCCGUACGAUGUUGUGCCAUCGAUGAGACCGGUGGUAUUGGUCGGACCAUCUUUAAAAGGAUACGAGGUGACCGACAUGAUGCAAAAAGCUCUGUUCGAUUUUUUGAAACACCGUUUUGAAGGAAGGUACGUUCAAGAUAGUGGUAUAUUAAUGCUGUACAGCGACACGCGCGUGGCCGAAACCGGUCAAUGUAUUACAUUUAUUUGACUCGAUUUAUUCCAGAAUCAUUAUAACACGCGUGAUGGCUGAUAUAUCGCUGGCUAAGAGAUCCCUGCUCAAUAACCCUACCAAAAAAGCCGUUGUCGACAGCAAAUCAGGUUCAAGCUCUAGAUCGAACAUGAUAGCUGACGUGCAACAGGAAAUUGAACGGAUUUUUGAACUCGCUAGGACAUUGCAGGUAAAUAUACUCGAUCAAGUCGACAUACGUCACCGUUGCUAAAUAACUUAUUUACACCACUGUAUCGGGGCUAUUGCCUUUUUUUUCUUUUUGUUUUUUCAUACAUAAUAUAUAUAGCUUGUCGUUUUGGACUGUGAUACAAUCAAUCAUCCAUCGCAAUUGGCAAAAACAUCUUUGGCGCCGACUAUAGUGUACUUGAAAGUUUCAUCGCCAAAAGUGAGUAAUCGAUUUCUCCUAUAUUUUCAUAUUUUAGAUGAAAAAAAAACUCCAGUAUUCUCCGCGAAAUUUAAUUCAAAAACUAUACUUCCAAUAUACCAUAUCUGCCAAUGUAAUUAUUCGUAUGUCGGUUUUUUUUAUGGAAAUCUAUAGAUUUUACUUCUCCGGGUCUUAGCAAUUUCCUAUAUAUUCAACGAGUUUGUCGUUUGCGCAUCAUUAACUCCUCAAGUUAGUCAUUUACACAUAGCACGUUUUUACUUGCGUGUUUCAGUUGCCCUCAACAGUAUAUUUUUUUAUAUCAAUUCCCCCUAAGCUACUUAGAGUAAAUUGUACCAAUAGCCCUAAACAUAUUAUAUAUUUCGUAGGCCAUAUGAAAAAUUAGUCUUUUUGCGAAAAGACUAGGGUCUUUGCAAUAGAGUAGUCCGUUUGUGAACUACUUAUUAUUUUUUCCAAACGGCCUACUGUUUUUGAGGCUUAUUGCACAAAGACUAUAAGAGGUUAAGACUUUUAAAAAUUAAAAUCAUUAUAAUAUAGUAAUAGACAUUUUUUUUUUUUUAUUUUUUUUAAGGGUAGUUUAUUACUUUUACAAAAAAAUAAGGUCAAUAUAAUUAUUAUAAUAUGUAAACUGAAUAAGUAUAUAUUAUAUUAGUAUAACUAUUAUAUAGUAUUAUACAUUAUAGUAUUAUAUUUAUUUAUAAACUGUAUCAGUGAAGAUUGAGUUAUUUUAAAAUGUUUAACUAUUGUAUUAACAAAUAAAAAAUAAAAUAUAAAUAAAAAAUGUAACCACAUGUAACAAUAAGUAAAUAUUGUACAUAUUUUCUCUUUUGUUAGUAAUGUAAAAUAAAACUAGUAUUAUAGUCAAAAACUUUAAAACUAUCUAAACUUCAUUGGUACUCGUCAUCGAUACAGUUUAUAAAAUAAAUAUAACACUAUAUAAUACGUACCAUACUUAUUCAGACUAUUCAGUUUACAUAUUGUAAUAAUUCGAUUGAUCAUUUUUUUUGUAAAAGUAAUAAAUUACCCUUAAAAUAAAUAAAAUAGUUAUUACCAUGUUAUAAUUAUUAUAGUUCUUAAAAGGCCUAACUGCUGUUAGUCUAUAUGCAAUAAGCCUGAAAUCUGUAGGCCAUUCGGAAAAAUAACAAGUAGUUUGCAAACGGGCUACCCCAUUGCAAACAGCCUAGUCUUUUCGCAAAGAGACUAAUUUUCCAUACGGCCUAUAACAUAAUACACACGACCACAAUAUCACGCCUGUCGUAAAAUAGGGAAAGUAAAUUAUAUGCGAAUCGGCGCGUAUUAUAAUAUAAUAAAUACAAUAUUUUUAAAUAUUGUAUUUAUUAAUAAUUGCCAGAUCCGUGUAUUGUAUUUUGUAAAAAAAAAAAAAAAAAUGAAAUAAUGCAAAUAUUGUAAAGAGAACACGCGUAUUGUGAUAGAGUCGAAUUUAUUGUUAUUAUGUACUUGUUAGCUACUGAGAAUCAUUACUUGUCAUUUUUUUAUCGCACGCGUUUAAAAUUACCCAUUUUGGCAAUAUUCCACUCUUUAUUCGCGCUUUUUUUACGCGGUGAGGACAACUGGUACAUUUAGUUGAGGGCGACUGGUCAAUAUCCAGGCAAACCGUCUACGCCCGUAUUUCCGAUAAUAGCGAUGCGCAAACGGCCGAUAAAACAGCCUUUUCGUAACAAUAGCGAUGCGCAAAACGUUCGACGCCGUCGACCCCGUCGACCAUGCGAUUAAAGAUAAAAGCGGCUAGUAAAUUGCGGCUGGUAUGAUUUUUUUUUUCGAGAGAGAGAGAGAGAGUUAUAUUGACGUGAUUUAAUCCGGUGUUCGGCCUGUCGGAAUAGGUGCUUCAGCGGCUGAUCAAGUCCCGGGGAAAGUCGCAGACCAGACAUCUGAACGUGCAAAUGGUGGCAUCCGAGAAGCUCGCCCAGUGCCCGCCCGAAAUGUUCGACGUGAUAUUGGACGAGAAUCAGCUGGAGGAGGCGUGCGAACAUAUUUCCGAAUACUUGGAGGCGUACUGGCGGGCUACCCAUCCGCCGAUUACACCAGACCCUAGCGAAGCACAACUGUUGGCCAGACCGAUCAGAAAUUCCCCUAGCGUAGACAUGCCGAUGAUGUCGGCCAUGAUGAACAGUUAUCAACCGCAAGGUGAGUCGCAACUGUCGUACUCGUUAGUGUCGAGCAUUAACAUGUUCACCAGUCCCAUUAUUCGGAUACAGCAAUACGAGUAAUGUUUUAAUAAUAAUUAUGAUACGUGUACCUAUAUUAUAAUAUAGAAUAUUAAAUACGCACGGGAGUGUGUUACGGAUAUGCCGGGGAAGGAGACUCGGGGUUCACACCCCUAAUUUAAACGGAUAAGACAAAACAAAAACCUCAAAUUAUAUAAUCGUUCAACCGGUUUUUUUUUUUUUUUUUUUGUUGCUUCCCAAAUAUUCACAAUUCACCGUGCAGUGACGUGCCCCGGUGGGAGCUAAGUGAACAUCAACCCCUCUCCCUCAUUAGCCUCGUUUAAAUACAACGAAAAAUAAUAUGGACGGUUCAUCAUUGAAAACUAUAAUUACUAAUGAAAUAAAAUCAUCGUACAUAGCAUAACUUACUCGACUAAGUAAUAUACAUGAUAACUAUACAAUUGUGUAUAUUGAAAAAUAAUCUCAAGAAGAACGCUUCAUACAAUAAUAAAUGUAUAUACUGCCAUCCUAAGCAAAAAUGCCGGGAGUCGAAACAAAUUUAAAAAUGAGUUAUAUGUAUCAAGGAAAUUGUAAAAUUCAGACGUUUUAUAAAUGUAUAUAUUUAUUUAAUUCUCUAUGCUGCUAACCUCUCGCCCUCCCUUUAAAUUUUAUUAUCUUGAGAACGUCACUGUAAAAAUGUACAUCCUCACUUGUGCGUAUAUAAUAUUAUAAUAUCUAUAUUAUAUUAUACGUCCGUAGAUAAAUAUGUACACGAUAAUAGUAUGUUAUUAUUUCGCGUUAUAUGUUUACAAGGUGAUAAUUUUAUCACGCACUAGGAUGCCGUACAUCUCAAAGGAUACUAAGUGAAUUUUAUUUCUGGUUUUUCAAAUCAUUGUCGAAGCCUUUAAGCUUUAUUUUAAAUAUUUGACCACUUAUCUAUGUACCUGAAAUGAAUAUACGUUUUAGAUUUUCAAAUAGCAACCCUCUAUUUCAAUUACGAAUUCAAAUAGCGAAAACUUUUCUACACAUGUUGAUAAGCAUAAAAUUAAUGUCAGAUUUACCGUUUAUGAAUUAUAAUAAUUUAAAGUUUGGACCUGAAGAGUAAGGAAGGAUUAUAGAUUUAUCAUAUUAAAAUAUAGAUAUAAAAUUUAAUACUAGUGUUAUGCUUAUCAAAAUUUGUAAGAAAAUAUCCUCUAUUUGAAUGUGUGUUAAAAAGAGAAGGGGAUUAUUAUUUGAAAACAAUAUUAAAAUAAAACUUAAACGAUUUCAUAAUUUUUUUUUUAAACAAAAGUCAAAUUUAUUUAAAAUCCUUUGAGGAAAUCGGUGUUUCUUAUUAAGUUGAUCACCCUGUAUACAUAAUAUGUAUUAUAUAUUUAAUAAUAUUAUUGUCAUCUCGCAGUUUAUACACGAACUCUUAUAGAAUAAACUGUUGUAGUAUAUUGUCAAAAAAUUGUGUACGAUGACUAACUUUAUUUCAUAUUGUAUUCCUGUUUUGGUAUUAUUUUUAGUACGUUUAAUGAGGAAAACAAUUUGUGUUUUUUUAACAAAUAGAAGGUAGUACGCAAAAUUAUAAUAUUUUAAGUCUCCUCGUGAGAAUAGACUCGUGUCGAAUAAAUCAUUAAGACGCCAACCGGUUGUCCUGAUCGAACUGUGUAGUAAUAUUCAGUACUUGACUUGGGAAAAAAGUAGUAGAGGUAAUCUAGCUACUUUAAAAAAAGUAGCGUCCCUAGCGUUUUAAUAUCCCUCACAUUACUCAUUAAACACUUAAACACGUAUCAUACAAAACAGAAUAAUACAAUAAUUAUUUCGGUAUUACUACUGUUGGACUAUUUUCGAAUAAAAAAUUCUAUUAACCGAUGUCAUCAUACAUGUCAGAAUUUAAAAGUUGAUAAAGUGCACCACUAAUUUUUAUCAUAAGCACAUAAAACACAUUCUUCGAUCAUAGAACAAACGAGAUAAUAGCAUGUUGUUCAAUGGUAAUACUAUAAUAGAUCAAAAUACAUUAAUGGUUACUGUUUACCUAGAUUCAUAGAUAAUCAAUGGUUAUCAAUGUUUAUCACGUAUCGUAUAACAUGAGAUAUCAAUGUCUUACAUUUUGUAAGAUUUGUGUACUAACACAAAAAUUGAAGUUGAGCAAUUUAAUAAAAAAACGUCUUCAAUAACAAUCAGUCCCAUGAAAUCCCCUUUAAAAAAGAAAUAGGGGUACACUAGAAUAUCCAAAAAAUUAGUUGAGGUACUCAGCCUUCCAACGUCCUUUCCAUCCCUCCAAACAAACACUGAAUGUUAUGCUACCCCGCGACUUCUACUUCUGGAUAGUGUUCAGCACAACCCCGAGAAAGUUAGAAAAUUAUAUUUAUGAUAAUAUGUAUGCGAUUGUGUAUUUCGAGUGUGAAUUAUCGUUUAUUAAAAUCGUUUAUGAAAAAUAUGAUUUUAGUAUAGAGGUAUAUGAAAUAAUAGGGUAAAGGGUUUCUCGUAUAAUUAUUUUUUAAGAGAUUUCUUUAAGGGUUUAAGUUUAUAGGAACCAAUAUUACUGGCUGGCUGAUAAUAUAAUUUGAGUGUAGAAACGGCGUAAAUAAUGCCAAUCCCGUGGAACAGAAGAAGCACGAAGCUAUAUAAUAAUACGCUUAUUACUUAUUUAGAUUGGAUGAUAAACAUAAAAAUUAUACGAUUUCGGUAACGCGGAGCCAGUCACAUGUCUACAUAGUGCGCUCGAAAUAAAUUCCUAUCCGAAGUAUUUUUGCAAACAAAUCGGAGUUUAUUUUCGAUUAAUUUCCUCCUUUCAAUUACUUCGCUUCUCAAAAUUUUACAAUCAGACAUAGGAGUAUUUAGUAUUCAAGUAUUACAAAUUUAGGGUGGAGACGAAGAAAAAGAAGAAGAAAUAUUACGAGUUUAAACAUAGAUAUUGAAUUUACGCUUUAUGUAAGACUAUUAUCGUUUAUCCUUUUCAGUAGUUUUCUUAUCAUAUUCGGACGACUGCCACUUGCCCAUACAAGUACAUACCGUGACAGGUUGGUACACAGUUAAGCGAUUGAAAUAUUUAUCCGAUCGAAUGCCGAAUCGAUAUAAGAAUCGCAAAAAGAUUGCAGCCGAAUACGAUAUUUCAAUUUAUUAUAAAUGCUACCAUCGUUAUCAUAACGUACUCAACAUCAUACGUAAUCUCAAUAGCUACUCGUUGAUCCAAACAUGAGACAAACAACUGUAAAACCAAAUCCAUAAAAAACCAUGUUGGGUUCAGAUAAAUCAAGUGUGAAAACUGAAAACUCUAACCUACUUGUCGGUCCAAACCUAAUACUGCUCCGUGGAGAAAUUAGUAUCAUAUCUCCUAAGAUCAGUUUUAAACAUUAUCUAGAUAAAUAUUUAAUUAAAUUUUAUGUUAUCUAGAUAAUUAAUAAAAUUGACUAUUUUAUCCAAGAUAAAUAACUGAAUUAUCUAAACUAAUUUAAUAUUUUUUAUGUACUCGCAUUAAAAUGUGCACCUUUUUCUGUUUGUAAACAACUUUUCUAAUCAGUAGUCUAUCAAAUUGGAAACUUAAUCAUUAAAAAUAAACAUUAGAUAACAGUAUAAUUUCAACGAGUAUUUAUUUUUAUUUUUAAAACAUAAAUUAAUUGAUAAAAAAUUAUACAUAGGUAAAAUAUUAAAAUUUGCAAUUUCCAUAUUUUUUUUUUUUUUUAUCUGGGUACAUAGUGGUUUAUCUGUAUCCUUAUCAUGAUACAUUUUUAAAUAUCAUUGCCUAACACUAAUUAGGGAUAAAACUAAGUCGAUGAAAAACCACGACGGGCAGAUAAAACAGGGAAAAAACGUAAUACAUUUGAUUUGUUUUACGACCGUCGGACAACUUUCAUAUUAUAUUAUGAUGGACGCCGUAUAAUAAUUGAAAUAUUUAAGCACCAUCAGAAAGCUUGCUAACGCGUAUGAUAAGAUAACUAUUUACAGCGUUUGACGGUUUAAAAAAGUGCAUUGCGAUAAGAACGAGAACGAAACCAACAAGAACGUCGUAUUCUACUGUGGCACUACAGCGUUUAGAGGUUAUUAUGUCGCGAACCCAUACACGUGGAAUUUGAAUUUUUUUUUUUUUACUGGUUUUGAAUGUGUAUUCGUUACUACCCGAAAUCCUCGUCAGAAAAUAAUAAGAAAUUAAUAAUACUAUCCCGACAGAGUUUUUUAAACGUACACUAACGGAUACCUAAUUAAUUGUGUUUUAACAACGACAAACAUUUAUUAUAAAUCCGUCCAAAACUAAUCAGGUGAAUUUUUUUUUUUUCGUUUUACGGCCUCUACAGUGGUACUCCUCAGAGAGUUUUCAGGUGACGGUUGUUGCAAACAAUGCUAUAGAUCCAUAACAGGAUAGGUUAGUAAAAUCUUCAAAAAAAACGUUGUUAUUCUUAGGAGGAAGUGAUACCAUUACUUACUGUCUCGGUCCAACUGACGGACAACAUAGCAAAAUUAAAUAGAACUAUCCGAAUUUCCGAGUUUAGAUUGAAAUUAGAUCUUCUUUUUCUCCUUCAACUUCAUCCCAACUAUCGGCAACCCUCGUUUUAAAUUUCUACUUGGCCCGAUCUCCCAUCUCGCUUACACCAGCUGUCCGCACAUCAUUCUCAAUCGCAUCCAAUCACUUCUUUUUCCUGACAUGCACAAAUCAGUAUAUUUUUUUUAUAUUGUUGACUAUCAAACCACGCCUAAGUUUCCUCUUAUGUACACAUCCCUUAUCUUAUAUCUUCUUUCGUUACUCCACCCAUCCACUGAAUCAUUCUUAUUUUUAAUACACUAAUUUUCUAUUCUAUUUUGCUAUCUACCGUUGAACACUCCGAACCAUACAAUAUAGUCAGUCUUACCACAUUUGUAUAGAACUUAACUUUAAGUCGCAUUAGAAUUCUUUUGUUACGUAAUACAUCUGACGUUUUUUUCCCUUUUAUCCAACCAUACUUAAUUUUAUGUUUGUUUAUGUUUUCACCAAAGCGUUUGUACAAACGAUUUUAGAUACUCAAAACUUUUAACCUAGUCUAUUAUGUCAUCUGCAGAUGAAAAAAAGCCCAUUUUUUCACAAUAUGAAAUCCAAUCGCUGCGAGUACUGGUUAACGUUUAUCACCUCCGUUUCGCCGGACACCCACCGAAUCUUUUAACCGGCAUUAUUUUUUUUAAUUUGUCUCGCGCCCGUCACGCGUUUAUCUAUACAUUUCACUAGGAGAAAAACUGAUUUUAAUCAGCAACCUAAAAUAAAUACCUAAGGUAAAUGUCUUUCCGGUGAUCGAAUCGUACCCUCGAAUCUCCUCAAAUGACUGCACAGAUCAUAUCGAUUUUAUUUAUUUAGAACGCCAAACGAAUUUUUAUUGUGCAACUACAUGCUAGAAAAAAAAAAAAAAACAAAAAUAUUAAAACACAAUAAUAUAAACCGUAUAUAAUGUGUUUCUCAAACUUAUAGACGUUUUUCCUUCUUAACACAAACUAAUUUUCGUACCACAAAUCAAACCAAGUGAAUAUUUUUAUGCUCGUCAUUAAAAUUAUUUGUAUGGAUUUAUCGUGAAAAACUGCAUUUUUGCAUGAGUUUCUCGAUUUAUAAUUGCAUGUGCGUGUCUACGAGUAUAUAUAAUCCCUGUCCACCAACAGUUACUGUGUAACAUUUUUGACAGUAAUUAAAAUAAAUAUAACGUGUCCGUUUGUGUACUUUUCAAGAAGUGGUCGUCUAUCUUACGAAAGAUCGAUUACACUAAAUGGACGUGACACAAGUGAUGCAUCUGAAUUUCGACCGUAAAAUAGAAAAAUACAUCACGACGACAACCAAUAUUAUGUCGUUAUUUAUUUAUUGAUAUUUAAUGACUAUUAAUGACUUCGAAAAUUCGAUACGUUCGCAAUCCCAUGACAGUUUACGAUAUUUUCCGUGGUUUCCCUGGAUCAACUCGCAAAUGUAGCCCUUUUCUCGUAUGUUGGACAAAAUACAAUAAUGAAAAUGGAAAAUUGUGUAUUUUGUACUAUUAUUGAGAUGAAGGAGGGAAAGGUUAGCGCCGUUAGGACACCGGCUUGUUGAAAACCCAAAGACGAAACUCGGGCCAAAUAUCACUUUUUUUGGCGCGAUUCGGAUUUCGAAUCACGUCAAUGGUAUACUCGUAAUUUAAUUUUACAUUAUUACUAUUAAGUUGACCAUCUCCGGUUUCGUUACUAGGACCAGAACGUCCGGACCGCUUUAUUAAACCGCAUCGACCGUUGUUCCUGUAACUACCUCUAUACCCUCGUCACCUCCUUAUCUAACCACACGCACGACAACGACAUAAACAAAAUUUUAAAUUUUAGAAAAAUUGCCUCCAGUAACCAACGGUUUCGGCCGUGAAAAUUGUGUUUUCAGAGUACCCGUCCAUGGAAAGGAUACCGCCACGUCUGGAACGUAUGCGCAGCACCGAAUACGACGAUUACGAACUCAGCGAUCACGACAGCAUGGUGUACGUGCCGCCGGCCAUUGGGUACCAUCAGCCGAAACAACAGCAACUGCAACAGUACCAUCUCAAACAUCAGCUGCACCAUCCCCCGCAACAACAUCACCAUCAUCAUCAACACCAGCUGCAACCGCUCCAACAGCUACACCAACAUCCACAACAGCAGCAGCCGCUGCCGCCGCCACUGCAUCAUCAUCAUCAUCAUCACCAUCGUCACCAUCAUCAGCAUCCGCCGCCGCCGCUUCAGCCGCUGCAGCCGCUGCAGCCGCUGCAGCCGCUACAGCCGCAGCACGUACUGCACCAUCAGCAGUCGCAGCACCACCAGCAGCCGCACUAUCCGCAGCCGCCGCAGCAGCAGCAGCACCAACAACCGCCCAUGCGACGGCAACACAGCGUGUCGUUCGAACGGAGUCUGCCGCAGCGCGGUCUGCCGCCGCCGAUGCGGCCGAGUGGCUCUGGUGCGGGCAACGCGGCCGCCGCCGCCGAACCGCUAGACUGCUCGCACAACGUGCACCGUCAGCUGUCGUACGAGUCGGACAUACUGACGCACAGCCCGCCGGAACACCCGUCCGAGCAUCGCAUGUCGUACAUGUCGCCCAACCUCAGACCGUCGUCGUCGUCGUCGUCCACGUGGCGCGGCAAUCCGAACACUUAG